GAGAGAGAGCCCACAGUCCAUUGGGUGAGGCCUUGGCCAAGAUCUGACUUCACAAUGGGCUGCGGAAUGUUUUGUUUCCCAGGAAACCAGGUGAGUUGUUUGAAAGGAUCCUGAGAUCAGUUAAAAGCUCCUUCAGCUGUUUCCCUUCAGAUCGGUUGACACUGCAGACAUCUUUGGCUCAGUUGAAAGCCCAGAGAAUGGUCUUCUGCCUCCCCUGCUGCCACAGAAGAUAAGGUAAGAGGGGAGACAUUCUGAAGCCUUGUUCUUCCUUCCACCCCUUGGGCAGCUUUUAAAGAUGCUCCUUGGUUAUUUGACUUUCAUAAAUCCCAUGCUCCUAGGGAGUGUACUAGCUAAUUUUCUGAUUAUUUCGUUUUUGUCUCCAUCCCAAUGUCAGGAGAAUUACCACCUCCCUGCCACCUCAAAAUCCUAAGAAAAUCUCAAUAACUCCAUCCCUAAGAAAGCUCAACAAUUUUGGGGUAAAAAGCUCAACAAUUUCAAUCCUAAAAAAAAGGUUAACAACUCUUUGGUUGGCCCCUUGGUCGGCCCUCACGGCCCUUCACUUCAUCAAGUCUGGCCCUCUUUGAAAAAAGUUUGGACACCACUGUGCUAGAGAGAGUGAGACUCUUAAAUUCCUUUUAUGCUUUUAUCUGUUUUUUGUUUUUGUUUUAGGUCACUUUUUCCAGAUUCAUUUUUUUUUUAACGUUUCAGUUUAAUGUUUGUUAAACGAGGGGCAAUAUUUCCUUUUCAAGUAGGAUUCAGCAUCAUAAGUUUGUGUUGUAGUUUAUCUGGGUCUGAGGUAACUUCUGUUUCUACUUGUCUUAUUUGCGUAUUGUUUAGGGAAGUUUUUAAUGUUUGAUGUUUUAUUGCGUUUUUAAUAUUCUGUUGGGAACCACCCAGAGUAGCUGGGAAAACCCAGCCAGAUGGGCAGGGUAUAAAUAAAUUAUUAUUAUUAUUAAGCCGUAUCUGUGCUACACAUUUAAAGUUCUGGGAUACCAUUUUGAAUAAUGGGGCUGGGGCUCUCUCGGGGUGAACCCCCACCCUCCAGCUCUCACCCCCCACCCUGAGGUGUGUGGGGCAUCACUCAAAGCCACCAUAGCCUCAUACUACUACUACUAGUAUUGGAGGAAGCCUAGUUUACCUCUGAGGGUUAUUGCGAGGAUAAUAUGGACAGGGAAAGCAUAUCAUAUAUACUACCUUGAGUUCCUUGGAGGAAAGGUGAGGUUUUCAAGUGAAAAUAAAGCACCAAGUAAAACUCCUUGAGAGUACAAUUUUAUUUUUAAAGCUGCCUAGAGGUGGUGAGUAGCCAGGUGGAGAGAGAAGGUGUAGCCCACACACUAAAAUGAAAAAGCAAGAAGUUUCAAACCACUGGAACAGCUAAUACACAAUGAGUAAAUGAGGAACAGCCAGCCACCCAACACCCUGGGCAGGCAGGUGAGUUUUCACAGUCAGAGCCCACCUUAUUUCCUUCGAUUCCCAUAGGGAUGUAAGGCAGGGGGUGGGAAACUAUAAGGGAUGCCAAGAUCCAGAUGCCUUGGCCUCCCAGUGAGGGGUAAAUCAAGGGGGCAGGCAGGCUUGGAAGCUGGAUGAAGAUACCAAGUGUUGACAUGGGCCUGAGAUGGCGAGAGAGAGCCCACAGUCCAUUGGGUGAGGCUUUGGCCAAGAUCUGACUUCACAAUGGGCUGCGGAAUGUUUUGUUUCCCAGGAAACCAAGUGAGUUGCUUGAAAGGAUCCUGAGAGCAGUUAAAAGCUCCUUCAGCUGUCUCUCUUCAGAUCGGUUGACACCGCAGACACCUGUCUCCUUCUGACAACUAUCUUUGGCUCAGUUGAAAGCCCAGAAAAUGGUCUUCUGCCUCUGCUGCUGCCACAGAAGAUAAGGUAAGAGGGGAGACAUUCUGAAGCCUUGUUCUUCCUUCCACCCCUUGGGCAGUUUUUAAAGAUGCUCCUUGGUUAUUUGACCUUCAUAAAUCCCAUGCUCCUAGGGAGUGUACUAGCUAAUUUUCUGAUUAUUUCGUUUGUCUCUAUCCAAAUGUCAGGAGAAUUACCAUCUCCCCCCACCUCAAAAAAAUCAGUAAAUUGCUCCCCCCACCCCCUAUUUCACCACCCACAUAGGAAAUUCUGGGAUCUCAUUUUUCACUCAGUGAAACAAUUGCAAGCUAUAAAACACUGUUAACAGAGCAACAACUAAAAAAUAAGCCAGACAUCACAACUGAAGCAAAAGUCAUAUUACAUGAUUAACAAAUCAAUACAGAAUAAACCACAGAGCCUAGGACUUGCUGAUCAGAAGGUCGGUGGUUCGAAUCCUUGUGACGGGGUGAGCUCCUGUUGCUCGGUCUCAGCUCCUGCUCACCUAGCAGUUCGUAAGCACGUGCAAGUAGAUAAAUAGGUACUGCUCUGGCGGGAAGGUAAACGCCAUUUCCGUGUGCUGCUCUGGUUCGCCAGAAGCCGCUUAGUCAUGCUGGCCACAUGACCCAGAAGCUGUAAGCCGACUCUCUUGGCCAAUAAUGCGAGAUGAGUGGUGCAACCCCAGAGUCGGUCACGACUGGACCUAACGGUCAGGGGUCCCUUUACCUUUUUAAUAAUAAUAUUAGCGUUUUUCACGUCAAUCUGCCCCCCAAAGGUGGGAAAUUGCAGAGCUAGCCUCCUUGCUAGGAGAGAGCACUAGAGAGGUGUGGUUCUUUUUCAGAUAAGCAGCUCAUUUGCAAAUACACAAUUUGAACAAAUGGAAAACAAGUACUCAUGCCAUCGGUACCAGGUCUCAGGCUGCAUCAGCUCAAGUAUCCCAGCAUCCCACAAAUAGCUUUUGAUAGCCAGAAAUCUCUUGGCACUAGCAUUAUUUUCCCCAUAGCCUCCAAAGCCAGACUGUUUAUUUCUUCUGCCAGUAUUCAAAAUGCAAAAAUUGUAAGAUGUAUAAGACUGAAUCGGAUAAGUACUGGAGAUGCAAAGAGGUGGAGGGAACGUUUUUUCAUAUGUGGUAGACUUGUAAAAGGGUAAAAUGGAAAACAAGCAAGGUCCCAACCAAAGAAGAAUGGCAACUUAGAAUAUGUACAACUUGCCGGCUUAACAUAUAAGAGAACAAGCAGAACGUACAUUUGGAGAAGAUUGGAAAACAUUUAUUGAAUAUAUGGGAAAUAUCUGUGUACAGCUGAAAAUGCUGUCAGCAUUAAGAUAAAUUGAACAGUGUAAACAAGUUUUGAUGGAUGUAAUAAUGGAAUACUGAAUGCUAUAGUUUUUGUAACAUAUGCAGGGAUUUAUCAUAUGUAAAAUGAACCAUGGAAAGAGAAGAAGGGAAGUCAUUUAUAUCUUAAGAAUGUAAAAUAAAAAAAUUCCUUCCAGUAGCACCUUAGAGACCAACUAAGUUUGUUAUUGAUAUGAGCUUUUGUGUGCAUGCAUACUUCAGAUAAGGAUGUAAAAUGAGUAUUUUAAAUUGUAAAACAGAAAAUUUAAUAAAAAAUUAUAUAUGUGUGUGUGUGUAUAUAUAUAUAUAUAUAUAUAUCUGUGGCGUUUGCCCUCCUAAGUGUAUGACAUCAUACUGGGUUCAUAGGGAAAGGGUUAACUAAUUGUUAAAUGAAUAACAAUGGGAACCCAAGGGGCAGAGUUAACUGUGUAUAAGGUUUAAGCACAGGGAGAAUUUGUUAAGAAGAGUUAGAGUGGUUGAGAAGACAGUCUGGAGUUAGACAAGAGAGAGAAGAUAAGUCUGUGGGUUGGACUAGUCUGGUGUGAGAGAGUGAGAAAAUCUGUUAAGAGGAGUCAGUCAAACAGUUGAGAUAAUCAGUCAGAAUGUAUUAGGAAGGUAUAGGUCGGUAAAGAAACUAAAGUUAAGAUACUGACAGGAAUAUUAUCUGAGAAACCAUAAGCUUGUCAAUGUUUGUAAAAUAAACUUGUUUUUUUGGUCCACUUUUAACAACUGACUGUACUCAGUGUUUUACCAGAGAGUAACUGGUUGGUGGCAGAGGGGAAGCGAUCACAGUGGUGGCACAAUAUCCUUCAUGGAUCACGGCCUUGUUGUGGAGAAGAGGCUUGGAUAACUCAGAGAAGCUAUGAGCUAUGCCAUGCAGGGCCACCCAAGACGGACAGGUCAUAGUGGAGAGUUUUGACCAAACAUGGUCCACCUGGAGCAGGAACCGGCAAGCCACUCCAGUAUCCCUGCCAAGAAAACUCCAUGGGGAAAAACAAAGUCAUGUAAAAGUUAUGACGCUGGAAAGUUAUGGAGCUGGAGGAGACUCUUGAGAGUCCCAUGGACGGCAAGAAGAUCAAACCUAUCCAUUCUGAAGGAAAUCAGCCCUGAGUGCUCACUGGAAGGACAGAUCCUGAAGCUGAGGCUCCAAUACGUUGGCCACCUCAUGAGAAGAGAAGACUCCUGGAAAAGACCCUGAUGUUGGGAAAGAUGGAGGGCACAAGGAGAAGGGGACGACAGAGGACGAGAUGGUUGGACAGUGUUCUUGAAGCUACCAGCAUGAGUUUGACCAAACUGCGGGGAGGCAGUGGAAGACAGGAGUGCCUGGCAUGCUCUGGUCCAUGAGGUCACAAAGAGUCGGACACGACUAAACGAAUAAACGAUGACAACAACAACAACAACAACAACAACAACAACAACAACAACAACAACACACACGUUGCUUUGCACAAAGGACCAGAUUCCUGAACUCUCUGUAAUGCAAAUACUGUAUAUAUAAACAUUUGUGUAAGUUUAAAACAGAAAUAACUCACAGCUUUUGCUCUUGGUCUUUGUAGCCUCACCUGUCCUCCUUUAAGUAUGCCUCUCCUGUUUGCAAUCAUGCUAUUCAUUGGCAGAAACAGAUAUGAAAUGCCAUUUGAGAAUUAUUUUGAGAGCCAGUGUGAUGUAGUGGUUAAGAGCGGUAGACUCGUAAUCUGGGGAACCGGGUUCGCGUCUCCGCUCCUCCACAUGCAGCUGCUGGGUAACCUUGGGCCAGUCACACUUCUUUGAAAUCUCUCAGCCCCACUCACCUCACAGAGUGUUUGUUGUGAGGGAGGAAGGGAAAGGAGAGUGUUAGCCGCUUUGAGACUCCUUAGGGCUGUGAUAAAGCGGGAUAUCAAAUCCAGACUCCUCCUCUUCUAUUUUAAGCAGGUGCAUGGUGCUUUUCCCCCUUACCGCUGAUCAACUGCAGGUAAUGUGAGUCUUAAGGCUGACUGUUCAGCAUUAAAAAGCAGACACAGUCCUGAACCUUGGUGUCUUCUUUUUAAUGCAGACACACUGACACACAAAACCCCCUUUGCCACUUCGUAGAUGAUACAGGAUGAGGACUGAGGAAGUGGAAGGGCUAAGCAAUUCCUUUGCAGCCUCUUCUGCAUGCAUUCACUGGAGAAGAUCUCAAGUGCAGAAAGACGUGGGAGAGGCAAAGUAGUUCUUGUAUAUCCUUGUUUAUCUUGUAUAUCCUGUGGCGCUGUGGUCUAAACCACUGAGCCUCCUGGGCUUGCCGAUCAGAAGGUCGGUGGUUCGAAUCCCCGUGUCGGAGUGAGCUUCCGUUGCUCUGUCCCAGCUUCUCCCAACUUAGCAGUUCAAAAGCACACCAGUGCAAGUAGAUAAAUAGGUACCGCUGCGGCGGGAAGGUAAACAGCAUUUCCAUGCACUCUGGUUUCCAUCACAGUGUCCCGUUGCACCAAAAGCAGUUUAGUCAUGCCUGUCAUAUGACCCAGAAAGGUGUCUGUGGACAAACACUGGCUCCCUUGGCCUGAAAGCGAGAUGAGCGCCGCAACCCCAUAGUCGCCUUUGACUGGACUUAACCGUCCAGGGGUCCUUUACCUAUAUCCUAGAGGACUGGGAGAACCUGAAAACUCAGACUUGACAACCCUAUGAUGCCAGCACCUAACUUCAAACGUUUACAUGAACUAGAAGAAAUGAACUUUGAGAGUGGCAGCAGUAGCCAUAAGAACUACAGAAGAAGGCAGUUAGGAAAGUCCAUUUCCAGAGACCUUAGCAUGCUGAAUGGCAGAAUAGGUGAUGUUACUGGAAGCAAAAUCUGCCGAGCAACGAGGAGUUGACAUUGCAGAGCACCUGGGUCAAAUGUCUCCUUCAGUAUUCACAUGAGAAUGAUAUGGCUAACACGACACUGCUAUGUUCCCUUUGGAUAAAACUGCAAAGGCUUGUCAUGGAAGGAGCCACAGUUAGGCAAUUACCAGGUUAGUUUCUCUGUUUACAUUUAGGCAAACAAAUAAGGGCCUCAGACGAUGAACUCAGGGUCUGAGUAGAUUCACAUGGAGAGAGGCAGUCUUUGAGGUAUUGUGGUCCUGAGCAAUAGAAUCGGUUGGGAACCAUUUUAUUUUUGAAACAGAGUAAGUCUGAAGCCAGAACAAAAUGCCGGGAAUCCUUUUCAAAAAUAAAAAAUAAAAUCAACUGACUUUGACAUUCAUAACAAGGAAUUCUUCCACUGUAAAGCUCUGUAAAAUAUACCACAUGUGGCCUAUGCUUGCAUAACUGUGGCUUGCAAGUGCAUUGUGAUGAAACAUUUGGCUUCAUUUAUUUCAACAAAGGCUUUUCACCAUUCGUUGAGUGAUUGCAUAUUAGUCAGAAUCACUGCUAAUGCCAGUCUACAAAAGAAGACGACUGGUUUGUCAUUGUAAUGCUCUCAGUCUUUAAAGAUUUUCACGCCACAAUCCCCUAAACAUGUUUCUAUAGAGCACCAGGUGUGUGUAAUUGGGACUACAGUGGCACCUCGGUUGUUGAACGUCUCGGAAGCCACAUGUUUCGGUUUUCGAAAACCGAAAGCCCUGAAGUAAAUGCUUCCGGUUUUGAACAUGCCUGGGAAGUUGAACGGCUUUCGCUGAGCCCCCCCCCCCCCCCGUUUUCUCCAUUUAAUUUGCAGAUCGCCCUUUGCGACUUGGUUUUCUAACGUUUCGGAAGUCAAAAGUUCUUCUGGAACGGAUUGCGUUCAACAACUGAGGUACCACUGUAUUAGGCCACACCCAGUUAUGUCCACCUGAAAAUAAGUUGUCCCGCUGCACCCCAAUGUUAUUGCUUUGCCUGAGAUUCAGUGUGGUCCCAACGAUUCUUUUUAAACCGAAAAAAGCAAAAAAAUGUAAGAUUUAAUGUUCUACGGCAGGGGUCAGCAAACUUUUCCAGCAGGGGGCUGGUCCACUGUCCCUCAGACCUUGUGGGGGGCCAGACUAUAUAUAUUUUUGGGGGGAAAUGAACGAAUCCCUAUGCCCCAUAAAUAACCCAGAGAUGCAUUUUAAAUAAAAGGACAUGUUCUACUUAUGAUUUAGAAGGCGAUUGGGCUGGAUCCGGCCCCCGGGCCUUAGUUUGCCUACCCAUGUUCUAGGGUGACAUUAAACCAAAGAUCUGGCUUUGCAUAGAAACCGUUAUAAAAGGAAACUGGAAAGAUAAAAGGAAGUGACAAGGAAAAUAGUAGUGACCCCACUACUGACAGUACCAAGGCAUCCCUGCAUCCAGGAAUUCAAAUCCCAGUACAGGAGAGCAAGAGAGCCAAUACAACAUGGGACCUGUGUAACUCAGUGGGCAGGAUGCCUGGAGAAAGCUCACAAAGUCGUCCUGUUCAAGACCCACCCAGGGAGGGAAAGUUUAUUUUGCUAGGCAGCCAGACAACUGGAGACUAUCUAGGUAUGGAUCUUGAAAGACCCGAUUCCCUGCUUCUCUGUCUGGCUUAUAUUCACCUGCCUUGGGAAGGCGAGAUCCUGACAGACCUCAACCACAAAGGAGGCUUUUGCGACACCUAAUGAUCUGCUUCUCAACAUAACACAAUGCAGUUCAAUCCUCAUACAGCAGCAAUUUAUGAGGUACGACAUUGCUCCAGAUGUAUUUAGUGGUGAUCUUGUUCCAGUUGUAGUUAGGUUUCUGAAGUGCUGCUGCUGCUUCUCGCUGUUAAGUGAAUCCACCUGUUCUCCAUUGUUGGAGUUACCUUCUUCACUGAGCUUCUACCCCCCCCCCCCCCGUGUUUGUUUAUUUGUUUUUUCAGAUCAAAACCUUAUAGUCACAUAUCGAACAUACUGACUUGGCCCCAGACACACUGAUCAGAUGUUUGGAAGCUGUGGCUGGAUGGUUACGUGGGAGCCGGUUGAAGUUAAAUCUUUCGAAGACAGAGGUCCUUUGGCUGGGUCAGGACAAUAUGGGAUUGGGGGGCAACUCCCAACUCCCAAAUCUUGCGGGGGCGCAAUUAGUGCCAGCACCGUCCGUUAAGAGUUUGGGUGUAAUAUUCAACACCUCCCUUUCCAUGGAGGCGCAGAUUGCAGUUAUAACAAAGGCGGCGUUUUUUCAUCUCCUCCAAGCUAAGCAGUUGGCUCCUUACCUUUCUCGCCCUGACCUAGCCGCUGUGAUCCACGCGACGGUCACCUCCAGACUGGAUUAUUGUAACUCGCUCUACGUGGGGCUGCCCUUGAGACUGACCCAGAAACUCCAGCGGGUGCAGAAUGCCACGGCAAGGCUCCUUACGGGGUCCUCGCUGCAGGAUCACAUUCACCCAGUGCUAUACCAGCUGCACUGGCUCCCGGUGGAGUACAGGAUCAGGUUUAAGGUGCUGGUUUUAACCUUUAAAGCCCUAUACGGCCUAGGACCCUCGUACCUAUGGGACCGCCUCUCCUGGUAUGUCCGACGGAGGACCUUACGGUCUUCAAACAAAAACAUCUUGGAGGUCCCGGGCCACAGAGAGGUUAGGCUGGCCUCAACCAGAGCCAGAGCUUUCUCGGCUGUGGCUCCAAUGUGGUGGAACACUCUGUCACAAGAGACUAGGGCCCUGCGGGACUUGACAUCUUUCCGCAGGGCCUACAUGGCAUAGCUGUUCCACCAGGCCUUUGGCUAGGGCAUAGUCUGACCCCCUCCUUUGGCAAUCUUCACAGAACCCUAGCCCAAUGGUUGCCACUAAUCUGAUUUGAACUGAUUUUAUAAUGAACUGAUUUUAGAAUGUUGCAUCAUUUUACUGUUGUUAGCAGCUCUGAGCCCGGCUUCGGCUGGGGAGGGCGGGAUAUAAAUAAAAAUUUAUUAUUAUUAUUAUUAUUAUUAUUAUUAUUAUUAUUAUUAUACAACAUAGAAACAAGAUUCCAAAGAAUCUCUUGGACUUCCUUCCUCCCCUUUGUGGGUCCUAUGGUUAGUCCUUUUCUCCUGCAUCUUGUAUGAUCAUCCACAUCUUUUACAUCUCCCUUGUGUCCAGAAUUCACUACAAGGGAUAUCCCAAUCCUACUAACGAUUUUAACUGUUUACAAUGGUUUUUAAGAUAGGUUAUAAAUGUUCCCCAUUCCUUAUUAAAAUUUCGGUCUUUCUGAUUUCUGAUUCUUCCGGUCAUUUGAGCCAUUUCGGCAUAAUCCGUCAACUUGCUCUGCCAUUCUUCUCUGGUAGGGACUUUAUCUUCUUUCCAUCUCUGGGCCAAUAACAUCUGUGCAGCUGUGUCACAUACAUAAGUGGUCUUUUCUGCUCCCUUGGGAUUUUGGCACCUUACUGAACUUCUAUCUCUUCUUCCAUAUAACUCUAUGAAAUUCCUGGCCAACUCACAGAGGAAACACCGGGCACCAGUAGGCUUUGAAGUGGAUAUUAUGCAAUGUAAUGCGGGGGGGGGGGGGUAUAAGAUUAUAGUCUCUCCUCUUGACAGUCUCCAUUCAACUUCUGGCGCCAUGUCUGGCCCAAGGUCACCAACAUUGGUUGCCUGGUCUCUGGAAAAGUAAAUUUAAGGGAAGUAGUUUUUCUCUCUGUCGUUAUUCCUGAGUGGCGGGAAAGCUGGAGAAGUAUAAUGACAGCACGGGGGCAAGAGAGAUGGCUGUCCUGUCAUAACUUUGCUUCACGCCUUGAUGGAUUUUUAUUUUUAUUUUACAACCAAGCAGUAUAUAAAUUGUAUGAAACUGACUAACCAAAUAAGUGUGCUCGAAUGCUGGGAGUUACUGGGAAUUGGUGGCUUUCAUUAGCAGAGACAUUGGAGCGCAUCACACAUGUGGGAAUAGAAGUAGCUGCAAAUUACUCCAGCAAAAGUGAGGGAAGGAACAGCAGCGAGUUAUGGGAAAAUUCGCUGGGGAAAUGCUGCUUUGACAUCUAGUGUGAGGUAAUCCCCUCCCCCCAAAUAUUUAGGCAUUUAGCAGUACAGUACAAAUUAUGCAAGAAUAUGUGUAUAGCCAGGGGAAAAGAAUGAUAUUUCACACACACCCCUUCCAUCUUUGCACUUUGUUUAUUAAAUGUGACUAAUUUUUUGGCGCUUUUCUGUGCAAGAUCUGUUAGGACAUGAUAAAAUGGGUGUGAUCAUAGCAGUUAAAAGGUCUUGUUUCUUCCCCUGAGAAUUAUGUGCUGUUAUUUUACUUCAAAAAAUCCAUGCUAGUCAAAGUUAUGUUGGAUAGCAAACCCUAGCUGAAUGCUGAUACAUUGCAAGUCUUCCACACAAGUUAAUAAAAAUAAUCAAAACAAUCAAAACAAUAAUACUAAUGUAUACAUGCUAAUAAACAAUGCAUGCAUAACAAAAGCCCCUAAACAAUACUCUAGCACACAAGUACAAAAUUAACCUAUAACAUUUAACAAUUUAAAACAGCCCCACCCUCCAAACAAAACAGCACGCACCCAAGUUGAAAACCCCAUCCCCGUUAAAACAAUAAUUUGUUUUACACCCAAUGAAAUGUGGAUGUCUUUAAGGUUGAGUGUUCAGCAGAGGAGAUUCUGAGGAGCAAAUUAGUUUCCCCCAACUGGCGCUGUGGGUUAAACCACAGAGCCUAGGACUUGCCGAUCAGAAGGUCAAUGGUUUGAAUCCCCGCAAUGGGGUGAGCUCCCGUUGCUCGGUCCCUGCUCCUGCCAACCUAGCAGUUCGAAAGCAUGUCAAAGUGCAAAUAGAUAAAUAGGUACCGCUCCGGCGGGAAGGUAAACGGCGUUUUCAUGUGCUGCUCUGGUUCACCAGAAGUGGCUUAGUCAUGCUGGCCACAUAACCUGGAAGAUGUACGCCGGCUCCCUUGGCCAAUAAAGCGAGAUGAGAGCCGCAACCCCAGAGUUGGUCAUGACUGGACCUAAUGGUCAGGGGUCCCUUUACCUUUACCUUUAACCCUCGCUUAGUAUGCUGUGAACUCACUGUCAUGGAAUUCUAUUCAAUAUUGAUCCAGAGGAUAUUCCAAUGUAUAGUUAGCAGAGUAAAAACUUAAACACGUUGCAGGAUUCCCAAAAAGCAGACCAGUGGCAAUUGCAUUUCAUCCAGUACAGCUUUACUGCUACUGAAGGCAAAUGAGCAUAAUGGUCACAAAUCGAAUACAUUCAGGACUGGCAAUGUCCAUAAGAAAUCCAGUUGCAGCACAUUUAACUUAAACUUACAAUAACUUAUAAUAAGUCUAAACUUUAACACUCAGCAUACUAUGUACAGAACACCACACCAGAAGGAAAAGAGAUAGAAAGAGAAAAGUAAAACCCAGGUUCCUUCUGGCCUCUUAUUAUAGUCAGCAUGACCUUGACAAAAAGAGAUAACAGAGUCAGUUUAAUCCAGCUGUACUCAGCUUCUCUGAAGGUAUAACCCAAACACCAUGAACCUUCUGCUUGUUUCUUUCACACAGAGAAGCUUCUUGAACCCUCUUGAAUUAAUUAGAGUAGGAAAGAUCUCUACACAUCAGAUCAAUACUUUCUGUACUAAGAAAUGCAAACUGACACUCACAGCCCGGCCAUAGCUGUCAACCGUCCCUUAUUUGGCGGGAAAGUCCCUUAUCCCAGCGCCGUGUCCCGCUGCUGUCCCUUAUUGAUGAUGUCCCUUAAAUUUCCCGGGUUUCAAAGGAAGCAGCUCCUCUCCCUCCCUCCCUGCCGGCCAGGGAGGAGGGAGGCUCCAGCUGUGUUGCUUGGCUGCGUUGCUCACCCAAUAAGGAGUCUAAGAAUGACUGGGGGGUGGAGCUUGCAUGCUUUGUGCCGAUCAAAUCGGCCGCGUUGCCUGGGGACUCGCCUUUGCUCAGCGCUUCCCAGCGGAGAGGUGACGGUGGUUUUCCUUGCUGCAUCCCCUUUGCCGGCUUGCUGCGCUGUGGGAACCACCGCUUGUGGCUUUGUUUGGCUGCUGGUUGACUAAAAUCCCUUAUUUUGGCUGCUGAUCCCUUAUUUCCGAGGCUGCAGGUCCCUUAUUUUCAAAUCUGUAAGUUGACAGCUAUGAGCCCGGCUCAAAGCGGGAGAAAGAAUUAGGAGCCAAUCUAUGCCCUCUGCUCAAUGCCAUGGCUAAGAAUUCAUGCAGAGGUGCAAAGUGGGACCAAUUGCAUAGCUCAUCUCCCGGGCAGCGAGUAGAAACUGGGUACUUUUCUAAUGAUCAUGAAUUCGCUGCCACUGGGAAGCUCCCUGACCUGGCUCACCCCAAGGUAUUUGCGUCAGGAGAGACCUAGUCAGCCUAGCUUAGCCAAGCCUUGAGAACCCUUUGAGUCCCUACCCCUCAAAAGUCCAGGCAGGAACCAAACUGUCAUCGCUGCACACAAUGAUUUAUGCAGAAAUGCUGGGGUAAAUUGCCCCUGGCAAAUAGUCUCCUUCUUGUUUUCAGCUCUUCAGGAUGGUGAAAGAAUGUUUGGUUCUGAUUUCCAUUUUUUUAUAGUAUUUUUCUCCUUCACAGAACAGCUAUGUAAUGCGAUGGCUGGAUUUUCCUUUUCCCCUCUGUGGUUUCUUUGGAUUUCAAAGUUCUUAAAGAUUCAAAUGUUCUUACUGGAUGUUUGGGGUAUUGCGGUUGUCAGUUUCCAAAGCCACACCAUCUAUUUAUUACCUCAUCCAAGAACUUACUAACCCUGGGGCACAACCAAAACAUGUGUAACUAAUUACCUGGAGAACAUCCACAGCUCAAAUAAACAAAUAUAAUUUUUUGAAAAUUGCUUUCAAAACUUUCAUUCUGGUGCCUGAUGUUCUCUACAGAAUUCUCUGCAGAGAAUUCUCUGCUAGAUAAAAAUAGAUUAUUCAGCUCAGGGGUGCAAAUUCACAGAUCUUUUCAUCUCAUUAUUAUUAAGGUACUCUAAUUCCACAAAUCCCACAAGCUUUUUUUUAAAAAAAAGCACUUUGAAGGCAUUAAAAAUAUAUUUGUAACUGAAGUCUCCAGUCUAGCAAAAGAUGCCUAAAAUUUCAGAAAUCUAACAACAUGGAUCCUCCUAAUUACCUUGUGCAAACACCAAGGCUGUGUGCACAUUACCAAUUUAUUCUGGCUCCAGUGCACUGCCACUGCUGGCAUCUGAAGCCAUAUACAGUGGUGCCUCGCAAGACGAAAUUAAUUCGUUCCGCAAGUUUUUUCUUCUUGCGAGUUUUUCGUCUUGCGAUGCACGGUUUCCCAUAGGAAUGCAUUGAAAAUCAAUUAAUGCGUUCCUAGGAAGCCGACUUCAGACCAGGUCCGGGGACAGUCUGUCCCCCGACCUCUUCUGAAGGCUGGGGGGACAAGGGCUUUUCUUCCCACCCCCAGCAUUUUAAAAACCCGGGACAGCGGAGAGCUUCUCCGCUGUCCGAGGCGAUCUUAAAAUGCUGGCGGGCGGCAUUUAAAAUUGCCCGGGACAGCGGAGGACUUCUCCGCUGUCCGGGGCAAUUCAAAGCCCCUGGGAAGGCAGGCAGGGGGACAAAGACUUUUGCCCCCGCCAGCCUUCAGAAGAGGUCCUGGACCUCUUCUGAAGGUUGGCGGGGCGAAAGUCUUGUCCCCCCACCUGCCUUCAAAGCUGUCCAGCCAAGGCUUCGCGGACCUCUCCGCACGCAGCGGCAGCACUGCCGCUGCUUGCGGAGAGCUGCCGGCAUGCCGAAGCCUGCGCGCGCUGAGAUCAGCGCGCCCAGGCUUCGCGGACCUCUCCGCGAGCAGCGGCAGCGCUGCCGCUGCUCGCGGAGAGUUGCCGGCAUGCCGAAGCCUGGGCGCGCUGAGAUCAGCGCGCCCAGGCUUCGCGGACCUCUCCGCGAGCAGCGGCAGCGCUGCCGCUGCUCGCGGAGAGUUGCCGGCAUGCCGAAGCCUGCGCGCGCUGAGAUCAGCGCGCCCAGGCUCGCGGACCUCUCCGCGAGCAGCGGCAGCGCUGCCGCUGCUCGCGGAGAGUUGCCGGCAUGCCGAAGCCUGCGCGCGCUGAGAUCAGCGCGCCCAGGCUUCGCGGACCUCUCCGCGAGCAGCGGCAGCGCUGCCGCUGCUCGCGGAGAGUUGCCGGCAUGCCGAAGCCUGGGCGCGCGGAGAUCAGCGCGCCCAGGCUCGCGGACCUCUCCGCGAGCAGCGGCAGCGCUGCCGCUGCUCGCGGAGAGUUGCCGGCAUGCCGGAGCCUGGGCGCGCUGAGAUCAGCGCGCCCAGGCUCCGCGGACCUCUCCGCGAGCAGCGGCAGCGCUGCCGCUGCUCGCGGAGAGUUGCCGGCAUGCCGAAGCCUGGGCGCGCUGAGAUCAGCGCGCCCAGGCUCGCGGACCUCUCCGCGAGCAGCGGCAGCGCUGCCGCUGCUCGCGGAGAGUUGCCGGCAUGCCGAAGCCUGCGCGCGCUGAGAUCAGCGCGCCCAGGCUUCGCGGACCUCUCCGCGAGCAGCGGCAGCGCUGCCGCUGCUCGCGGAGAGUUGCCGGCAUGCCGAAGCCUGCGCGCGCGGAGAUCAGCGCGCCCAGGCUUCGCGGACCGGAGAUUUCCCUAUGGGCUUUCGUCUUGCGAAGCAAGCCCAUAGGGAAAUUCGUUUUGCGAAGCGCCUCCAAAACGGAAAACCCUUUCGUCUAGCGGGUUUUUCGUCUUGCGAGGCGUUCGUCUUGCGGGGCACCACUGUAGGCACAAUCCACAAUCCCUAUCUAGCCUGUGCUUUCUUGAGAAAUGCUGCCGUUCAAUGUAUUUCCCCUCAAACUGGCUUCCAUCCGAUUUGAGCUACUUUCAGUUUGUAUUCCAGCUGAGGUGUGCACAUUCCAGAGAGCCAUUGUGCAUAUGCAAAUAACAACUCAUGUAUUGACGACACUGAGAGUUUGGAGUGCAGGUAUGGGGAUACGCAGUGGCGUAGCGUGGGGGGGUGCAGGGGGGGCCAGCCACACCGGGCGCAACAUCUGGGGGGGGCGUGCUCGCACUCGCAGCUCUCUGCCCCUACCUAGCUCACUCACUCUCUCUCACUGCAGUGCUGGCUGUGCGAAUCCGAUCCGAGCCCCUGGGUCGCCGCCCACUGUGGAGGGGGUGGGUGCCAGGCGUGCGGUGCGGAGAGAGAGCGAGGGACUAUCUGGGGGAGGGACAGUGCAGCGGCCGCCCAGCGCAGCGCUGAGCGCGGGAGAGAACCACACCAGACCAGACCAGGCAGCAGCAAGAAGAAGCUGGCAGCGGCGGCAGGUUAGGGGUUAGGGGGCGCAAAUUACUUGCCUUGCCCCGGGUUAGGGGGCACAAAUUACUUGCCUCGCCCCGUGUUAGGGGGCGCCAAUUACUUGCCUUGCCCCGGGUGCUGACAACCCACGCUACGCUGCUGGGGAUACGAAAUGACUUGCAUAUGACUUGGUUGUAAAGAAAGCGACACAAAACCCGCAAAGCGCUUUGAAAACCAAACCAUACCCUCCAGCAUUUCUCUGAUGAAAAUGCCAGUUGCAUUUCUUAGUACAGAAAGUAUUGAUCUGAUGUGUAGAGAUCUUUCCUAUUCUAAUUAAUUCAAGAGGGUUCAGGAAGCUUCUCUGUGUGAAAGAAACAAGCAGAAGGUUCUUGAUGUUUGGGUUAUUCCUUCAGAGAAGCUGAGUACAGCUGGAUUAAACUGACUCUGUUAUCUCUUUCUGUCAAGGUUAUGCUAUACAUAAUAUGCUUAGAGUUAAGAUUUAGACUUAUUGUAAGUUUAAGUUAAGUCUGCUGCAACUGGAUUUCUUAUGGACAGUGCCAUUCCUGAAUGUAUUCGAUUUGUGACCAUGAUGCUCAUUUGCCCUCAGUAGCAGUAAAGCUCUGCUGGGUGAAAUACAAUUGCCUCUGGUCUGUUUUUGGGGAAUCCUGCAACGUGUUUAAGUUUUGACUCUGCUAACUAUACAUUGGAAUCUACCCUGGAUCAAUACUGAGUAGAAUUCUAUGAAAGAAAACAGGGACGUCCUAUUUAAUAAUAAUAAUAAUAAUAAUAAUAAUAAUAAUAGCCUGCCCAUCUGAUGGGGUUGCCCCAGCCAUUCUGGGUAGCUUCCAACAUAUUUAAAAACAUAAUAAAACAUUAAACAGCUUCCCUAUACAGGGCUGCCUUUAGAUGUCUUCUAAAAGAUAGGGGACGCGGGUGGCACUGUGGGUUAAACCACUGAGCCUAGGGCUUGCCGAUCAGAAGGACGGCGGUUCGAAUCCCCGUGACGGGGUGAGCUCCCGUUGCUCGGUCUCUGCUCCUGCCAACCUAGCAGUUUGAAAGCACGUCAAAGUGCAAGUAGAUAAAUAGGUACCACUCCGGCGGGAAGGUAAACGGCGUUUCUGUGCACUGCUCUGGUUCGCCAGAAGCGGCUCAGUCAUGCUGGCCACAUGACCCGGAAGCUGUAUGCUGGCUCCCUUGGUCAAUAAAGCGAGAUGAGCGCCACAACCCCAGAGUCGGCCACGACUGGACCUAAUGGUCAGGGGUCCUUUUACCUUUAAAAGCUAUAUACUCAUCUCCUUGGCUCAGGGGUCACAUAACUCCAUUCCAUCCAACAUUUCUCUGAUGAAAAUAGGGAUGGCCUAAGGAAAAGUGGGGCAUUCCAGGAUCAAAUCAGAAACUGGGAUGGCUUCUGUAAAUCCAGGACUGUCCCUGGUAAAUAGGGACACUUGGAGGGUCUGUAACACUACCAUCAUCAUUGGCACACCCUCGUUCAGCCACCUUGCUCCUCAUUUUUCAUGGAAGCGCAUUCUGUUUUACGUGUAACAGUGAAUAUUUCUUACUGAGCAGGUAACGCACAUCGGGUGAAGCCAUCCUCAGCCUCUCCCUGGUGUGCACAGCAACGCAACACUAUGACUUGAAAUGUGGGGGGAGGGGCAGGACAACGACGACGACUUUGCUCCAUUUUAAGCUGCUAACGUGUGCAUAGCCAAAGGGAGCCUGACUCAGAAUUGGCCUGCAUGUUCCUACCUAGUGAUUUUCCCUGCAAGCAUUCCCACCACAGCAUUCGACUUAUGAGGAUAACUUAGCUCCAGGAAAUCUACGGUUUUCUGUUGACAUGUAGUUUUGCCCUAAGGAAUGGUCACAAUAUUUGGAUUUCUAUGCUAAUUAGUUACCAGAGCGUACUGUGCUUCACUAUGGUGUAAAGAGUCGAAGCCAAGCGCAGCGUUCCACACGGAAAGCCAAUUGCUUUCAAAAAUAUCUUUUCUCUCAGCCUGUGCCAGGCCUCAAAGCACUCCAGAGGUUAACAUCACAGAUCAAGGAAAAUAAACACUCCGUGACCAACACAACAACUAUACUUUCCCUAAAAUGUUAUGUUUCGGAUUCUUCUGUGUACCAAAAUGCUUUUCAGUUCGUUUCCCCUGAAUGCCUUAUUUCUUGAUGUUUUUUAGGUUUGUCACACGCAACCCCACUUCCAAUACUGUUUGUACCUGCAGUAUUAACUUUAUUGGAUCAACAAGUAAAUUCUUGAGACAGCAAUGGUGGACGAGUGGUGGAUUAAUUCUGCUUUAGUUCAUCGUGAAAUGCUUCCCAAAGCUACCACAUUAUUGCUGCCCAGCACAACAAAAGUGGAACCAAAAUAAAUCAGAAUAUUUGUGGUAUUGAAAAAUUAUGGAAUUUCAGCAGAAUGUUAUGGGAUAUGCACUGACUGGAAGUGAAGCAGGAGGAAAAUAGUACAGUAAUGAAAGCAGAUCUGGGUUCAGGCUUUACUAAGCCAUGAAGCACAGAGGGUGACCUUGGGCUAUUUGCUAUCUGUCAUCCAAAUCUGGGUUUUGAGAACAAAACCUACAAAUGGUGCCCUGAGCAUUUGUGGAGGAUGUAAGCAACAUAAAGUAGCUUCUUGGAUCCCAUCUUAUUCACCUUAAGAAAUUUAAAAGUAGCGUUAAAUUUGAACAUAUUAAACUCAUUUCCUACACUUCGCUGCCAUAAACUUAAGAAGCUCUGGAAGGUUUCCAUUUUGCUUCUAAUUCUCCUUCCCCUCAGUGAGUUUUGACUCAGUCUUAUAUAACUGGAAAUGUUUAGCAUAAUUGAGCUUUCCCAGAUGUUAGCCAAACUUGCAUUCCAGGCACAGUUCUUGUUUCUCAAAAGUCACCCUAGCCAUAAAUUACCAGUCAAUUCUCUUCUUACUCCCUGGAGAACAUCCUUUCAGUUGCCCUACCAAAGUUGCAACUGGAUCCUUCACUGAUAUCAUACCUGUGUUCUUACCGAUUUACUAAACAUCGAGGGGGGAAAGCAACAUGCAUGUGCCCUAUUUGGCAUAGGACUGUGCUAAAAGGAGUCUAGGGGGCCAGUGUAAUGUUUUGGGAGUGAAUAGGAUUAUCCACACCACUGGUCACUGUUUUUAGGAGGGCGAUUGUGCUUUUUCCUAUCCACACCAAAGGUGGGAUGCACUUAGAGUCAGAAAGGUUUUGUGCCUGUACAGUGGACGCUCGGGUUGCGAAUGUGAUCCAUGCGGAAAGCAUGUUUGCAACCUGCAGCGCUGCACCUGCGUGGGUCGCGAUUCUGCACUUCUGCGCAUGCUCGCGUGCCGAAACCCGGAAGUAACCUGUUCCGGUACUUCUGGGUUCGGCAUGGUGCGCAACCCGAAAACGCACAACCUGAAGCGUCUGUAACCUGAGGUAUGACUGUAGUCACAGCCCUUCCAUUCCUUUGAAGGUGACCCGGAAACUACAACUAAUCCAGAAUGCGGCAGCUAGACUGGUGACUGGGAGUGGUCACCGAGACCACAUAACACCGGUCUUGAAAGACCUACAUUGGCUCCCAGUACGUUUCCAAUCACAAUUCAAAGUGUUGGUGCUAACCUUUAAAGGCCUCAGUUCAGAAUACCUGAAGGAGUGUCUCCACCUCCAUCGUUCUGCCCGGACACUGAGGUCCAGCGCCGAGGGCCUUCUGGUGGUUCCCUCACUGCGAAAAGCCAAGUUGCAGGGAACCAGGCAGAGGGCCUUCUCGGUAGUGGCGCCCGCCCUGUGGAAUGCCCUCCCAUCAGAUGUAAAAGAGAACAACAACUACCAAACUUUUAGAAGACAUCUGAAGGCAGCCCUGUUUAGGGAAGCUUUUAAUGUUUGAUGUAUUACUGUAUUUUAAUAUUUGGUUGGAAGCCGCCCAGAGUGGCUGGGGAAACCCAGCCAGAUGGGCGGGGUAUAAAUAAAUUAUUAAUAUUAUUCCAUUCCCUCCUUCCACCAAUUCAUAAAUAUGUGAGUUAUUUACCUCCCUCUCAGCUAGCCCAGGAUCAGGGCACAUGCAGAUGUCCUUUGGCCAACCAUGAGAAGGAGGCACCGCUGCCACCCGAGCACCGAAGGCCCAACCCGGGCACAGCUUGCCUCCCUGUGACUCCAGCCUCGAUGAGGGCCAAACCACUGUCCUUUCCUCCCUGCCAUGAUGUGUAACUUAGGUUGUUGGGUUUUUUUAACCAACAGCCUUGAGCUCCUUAGCCUGGCAACUCCAAAGUCUCUCCAAAAGGCAAAAUAGGGAGAGCAAGCAUGAAUAAAUAUGGGACUGCUUCUGAAAACUGACUAUCCUGCACUGAAUUCUCCUCUCUCACCCCUGUAAAACUUACUUUUGUCCAAGGCAUCUCAUUCAUAUAUAUGUGUGAGUGUCCAAACACUAGGUUAAAUUCUGGAAGUUACUUUGGAAACUAUUUCCGCCCCCCUUCGCUGCAGAGCUCCAAGGAAAAGAGGCACAUACUGACAUAACUUUUUAGCACUGUGACCAACAUAUUUCUCCAAGCAAAUGCAGCCAGAACCACUUGCCAAAACCAAUAUUGACCCAGUCCUUCAUCCAAUCAACAAACGCUAUUAUUUAUAAGACUGGGUUUUUCUUGGUUGAAGUUCAAAGCAAAGCUCCAAGGAUUUUCAAAACUAUAAUAAUGAGAGGAUUUAGCUUUCCAGAAAAAACCAUGCCUCGCUUUUGGUUGCAACGGGAACACUAGGUCACUGCAAGUAAACAUUCAGAUAACCUUUUCAGUUCUAUACAUUCAUUUUCCUCCACAGUUGUAUCGAGUCCUGAAAUUGCAUGGUUCUGAAUUAAGGCGCUGUUGUGUAGCUGAUGGUGUCCUGAAAUUAGUAUGCUUCUUCACAUGGGAUGGUAGUCGUAAUGAGAAUAGACCCACUGAAGUUAAUAGAUACGAGUAAAUUAUGUUCAUUUAUUUCAAUGGGUCUACUUUGAGCAGGACUGAGCAGAAUGCAACCCCGUUAUGUUUGCAUUGCUUUUCACAUUUCCUGCAUCUGCAAUUCAGUGUAGUAUCGAAGGAGAAAAUCAGUUUGAUUCUUGCACUUUUCUAAAUAAUAUGAACUGAAGCACAUUUGAGUUUUGAAACUCACACUUCUCUUUUGCAGUGAAGUUCUCCAGUCAAAGAUGGGUAGAAAGUGUACCUAAAACUGCAUUGAUUAGUAAAUAUAACAUACAUUAAGCAAAACUGCAUUGAAAUGUGAAUCCAGUACAAAACUAAAAUGCUCAGAAAUGUUUUGUAAGAGUUUUUUUUUUUAAUGUAAUAUAGUGAACUGUUUUCCCAGUAGUGAUGUAUGGAAGUGAGAGCUGGACCAUAAAGAAGGCUGAUCGCCGAAGAAUUGAUACUUUUGAAUUAUGGUGCUGGAGGAGACUCUUGAGAGUCCCAUGGACUGCAAGAAGAUCAAACCUCUCCAUUCUGAAGGAAAUCAGCCCUGAGUGCUCACUGGAAGCACAGAUCGUGAAGCUGAGGCUCCAAGACUUUGGCCACCUCAUGAGAAGAGAAGACUCCCUGGAAAAGACCCUGAUGUUGGGAAAGAUGGAGGGCACAAGGAGAAGGGGACGACAGUGGACGAGAUGGUUGGACAGUGUUCUUGAAGCUACCAGCAUGAGUUUGACCAAACUGCGGGAGGCAGUGGAAGACAGGAGUGCCUGGCGUGCUCUGGUCCAUAGGGUCACGAAGAGUCGGACACGAAUAAACGACUAAACAACAACAAACAACAGCAACAACAAUAGUGAACUGUGUAAUGUUUCUGAAUUGAAGAUGGGGGAACUGGAACAGGAACUGAGAGAAACAGAAAUAGCCAGAUUUUUCCAUCCCUGAAUGGAAGGCAAUGCUUUCCUUUGACAUAGCGUUCAGCUUAUAUUUGAACGAUCAUUUUCAUUAUAAAUCAGAAUUACUUUGCUCUCCGCAUAUCUGAUAGCUGAGCCAUUCUAUCCAAAUGAAAAUUAGGUCUGCCUGUUACUCUGGCACCCAGUGACGAUUUCGCUUUCAGGUAUGGCUUUGGAGAAGGCUACUGCCUCUUUCUCUGCCCAAGUCUCUGUUCUGAGCAUGUGUCUGUCCUGAUUUAGAAGGCAGCAAGUUCACAGCGGUGACUCAUUCAGUGAUGCCACACGCAGCCUCCUCCUCUGAGAGCAGGUAAUUCUGCUGCGUGAUCCAAUUAUCCCGCAAUGCAGAGAUAAUUCGAAACAGACAAGGCCACGGCAGCAAAUGCAGCUGAGAGGCAAUGGGCACACCCUCUCCCGGUUACCGAAUUAGCUGUCAUCUAUAAGUGGUGCUUGCAACAGGGUGGAGUGCUCAGUUUCAGAGUUCUAGCCAGACAGACAUCCCCUUUUCCAGGAUACACCAUUCCAUUUCUCCACUCCAGGUUUCUGCUGUCAUUACCCUGUUCUCUCCAACAAACAACCAGCAUUCUGUGGUCACGGAGCAUAUCUUGGGCUGGUUUUUGUGAUGGUAGCUGCUGGGUCCCUGAAAUAUACUCAGAGUUGAGUAGUGAUUGCAUGCUCUCUGUUUCAGCUCAUCAUGGGACGUGGGUGGCGCUGUGGUCUAAACCACACAGCCUAGGGCUUGCCGAUCGGAAGGUCAGCGGUUCGAAUCCCUGAGACGGGGUGAGCUCCCAUUGUUCGGUCCCAGCUCCUGCCCACCUAGCAGUUUGAAGGCAUGUCAAAGUGCAAGUAGAUAAAUAGGUACCGCUCUGGCAGGAAGGUAAACGGCGUUUCCAUGCGCUGCUCUGGUUCGCCAGAAGUGGCUUAGUCAUGCUGGGUGUUAUGUGCUGAAGUUCUCACCCUGGGCCAGCAGGGGGAUACUGUAGAUAGUUUUCACUCAGGUCCACAUAUGCAAAUAAGGGGUUGAAAGUGACGUUCAGUGAUUGGUUAGUUACAGAAUGUGGUUACUGUUGCGUUGCAGUGGAGCUUUAUAUGAGCAGGCUGGCUGAACCCUCCAGUUCAGUUCUGUUCUGGCCUCUGAAUAAACAAGAGCUGUUUGAAGAAUCGCUGUGUCAUCUGAUAUGUUCACCCACAACUUAACACUGGCCACAUGACCUGGAAGCUGUCUGCGGGCAAACGCCGGCUCCCUUGGCCUAUAGAGCGAGAUGAGCGUGCAACCCCAGAGUCGUCUGCGACUGGACCUAACGGUCAGGGAUACCUUUACCUAUUUCAGCUCAUAGGAACAGUGAUUUAAUCCUCCCCCCCCAACCUCUGGGUCCCGCACAAUGGGUCCCGCAUGAUUGGUUGAUUCUGCUCCCCUCCUGGAGCCUGAUUGGGCUGCUCCUGCAGGCCAAUUGGAUGCAGCAUUCUAGUACGUAUCCUACCUGCCUAUUGUUCUAGUGAUAGGCUGAUUCACUUCCUAUUGUGGCCUGAUUGGGUGGCUUCUGCAAGCCAAUCAGGUUGCUGUCUUCUAGGAUCCUACUUGCCUACUGAUCUAAGACCUAAGCUCAGUACAUAACAGUCCCCAUUAGCAUUUCCCCCCUCUAAAUAUUUGUUUUACAGCUGCAAACGAUGGGAUUGCCCAACACACAUCAGUGCCUCCUCCCUCUUCCAUACAGAUGGUGCUGUUUUGAUGGCAUAAGGACGCACAUUUGGAGAAUGAACCAGCUAUAAGCAUAUAGCAUGGGUAGGCAAAUUAAGGCCCGGGAGCCAGAUCCGGCCCAAUCGCCUUCUAAAUCCGGCCCGCAGACGGUCCAGGAAUCAGCGUGUUUUUACAUGAAUAGAAUAUGUGCUUUUAUUUAAAAUGCAUCUCUGGGUUAUUUGUGGGGCAUAGGAAUUCGUUCAUUUCCCCCCCCUCCAAUAUAGUCCGGCCCCCCACAAGGUCUGAAGGACAGUGGACUGGCCCCCUGCUGAAAAAGUUUGCUGACCCCUGGCAUAUAGGAUGGAAUUGCCUCCCUCUUCCACUAAACAACAACCCUGGCAGAACUAAUUUUUCAAGAGCAACCCUCCGCUUUGAUAUGGUUAGUCACAAUUCCCCCCCCCCCCCGCCCCGGUAUCCGGAAGCAGCUAAAUGGUAGGAAGCUAUUCCUGAAGUGAACCCAGGUCAUCUAUUAAUUUACCAAUUUUUAAAAUAAAUUUUAUUUUAUUAGCAAACAAAAAUAAAAGAUAAAGAGCAUAAAGAAAUACCGUUGUAGCAUAGAAUCAUAGAAUUGGAAGAGACCACAAGAGCCACCAAGUCCAACCCCCUGCCAAGCAGGAAACACCAUCAGAGCACUCCUGACAUAUGGUUGUCAAGCCUCUGCUUAAAGACCUCCAAAGAAGGAGACUCCACCACACUCCUUGGCAGCAAAUUCCACUGUCGAACAGCUCUUACUGUCAGGAAGUUCUUCCUAAUGUUUAGGUGGAAUCUUCUUUCUUGUAGUUUGGAUCCAUUGCUCCGUGUCCGCUUCUCUGGAGCAGCAGAAAACAACCUUUCUCCCUCCUCUAUGUGACAUCCUUUUAUAUAUUUGAACAUGGCUAUCAUAUCACCCCUUAACCUCCUCUUCUCCAGGCUAAACAUGCCCAGCUCCCUUAGCCAUUCCUCAUAAGGCAUUGUUUCCAGGCCUUUGACCAUUUUGGUUGCCCUCCUCUGGACACGUUCCAGUUUGUCAGUGUCCUUGACAAAUUUGUCUUCACGUAUGCUGCAGGUUGAAAGCAGCAUACGUGAAGACAAAUUCCCCCAUAAGAACUAAAGGCAGCUUGAAAGACAGCCCCUCCUUUCACAUAAAAAGGAUUUGCAGAUUGUUGUAUCCCCCCCCAAAAAACAACAACCCUAUAAGCAUAACCAUAAGUAAGAAUAAAACAAAGGAAAUUGUCGGCUGUAGGAAUCGGUGGCUUUUUCAAACUCCUUUCAGCUCUCCAAUAAAUAAGUUUCUAGAUAUUCUGACCAGACAUCUAGGUUUAUCACUAAAGUGUCCAUCUCUGUUAAUAAUAAUAAUAAUAAUAAUAAUAAUAGCAAACAAGACAGCAUGGCAGUCUCCUUUGCUGCAGUAGUUUAUCAAGCUGUCAAUGGGCUGUAAGAGCCAGAAUGGUAGUACAGCUUUGCUUAAAGUUACUCCCAUUACUCCAUUAAAAAAUAUACCGUAAUCCCCACAAGCUUGUACUAAGGUAGAACUACAUUGCUUCAAUGAACACGUGAUCCCAGACCUAAACUCAUGUUUGCUGAAGGGAGCAGGAGGCAUUUGUCGGGGAGAGCCAGUCGUCUCAGAGCCCCCACGUCACAUUUACGUUGCAAGCGAAACCUGUGUUUGCGCUGUAUGUUUGCUUCCACCUUAUCGCUGCCCCUUCUUAACCAUGAAAGCCUUUGGGCAGUUGAAGCAGCGGGCAAAAGGGGGGAAAGUCAAGAGGCUUUCGUGGGUUGGGGGGGGGAAAGGCAUCAAAACUCAGCAUUUCUCAAGAAAAAACAGGAAAGAUGCAGGAAAGCUAUGGAUUGUGGCUAAUGGCAUAAGCACAAUUCUUCCCAAACAACACUGGAUGCAAAAUAUAUUAGUGUGCAUACACAGCUAACUUGCAGAAGUGUUUAAAUAAUUGACUGUGGGGUUAUUUGUAGGGAGCUUUUUUGCCCCCACAGCAUACUAGCAGUUCUCCUACGUAUCACACUAAUGUGCUCCAAAACUCAGCUUGCGAAUGGUUGGUCUGUCCCAGGGGUGUCUAUUGUGAGUGACUAGCAGUGGCAAAGGUUUAGGGACGCGGGUGGUGCUGUGGUCUAAACCACUGAGCCUCUUGGGCUUGCCGAUCAGAAGGUCGGCAGUUCGAAUCCCCGCGACAGGGUGAGCUCCCAUUGCUCGGUCCCAGUUCCUGCCAACCUAGCAGUUCGAAAGCACGUCAAAGUGCAAGUAGAUUUCCAAGCACAAUUCAAAGUGUUGGUGCUGACCUUUAAAGCCCUAAACGGCCUCGGUCCUGUAUACCUGAAGGAGUGUUUCCACCCCCAUUGUUCAGCCCGGACACUGAGAUCCAGCGCCGAGGGCCUUCUGGCAGUUCCCUCACUGUGAGAAGUGAGGUUACAGGGAACCAGGCAGAGGGCCUUCUUGGUAGUGGCGCCCGCCCUGUGGAACACCCUCCCAUCAGAUGUCAAAGAGAUAAACAACUACCUGACAUUCAGAAGACAUCUUAAGGCAGCCCUGUUCAGGGAAGUUUUUAAUAUUUAACGCUGUACUGUUUUUAACACUUGAUUGGGAGCCGCCCAGAGUGGCUGGGGAAACUCAGCCAGAUGGGCGGGGUAUAAAUAAUAAAUUAUUAUUAUUAUUAUUAUUAUUAUUAUUAUAGAUGUGGCAGGAAGGUAAAUGGCAUUUCCGUGCGCUCUGGUUUCCGUCAUGGUGUUCCGUUGUGCCAGAAGCGAUUUAGUCAUGCUGGCCACACGACCUGGAAAGCUGUCUGUGGACAAACGCAGUCUCUCUUGGCCUGAAAGCGAGAUGAGCGCCGCAACCCCAUAGUCGCCUUUGACUGGACUUAACCAACCAGGGAUCACUUACCUUUUUUACCUUUUACAAGCAGUGGCUCUCCAGGAUCUUGGGCAGAGGAUCUUUCUCCACCCCUGGUUUAUGCAACGCUUUUAACUCUAGAGACCAUAGCUGUCAACUUACAGAUUUGAAAAUAAGGGACCAGCAGCCUCGAAAACAAGGGAUCAGCAGCCAAAAUAAGGGAUUUUCAGAGCACAGGUAUGUUUGACUUCUGAGCCCCUCUGAGCCAAAGGCAGAAAGCCCAGCCAGCAGCCGAACGAAGCCUCAAGUGGUGGUUCCCACAGGGCAGCAACCCAGCAAAGGGGAUGCAGCAAGGAAAACCACCGUCACCUCUCCGCUAGGAAGCGCUGAGCAAAGGCGAGAACCCAGGCAACGCGGCUGAUUUGAUUGGCACAAGGCAUGCAAGCUCCACCCCCCAGUCGUUCUUAGACUCCUUAUUGGGUGAGCAACGCAUCCAAGCAACACAGUUGGAGCCUCCCUCCUCCCUGGCCGGCAGGGAGGGAGGGAGGGAGAGGAGCUGCUUCCUUUGAAACCCGGGAAAUUUAAGGGACAUCAUCAAUAAGGGACAGCAGCGGGACACGGCACUGGGAUAAGGGACUUUCCCGCCAAAUAAGGGACGGUUGACAGCUAUGCUAGAGAUGCAGGUAGGGAAUGAACCUGUGACCUUCAACAUGCAAAAUUGGUGCUUUACCACUGAAAAAUGGCCCCCUCCCUGACUAUCAGUCCUUCUCCUUUGGGAAACUGCUUCAGACAAUGCUCAGCCUUACCCAUCUGUUGUUGAUCUAUUUCGCUCUCUUCCCUACAGACGUAUUUUUCAGAACUAGCUGUAGGUGACAUGGAAACUAACAAACUUAGUGUCCAUUCUUGCCGAGGGCUGCAUUUAUUUAUUUUUUUAAUAUCGUAGCUGACAUUUAAACAAUAUGCGCUAUGCUGACAUUUGGCUGAUUCUUCCACGCUGCUCAGACAUUCUUGGCCAAAGCAUUACUUUUGUGCUUGUUCUUGCAUUCUUCAAUUCCCAAACAUUCUAGGCAAAAUUCUUUUCCGGUAAAUCAAUCUAAUGGUUGCUGGCAUUAAUUUUCCCAUUUCUUAUCUAGUUUUUAGAUGUGUCAGCAUUCUUAGCACAAUAUAACUCGAGAAAGAGGGGUUUUUUGCGGGGGGUGGGGGGGGAGGUUGGACAAACCCCUAUGGACCAGUGCAACAAUGUAAUUUAGAUCCCUGGUCUUAAUCCUAAUAGCAAUUUGUUAUAUGAAACACAUGCCCAUUGCAGACAGCACUGGAAUGCCUUGCAGGGUUCACACGCCCUUUUAGUGGGUUACAACUCUGGCGGCUACCUAUCUCUACAUGCAAACCGAGUGAGACCAACAUUACUGUAUAUCAGGAAGAUCAGUAAUGGUGGACAAUAGGUUGGAUCUAGCCUAAGUGUGUUGUACUUUGUAUUCAUAGAAGUCAAUGAGACUAUAUGCUAUUGCAUAUAAUAUUCUAUAGAUUGCCUGACUGCAUUGGACAUCAUUGCCUGUCCCAUCUUGAUUUAAUCCAUAGCCAAGGUCUUCUCAUGUUUUACAGUCUGCCUGAAAUGCUACAUCAGUUAGACAAUCUCAUUUUUAAAAAUCAGGAUUACACCUUUAGUCAAACAAUUUGUGUGCCUCCUGAUGGAGACUUAAUAUUGCAAAUGGGUUAUUUGAAUACUGGAAGCUAGUAGUUGGCAAGAAGUUUUCUUUUAAAAAAAACCACUGGGUUUUCUGCAGAGAUGGGUUAAUCUGGAUUAAAUGGCGGUGGGAAAUACUGGCUGGCAUUUUGAUGCCCAUGAUGGUGUGUGGAUGCUGGGGGAAAAACUUGCAUGUAUGAGCAGCAACAAUUCACAAUACAUAAGCAUUUGGAAGCCCCUUAGUUUAAAUGUUCUUAAUUUUCUGAAACAGAUGUUUGAUGCAUCAGCAAAAUGUCUUCUUUUUCUGUUUCCCACCUAUUAUGUAGAAUGUUGAAGUCUUAAUCUGUUUUUUGAAUCACUGAUUUUAAUUUGUUUAAUGUUGUAAAUAGUUGUCUUUCUUUUUGUAAAUAGCUUUGAGGGUUUUUCUUUUUGAGGGUUUUUCUUUUUUUUAACAAUCACAAAGUGUAUAAAUUUUAUAGACAAGCCUUCCGCGAUACUAUAACCUGAAUUUGCUUAGCUUUAAAUUUGUUAGAAUGAUAUUAAUUUUUAUCACAAAAUUUCACCAGUUGUCAUCAUUUUCACUGAGUUCAGUGGGAGACCCAGAUCUUCUCCCGCUGCCUGCAGUUUCUGGUAUAGAGAGUUCCUAAAAGAGUAAAAGUAUAUGUAUUUGUAAGGUAAAGGUAAAGGUACCCCUGCCCGUACGGGCCAGUCGUGUCCGACUCUAGGGUUGCGCGCUCAUCUCGCUCAAGAGCCCGUGAGCCGGCGCCGUCCGAAGACACUUCCGGGUCACGUGGCCAGCGUGACGAAGCUGCAGCUGGCGAGCCAGCACCAGUGCAGCACACGGAAACGCUGUUUACCUUCCUGCUAUAAAGCGGUACCUAUUUAUCUACUUGCACUUUAAGGGUGCCUCUGAACUGCUAGGUGGGCAGGAGCUGGGACCGAACGACGGGCACUCACCCCGCCGCGGGGAUUUGAACCGCCAACCUUACGAUCAGCAAGUCCUAGGCACUGAGGUUUUACCCACAGCGCCACCCGCAUCCCAAUAUGUAUAUGUACGUUUUUACAAAACUCUGUUCCAAAGCAAGGAUGAGAAACCUGUGGCUCUCCAGAUGGUUUUGGACUACAAAUCCCAUCACCCCUGAGCAUUAGCCAUUCUAGCUAUAUAACAACUAACGCAUCUAAAGCAGCCAUCCAGAUUAGAUCUCUAUAUGCCAAGAACCAGGCCCAAUCAGUGAAGAUAGCUUUGAGACUCUUUCAAAUGAAAGUCCUCCCCCUUCUUUUGGUGGGCAUCUCUUUAGGCUCCCGUAGGGAUUUUUUGAAAAUGGAUUCUAUCCAAACGCAAUUCCUUAGAGCCAUCCUUAGGAUUCCCCCCUCGGUAGCGGGUGCGGUUAUGAGAUUAGAGGUCGGCUGGCAAGCUCUACGGUAUGUGGCCUUGAAGACGAAGCUCUGGCUAUGGCUCAAGCUUUGUUUUAAACCAGUGGGUAUUGCCCCCUUGAUAUUGAGGGACGUUUUCCAAUCAUCGUGGGAAAGGGAGGUCAUUAAUGAGGUUCAAUCCUGCGGAUUGUUUCUCCUUUACUUCCAGUCUAUGACGUACAAUCAAGCUAGAGCUGUGAUCUCCCAGAGACUGAGUGAUAUUGCCAGACAAGAGGACAUAGCCCAGGUUAAACCAGGGAUGUUCCUAGGGGACCAGAUUUAUCGGACCAUACCAGCCCCCUACCUUGCAGAAAUCCACUAUGUGGAAUACCGUAGACUUCUUACAGCGGCUAGAUUAAAUGUCCUUGACUCUGCAAUAUUGUGGGGAAGGUACAGGGGAGUACCAUACGCCCAAAGAACCUGUCAUUGUGCCAUGGGGGUGGUUGAGUCCACCGAACACAUUCUCUUGACUUGCCCUUCUUAUGCAGAGCUUAGACAAAAUUUUAUAGACCCACUCCUAUGUCAAUUCAGCCUCCUACCCGGAGAAAACCAGGCUUUACACUUGCUGAAUAACGCCACUAGAGCUAUACCUUCCUUGGUGGCCAAAUUUCUCUUCUUAGCCUUUAAGCGUCGCAAGACUAAAAUUGACUGUAUUGAUAUGGGGCUAUCUGUCUAGCCCAUUUUAGUGUUGGCUAAGUUUUAAAAUCUUCCUGGAUGUUUUUAACUGUGUAUUGACAAAAUGUACUUUUUUCUGACUGACGGUCGAAUAAAAAGGAUGAUGAUGAUGCUAAUGGAGUCAAACAAAAACAUUUGACACUUGGUUCGACUGGGAGGCAAGAGAAGACAUUGAUUCUUAAGCCUCUCUUGCAUAGAGCAGCUGAACAGACAGAACAGAACUCGAAAGUAAAUAUGGGUCGUCAAGGCUGGAACAUGUUGUAGACAGUUCUUUCAGAAAGCAAGAAAUAAAAGAGGGGGUACUUCACAACAUGGUUCCCUAUCCUGAGAUGGAUCUAGCUGUUGUGUUGCGUACUUCAGAGAAGCUUCUAGUUUGUUCCUUGACCGAGUUAAGUUUCUUCAAAUUCAUUCGUUCUAAUUCAUAUGGGGUGCCAACUUGAAUACGAUACUGGGGUGGGGGCAGGUAAGCCUUGCUCCUCAUAAUCGCUGACAAAAUGAGACACAUGCACGCUAAUUGAAUGGCAGUGCCCUUCAACUUGGGGGGCAGCUCCCUCAAAUAUUUUAUAAGGGGGGCAAAGGGACCUUGGCCCCUAGGAGGUGGCUUCUAUGGUAUAGGAUUGCUAUCUUAGGCUCUAUACAGUGGUACCUCAGGUUAAGUACUUAAUUCGUUCCGGAAGUCCGUACUUAACCUGAAACUGUUCUUAACCUGAAGCACCACUUUAGCUAAUGGGGCCUCCUGCUGCCGCCACGCCACUGGAGCACGAUUUCUGUUCUCAUCCUGAAGCAAAGUUCUUAACCUGAAGCACUAUUUCUGGGUUAGCGGAGUCUGUAACCUGAAGCGUAUGUAACCUGAGGUACCACUGUAUUUGUUGUCUUAUAUAAGCUUGUGAGAGAGGUACAAAUACAUCAUCUCCAGAAUGAUAUUAGUCCCGCUGGGAUACAGAUAAUCCGGGUGUGUACUGCUUUGUAUAAUUAUAGUCUGGCUAGAUGAAAGAUCGCAUCCUGAGCCAUUUUCUCAGCUUGAGCCAGUCAAGGUGGGUGGGGCUCUUUCUUCCCAUAUGAUAUUCGACUUUCGUAAAUUUGUUUGUCCACCUUCUCCUCCUGACCUGUUUGCUGACUUAGGCAGCGAAGUUCCGCGUUGGGGUUUAUAAGCCGGGUUUCGUUUGCCUGCGACUUUCCAUCGAUGACAGGUUCUCCUCAAAGCCUCUUCUUCCCACUUGGAGCAAUCGAGCAGAAAAUCGCUCCAGGGUGACAUCAUGACAGCCUUUUCCUUCUUUUCGCACCUAUUUGAUCUUUGACAGGUAGCUGCUGCGCAUUCCAUGCUGCUAACUCACAUCAAGUUGCCUAGCGACUGAUCAGCCCUCACCUCAAACUUAGAUGCUCACAUGAACUGCAGCCAGUUUUGUAGACCUGAGAGAGCCAUUUGCCCUGUGCCACUAUCUCCCCAUGAAUGACCACCGAUAAAUCCAUGCAUUGUAACCAUCAGCACAGCUAUCACGUGGACGCAACCGAAUGGUUGAUCUUACAGUGGUACCUCGGGUUACAUACGCUUCAGAUUACAGACUCCGCUAUCCCAGAAAUAGUACCUUGGGUUAAGAACUUUGCAUCAGGAUGAGAACACAAAUCGUGCUCCGGCGAUGCAGCAGCAGUGGGAGGCCCCAUUAGCUAAAGUGGUGCUUCAGGUUAAGAAAAGUUUCAGGUUAAGAACGGACCUCCGGAACGAAUUAAGUACUUAACCCGAGGUACCACUGUACUGACAUCCAACACCCUUUUAGAAUGUGGCUUUGGGGGGGGGCGUUAUUGGGUUACUGCUUUUGGUUUGCUUUUAUAUGUUGCGGUCUUGUUGUGAACCGCCCUAAGACCUCUGGGUACAGGGUGGUGUAUAAGUUGAAUUAAUAAUAAUAAUAAUAAUAAUAAUAAUAAUAAUAAUACAGUGGUACAUCUGGUUACAUACUUAGUUCAUUCCGGAGCUCCGUUCUUAACCUGAAACUGUUCUUAACCUGAGGUACCAGGUUAGCUAAUGGGGCCUCCCGCUGCUGCCACGCCGCCAGAGCCCGAUUUCUGUUCUCAUCCUGAAGCAAAGUUCUUAACCCAAGGUACUAUUUCUGGGUUAGCGGAGUGUGUAACCUGAAGCAUAUGUAACCUGAAGUAUAUGUAACCCGAGGCACCACUGUAAUUAUUAUUAUUAUUAUAUUAUUAUUAUUAUUAUUAUUAUUAUUAUUAUUAUUAUUACCUGGGAAGCAGCAUGGAGGGGCAGGGCAUACAUUUUGAUAAUUGUAUAAGAUCUCAUCCAUCCACAAGUCACAUUUCCAUGAGCAUUCUCGCCAUCUGUGGGAAUCUCACUAACCAGCAAAAAAAUUAAAACCCAAUGAGAGACCUCCUAUUAACCACUGGAGGUUAUUUAAUCAGGAAGAAACUAGCAGAUGAACAUGAGAAGAAUCCAGUUGAAGCAGACCAACGUCCCACCUAAUCUAGCAUGAGGAUCCCACACUAGCCUUGACUAUUGCCAUUAGCUUUUUUGCUCCGGCAUUUGUAAAAUCUAUUUUUGUGUCCCAUGCUUGUAAAAACAAUGAGAGCUAUUCAAAGCUUGUUUGGCAAGGCUUGGUUCAACUUGGAAGUAAUAAAUACGCUGGGUUGUAUCCAAAGCUGCGUGAGUGGAGUUCUGUUUUCCCAGUGGGACUUACAUUUCCUCUUCAUUCACCACAUGUCCUCAGUCUGCUCUGGAGGGCCACUCAACCCUCCAAAGCUGAUUUUGAUGGUGCUGGGGGGAUCAGGAAAGGAAGAGGAAGUUCCAUGCUACACAUGGAAGUGGGAUAUUUGCAGUCAAAUCUAACAAUGCAUAGUAAAGGUAAAAGGACCCCUGACCGUUAGGUCCAGUCGUGGCCGACUCUAGGGUUGUGGCACUCAUCUUGCUUUAUUGGCCAAGGGAGCCGGCGUACAGCUUCUGGGUCAUGUGGCCAGCAUGACUAAGCCACUUCUGGCGAACCAGAGCAGUGCACGGAAACACCGUUUACCUUCCCGCCGGAGCGGUACCUAUUUAUCUACUUGCACUUUGAUGUGCUUUCAAACUGCUAGGUUGGCAGGAGCAGGGACCGAGCAAUGGGAGCUCACCCCGUCAUGGGGAUUCUUGUCAAUUAGUAAGUCUAGAUGCUAACGACCAUAGAGCUAUAAAUAUUUAGAUACGCGGACAUAGACCAUAGGAAUGCAAUCGGUGGAGAGACAAUUCUGUUUGAUGUCAUUCUUCCUGCUUCCAGUGCAGGUGAUAAAGGAAAAGCCAGUCCUUUGGUUAAUCUGGGCCAUUUAGGACUUUAGAGGUGGAAACCAGUGGCAUGCGGUCAGUGGACUGGAAGGACUAAGCUCUUCCUUGCAUGGACAGGCAGAGUCCCCCAAACCCUGGGCGUCCUCCAUGUGGAAUAACGACUCAAGACAAUGUGCUAUGGGAUUAAAAUUGGCCACAACUUUAUUAUAUUUCAGAUGUGGGUAGACCUUGGCUCAGGCAUUGGGCACUUAUCCUUCCCAGUCCCCCGCCGGGGAUCUGGGGAACAUCAGGGUUAUUUGAUGGGGGGGGGAUGGGCUGGCUCUGGAGAACAUAUGUUCAAGCAGAGUCGCAGGCGAGAGCAAUGACAACCUCUAGGCGUAUGGGCAAAGCCUCCCCUCAAACAACCCCUUUAACGGGGAACCCUGGUAUUGCCGCGGCAAAGGAGGGGGGCGUGGGUCACCGCUGCAGCCCCCCCUAAUUAGGGAACACAGACGAAAGGCUUGCGCCCAAGGCCUGAUACCGCCAAAGUUGUGACGUUUUGCUACGGAAAAGGCAAACCUGCCAAUGCAGGAGAAUUCCUUUCUGGCCCUUCAACAGCGACCUUGACGUAGCAGCGCCCGCAUACCUGUGAAGAAAAGGUUAAUCUGCAAAAGAAGCCUUAACUGAGGGUGGGUAGGGUGGGAGAAGCUCUGGAGCCAACUGACGAUUCCCAGGUAAGAUGCUCCCCCUAUUGUGUGGGCAGGUAGUCCCUUCCCCUACCUGGCCUAAUCACCUUGGCAACGCCUCCCCAGGCGGGAUUGGGCAACUGGCUGAGGUAGGUGGAGACUUCCAGGUAUCCCACCUGAGGAAGGCGAAGCCAAGCCUGUGCUAAUGGUGCCGCUCCAGAUCCAGGAGCUGCGCGCGUCCACGCAAAGGGCGCCCCCCAUUUAAUGUGGGGAGUGUUGUUGUUGUUUAGUCGUUUAGUCAUGUCCGACUCUUCGUGACCCCAUGGACCAGAGCACGCCAGGCACUCCUGUCUUCCAUUGCCUCCUACAGUUUGGUCAAACUCAUGCUGGUAUCUUCGAGAACACUAUCCAACCAUCUUGUCCUCUGUCGCCCCCUUCUCCUUGUGCCCUCCAUCUUUCCCAACAUCAGGGUCUUUUCCAAGGAGUCUUCUCUUCUCAUGAGGUGGCCAAAGUAUUGGAGCCUCAGCUUCACAAUCUGUCCUUCCAGUGAGCACUCAGGGCUGAUUUCCUUCAGAAUGGAGAGGUUUGAUCUUCUUGCAGUCCAUGGGACCCUCAAGAGACUCCUCCAGCACCAGAAUUCAAAAGCAACAAUGUGGGGAGUAGUCAUUCCUAAAGCCCGGGAAUCUUUUGCCCAGCUGACAGAAGGAGGUACUAUGCUCAUAUCAUAUCGUAUCUUCUUCUCUUCUUUGGCAAGACAUCAUGCAGGCGAUGUUGCACCGCCCCCCCCCCCCCCGCAUUACCCUCACAGGCUGGUACCUCUGACCCUAACGGUUUUCCUGCAAAAAAAUUCACCGCAUGCCACUGGUUAAACCAGACCUCUGACCUACACCACUGCAUGCUGACAGCUUCUAGGAUACACAGGUGAGAACUGCUGAGUGCAGGGUGGGUACCAAACCUGGACAAUCUACCUCAGAUGGAGCACUUUGUGACUCCCGCUAGAAGUGCUGUCCCUCUUUUAACAUCCCACACACCCCAGUGACACCUAUUUAUUCAAUUUUUUGCACCAGUGCUUUAUUACAUUUUUUAAAAAUUACGUAUAAUAAUAGCAAUAAAGAAUAAUAGAAACCGAGGAUGGUAAUUUUCAAAAAUACAUUAUUUUGUAACAUCUGUGCUCUCUGGGAUAAAGAUUCGACUGACUUUCCUUACUUUAUCUGAGCAGAGAAAAGCGCAUUUUGCUGUUUUCAGCUCAAUAUUAUUAUUUUUCUGUAGGCUGACUCAUAUUCUCCAGUCUUUUGCCCUUAGGGAAGAUACUAGGAAAUGAUGUAAUGCCUCAGACAUGGGCCUUAUUCUGCCUGUAUUUUUAGUUACCCUGUAUAAGUUGCUUUAUAACAGAAGGCAAGCUUCUCUUUGAUAACCGAGCUGGUGGAGUGGGACUGAGCACCAUUCAGAUGGAACUGUGCACUAUAUGGAUGCCCAGAUAUCCUGGGAUUUUCUUGGCGUGCCUUUUUAAAGCAUGCAAUAGUUUCUACAGUUAGUUACUACAGCUGCGUGGUAAAUAUUCAUUUCCUUACUUAGAGGUGGAAAUGGGUUUUAAAAGUCAAUUUAUGUGAAAGACGUCAACUCCAGGAAAUUCACAAAGUUUCCCCUCUCCCCUUACACCUCCAAGAAACCUUUCUGGAGUUUAGGGGCUCUUCUGAGCAGUGGGGUAAGAGUUGGGGCUGAAUUGUCCCAAAUUAAGUAGGAUUACCCAGCUUGAGAAAUUCUUCCCUUCCUCUUCACCCUAUCCCACAUGGUUCAGAACAUGGGUAGGCAAACUAAGGCCCAGGGGCCGGAUCCGGCCCAAUCACUUUCUAAAUCUGGCCUGCGGACAGUCCGGGAAUCAGCGUGUUUUUACAUGAGUAGAAUGUGCCCUUUUAUUUAAAAUGCAUCUCUGGGUUAUUUGUGUGGCAGAGGAAUUUGUUCAUUUUAUAUAUUUUUUCAAAAUAUAGUCCGGCCACCCACAAGGUAUGAGGGACAGUGGACCGGCCCCCUGCUGAAAAUGUUUGCUGACCCCUGGCUCAAAAGGAUCUCCCAAACCUUUGGAGAGACUUUUCCUAGGGUUAAGAUGUCUGCAAAGGAUGGAAAAUGUUUGUUUAGUUGCCUUUUUUUUUAUUGGGAUGUAGAAUAGAUUAGAAUAAUCCAAAACAUCCAGAGCUCGUUUUGAACAGAAAGGCUUGAGGUGAUAGCAAAGUGCCUGUAGAUUUUUGGUCCAAAAUGUAUAGAAUGCUUUUGGAACCACAUACAAAGGAUGAACAGGUUAAAUCUGUAAUGAUACACUGGGCGAGGGAUUUGGGGCAUAAUAUCCAACUUUCAGAUUGGGAAAGGUUAUGGAAAACUAAUUUGAAAUUCUCAGCGUGCUGUACAUUGAAAGAAAACUAUAUGAAAAUGAUGUACCAAUGGUACUUGACUCUCAGUAAGUUAGCAAAAAUGUGUAAGACAGGUACAAAUAUCUGCUGGAAAUGUAAAGAAAAAGAAGGCACCUUUUAUCAUAUGUGGUGGUCUUGUAAGGUAAUAAAAGCAUUCUAGGAAAUUAUAUAUAAUGAGCUGAAAAAGAUGCUCAAUUUUUAUUUAAAACACACUAGAGGCUUUUCUAUUCUAGGUGCUGAUAUUCCAAGGGAGCAAAUUAAACUGUUGGACUAUGCCCAGAUGGCAAAACUGACCGGAAAGCUCAGGGACCAAGAAGACCAAAACUUCAACAAAGAAUGGGGAAUUUUUAUAAUUUACCUUGGAGGCCACUGUAAGCAGAUGAAAACAUUAGCAGGGCUGCAAUAACACUCAUAAUGUAGCAAGUACUAUGGGGAUAAUGGAGUUACAUACAACUGAAAAAGAUGCAGUAGAAAAGGUUUAAUAAUAGGACCCACAGAGGGGAAGGUGGGAAGUCCAGAGAUUUGGAUGUUUAUGGUUGUAUUGUUAUAAUUUUAUACUUGUAAAAUCAAAUUAAAAUUUUUUUUAAGUGCUCGUAGGUUUUUACCCUGCAUAGCCUGAUGCUCUGAAUGGAAAUUAAGAAAUUAGAUAGUUCCUUUUGAACAGGAGCAGGGAAGGGGGGUAGCCUUGCAGACGGACUCUCCCUGGGGACUGGUAAUAGGAUAAAGGGCCUUUCACCUCUAGGUCACUGAUCUUAAUGUGGCCAGAAUGCACAGCGGAUGAAAGUCAUUACCAUCUUAUGUCUGUUGAGUAGCCUUUGAGGUAGGACUCUUUGUUCUCUCAGAGUCCUUCCAAGUGGCCAGGUGGUCGUGACAGAGAAAAUCAUUAGAGUCGAUCGGUGAUAUAAUUUAUGCAAUUCGCAGCAGCCUCAGCAAGAGCAACAAAUGAACUUGAAAACUAGGCAGAUGCUCUUUACUAAGGCAACACAUACUGGGUAGAUGUAAGGAAACACACAAAUACCUGCUGGAAAUGUAUUUUGUAUUUUCUUUUGUUGUAAAUAUGUAUGUUUUCUAAUUUGUACUUAAUAAAAAUUAAUUAAAAAAAGAGAGAAAGAAGGUACCUUUUACCACAUGUGGUGGACGUGUAAGGUAAUAAAAGCAUUUUGGGAAAUGAUAUAUAAUGAUUUUUUAAAAUGUUUAAAAUAAACCAGAAGCCUUUUUUAUUAGGAAUUGUAGGUACCGUUAUCCCAAAGGAGUAGAAAAGACUUUUUAUGAUUUGAAAGAGUGUUUGGUCCAGGAAUUUGUGUCCUGUUGGGAUCUAACAAAGGAAGAGGUGGAAUCUACAAUUGUAAAGGCCUAUAGAUUUGGACCUAGAGGUAAAAAGGACUCAGAGAUUGCAUGGUAGUCUUCCAGACAAAGGCUCAAAGAGAUAAAAUUCUGGGAUUGCAUUACAAGAAGAAUUAUGAAGUACAACAACACUCAAUUGUUUUGUUUAAAGAAAUUCCAAAAUUUUUCUUAGCAAAAAGGAAUAACUAUUUAGAUCUUACAAGUGCUUUGAGAAGAAAAAACAUCUUUUUUUUUAUGGGAAUUUCCACAAGGCCUUUCAUUUAAAUACCAGCAAAGGAAAUAUCAAAUCAGGUCAAUUGAAGAAAAGAGAAGAUUCUUGGAAAAGAAAGCUAGGGAUUUUGGAUUUGACACAGGAGCAGGAAUUGGUUCAGGGCGUGCAGCUUCUGGAACAGGAUCCGAAUUUGGGGCAGGAAUCGGUCCUUCAGACUAUGCCAAAAUGGCAAAACUGACUGGAAAGCUCAGGAACCAAGAAGACCAAAACUUCAAGAAAGAAUGGGGGGGGAAUUAUAAUUUAUUAAGUAGACCACUGUAAGCAGAUGAAAACAUGAGCAGUAAUGUUUGUAACUUGUAAUGUAGCAAUUAUCAUGGACAAUAUGGAGAGAUAUAAAACAUGGAUUAUGAAAUAAUGUGCAGUUGAAAAGGUUGACAAAAGGACCCGUGGAGGUGAUGGUGGGAAGUCCGGAGAUUCUAGAAAUCUCUAAAUGUGGAUCUGUAUUUUGUGUUGUUAUAACUCUGCACUUGUAAAAUCACAUAAAAAUCAUUACACAAAAAAAGGAAACACAGUACAGUGGUACCUUGGGCUACAUACGCUUCAGGUUACAUACGCUUCAGGUUACAGACUCCGCUAACCCAGAAAUAAUGCUUCAGGUUAAGAACUUUGCUUCAGGAUGAGAACAGAAAUCGUGCUCCAGCGGCGCGGCGGCAGCAGGAGGCCCCAUUAGCUAAAGUGGUGCUUCAGGUUAAGAACAGUUUCAGGUUAAGAACGGACCUCUGGAAUGAAUUAAGUACUUAACCUGAGGUACCACUGUAUUAGGUGCAUGGUAGCAACAAGAGAAUUUGAACAGCAAUGUACAGAGAACCCAAUAGGGACUCAUGAAAUAACAGCCAUUCGAAUAUUUGCAGUUUCAGUUAUGUCUGUCUGGGUUAACUUCAUAUGCUGAAAUUGGGGGUGCAUUCCCAGUGGCAUCUAAUCUGGGUGUCAGCAGAACCAGCCUUUUUUCUUUUCUUUUUGCAGAGCCAGACUUAUCAUUAUAUAGGGUAAGACACCUUUCACACCCUAUAUAUGUAUACAUUGGCUGCGACCACCAAUUUCUAGCUGAGGACCAUUUCCCCCUUCUCCGUCCCUACCUUGACACUUUGCUCCUCUCUCCAUCCCAUUAGAGCCUGAAAUAUUCAGGCCACAAUUACCUCCCCUGCUUCAAGCACCUCCUUUGUGAUGCAUAUUAACUUGGGGUUAUGUUUCCUUUGUUGGAGGCGUGCGGCUUGUGUCCCAGGAGCAGGUUUGCUUUAUUGUUCUUGCAGAUCUGUACUGCUGGGUUCAGCUCAGCGGAAGCCAUCAAGUUUGUGCCUGACUGAUGCUGACCUGGACCACUGCUCAGACCCCCAGCAGAUGGUGGUACAGGGUCUCCAUCGAGCUGGAACUAAUAGCCUACGCUGUUUCUCUUUUUGUUUCUGAAAAGAAGCCGGGCUGUGAGUUGCCCUCCUUUUUGUGACAACAGCUGUAUACAUGGCAAAAGCUGGCAAAAUGCUAACUGUCACUUCAGGGGUGUCUUCGCUGCCGUUAAGAAGAACUCCUGGACAGUCAAAAUCUCGUCUGAGCAAAUUUGAUGCGGAUGCUUGCGGUUCUUCACACCGUGAGCUGGGACAGGGGGUAGGAGGCUGGGGAUCGCUUCCCAACUCAGGUCCAAACCGACGGAUGUUAAAAGGAGAAAGAAAUGAAAACCACCACGCGCAUUCCCCUUUCCUGCAUAAUAUUUCUUCACAGCUUUAGAAGACCACAAUAAACCGUUUCAGCAUUAGCUGUGCCUUUUCUCUUUGGGAAGUUAUUUGAAAAGCCUGAGGCACUGAAUCCAUUACUGUCCUGCCAAAAAGCAAAAACGAAGGAUUCUCUUGAAAAGCAAUACGUAUCUCACUUCAUUUGUUGUCGUUUCCCUGCCUUACUUCCUGGCAGGACUCAAGGCGCCUUACAACUAAAAUAGAAACAACUAAAAAUAUAUAUUUAAAAAGCAAUAAUCAAAAAAACGAUUAAACAUCAGUGGAAUUAAAAUAUAUACACAUAACCCUCAGUAGGCUUUAGGGAAUAGUUGACUCACAUUUAAAGCACAUAACUCUCCCUGGACUGUAAUUUGUUGAGAAUGCUGGAAAUGGUAGCUCUAUGAGGUGGAAACUUCCCAUUUUUUUGGGGGGGGGGGGAGUCAUGUGCUUUAAAUGUGUGUUGAAUAUGCUUUAAAUGUAUACAGUAGAUCUGCUAACCAGUGUUGAGAUUAACAUCCCAGACUAAAUUCCAUUCUGUGUCCAGUUCUGGGCACCACAGUUCAAGAAGGACACUGACAAACUGGAACAUGUCCAGAGGAGGGCAACCAAAAUGGUCAAAGGCCUGGAAACGAUGCCUUAUGAGGAACGGCUAAGGGAGCUGGGCAUGUUUAGCCUGGAGAAGAGGAGGUUAAGGGGUGAUAUGAUAGCCAUGUUCAAAUAUAUAAAAGGAUGUCACAUAGAGGAGGGAGAAAGGUUGUUUUCUGCUGCUCCAGAGAAGCGGACACGGAGCAAUGGAUCCAAACUACAAGAAAGAAGAUUCCACCUAAACAUUAGGAAGAACUUCCUGACAGUAAGAGCUGUUUGACAGUGGAAUUUGCUGCCAAGGAGUGUGGUGGAGUCUCCUUCUUUGGAGAUCUUUAAGCAGAGGCUUGACAACCAUAUGUCAGGAGUGCUCUGAUGGUGUUUCCUGCUUGGCAGGGGGUUGGACUCGAUGGCCCUUGUGGUCUCUUCCAACUCUAUGAUUCUAUGAUUCUAUGACUAUCUGCUCUAACUCUGUCCUCUGCCUUGGCCUUAGAUUUGCCUUAAAUUUCCACAAGAUUCUGAUCACGAAUAAUGAUCUGUUUGUUCUGUAGCACUAUAACAUGUAAUAAUUACAAUGGUUAAAUUCCAUAAAAUGCCAGGUUAAAAACCUGCACCUCUGUGAAUUCCAGAUUCUUUCUAGACAGCUGGUGUGUUUGUGUUUGACAGAAGGAUUUGGGGGCCACAGAAGAGAAGGGCAUUUGAAUUGGAAGUGUGUUGACAGCAGCAAAGGCUCCAUAAUUACUGCAAAUGGGUGCUCAGAGCGUGACAGAUUUGACAACACCCUUGGCUACAGGAAAAAAAAUUUCAGCACCGUAAUGAGGUAACUAGUAAUCUUUUUUAAACUUCUCCCCCUCAACGCAGUGCUUCUCAGACUAUCUGGCUAGUAAAGCCAUCUUCCCUCCUGCAAUGUGCAGAGGAGCAAUAUCACAUUUGGUCCCUGAAGCUUCCCACCCAACCUGGGCUGUGGUGGGGUCACUGAGGACUGGCAGACCCAUUCUGCAGACCACCACUUUGAGCAGUGCUGCACUAGUAAGAUUCUCCAACUGCGGUGGUUGCCAUAGUUCUCAAGAGACAAUGGCGUGAAAUCAAACUGCACCAAAGUGACCUCAUCAAGGUGCAAGCCUGGGCAGUUUGUAUGGAGGUCAUGGGCUACCCAGAAGACAAGAACCCCCUCUUGGCCUUGCUGAUGGGGUCCAAAGGAAAGCAGAGCAAGAUGUUUGUUUGGUGUUUUUUUAAUGAUAUUGAAAAAAAAAAUUUUUUUUAAAUUACACAAAAAAAAGACAAGACAGAAAAAAUAAAUAAAAAAUAAAACCAUCAUUCUCAAAUUCUCCCCUUUCAAUACCUUCUUUCUUUGACCUCCUCCUCCUCCCUUUUCUUGUAUCCUGAUUAAUAAUAAUCGCAGCAAAUCCUUUCCAUAAUUCAUAGUAUUCUGUCAUUACAUUACCUUAAUCUAUUUUCAUCUUAUCUUAUAGAAAACCUUAAAGUUUAAAACUUAAAUCUUAUUUUUACCAACUUCUCCUAACCAUAACAUUCUUACCAAAUUCUUUAGACAUUUUUACAAGAGCCAAGUAAUUUCAUUUCAACAUUUUUCUAGCAUUCAUCAAUUUUAUAGAACAAUCCUAAUGAUAAUAAUAAAAAAAGAAAUAAACAAUCCAAUCUUCAUCCAGCGUCCCUUCCUCCUGGUCCCGGGUUUUGUCAGUCCUUUUUAUCCUAUUAAUCUAGCACAUUAACCUGGUAAUCUUAUAUCCGAGGUCCUCAAGUCUCUUCCAUGUCCCUUCCGCAGCUCUUCUUCAUAUUUUCCUUUCAUUCGUGGGAACUCCAGCUUAGUAAUAUUUUUGACCCUUUUCAACAAAUCAGCCCCUUUUCCAUAGUCCAGACUAGACUCCAUGUGGUAUUUAAAAACAUGUUUCAGAUUCCCUCCAAAAUUGAGAGCCCCCACAGCUCCAAACAUCUGACGGCCCAUUGCCAGACUCGAAAAGUCCAAAUCUCCUGUAUAGGGGGUCUGUCCAACCCCCAUUUCCAAACCAAACCAAACUUUAUCUUUCCAAGUCUGGUUUUUCCAAGUUCAUUUGUCAAAUCAAAAAAUUUAUGUUCCUGCUGGGCCGCAGCUCCCUCCGUCUCUGGCGCCCAAGAUUCAGCAGCAUCCUCUUCUCUCAGCUGUUCUGUCAUGGCACACUCCUGUUUUAGCUCCUGGGUGGGCUCCAUAUAAUUUCCCACUACCUGUUCAAAGGUUCUGGCCGCAUUAGUCAUCAAAUCCGUCUUCUGGCUUAACUGAUCCAAUAGGGCAUUUAUUUUGCAGAGAGCCAGAGCAAGAUGUUUGGCUCCAGCUUGGCUGCAGGAGUUGCUGGAAGGAGAAGUAUAAUAAGAAGAGUUUGGAUUUGAUAACCCGCUUUAUCACUACCCUAAGGAGUCUCAAAGCGGCUAACAAUCUCCUUUCCCUUCCUCCCCCACAACAAACACUCUGUGAGGUGAGUGAGGCUGAAAGACUUCAGAGACGUGUGACUAGCCCAAGGUCACCCAGCAGCUGCAUGUGGAGGAGCGGGGAAGCGAACCCGGUUCACCAGAUUACGAGUCCACCACUCUUAACCACUACACCAUGCUGGCAUCUGGCUUCUAAGGCACCAUCCAACUGUCUUAGGGUCUCCACUCUGGAUUUGUGUAGUGUUAACUCCUUAGCCUUUUCUUCUCCACAAGGUAGCAGAGGUUUAAGAGCAGAGUUUUCCUUCUCCUAGAUGAGUGACCUUUCCAGGUUGAUGAGUUCCAUCUGCCCCUUGCUUCCCCCUACAGCACAUGCAGAAACCACCUUCUUGGCCUUUGGACAAACUCUUAGUCUUGUUGACUCAUGUCUUUGCAAUGCAGGGGAAGUCCCCGACUCACUAAACGUUUGAGACCCAUUGGAAACAUUCUUUCAUAUGUGGGGGACUUGUAAAAGGGUAAGAGUAUUGGGAAAUGAUCCAUAAUGAAUUGAAAAAAAGUUUAAAAGUACCUUCUCAAAAAGGGACGUGGGUGGCGCUGUGGGUUAAACCACAGAGCCUAGGACUUGCCAAUCAGAAGGUCGGCAGUUUGAAUCCCCGCGAAGGGGUGAGCUCCCGUGGCUCGGUCCCUGCUCCUGCCAACCUAGCAGUUCAAAAGCACGUCAAGGUGCAAGUAGAUAAAUAGGUCCCGCUCUGGCGGGAAAGUAAAUGGUGUUUCCAUGCGCUGCUCUGGUUUGCCAGAAGCGGCUUAGUCAUGCUGGCCACAUGACCCGGAAGCUGUACGCUGACUCCCUCAGCCAAUAAAGUGAGAUGAGCGCCGCAACCCCAGAGUCAGUCACGACUGGACCUAAUGGUCAGGGGUCCCUUUACCUUUACCUUCCCAAAAAACUCAAGAGUCCUUCUUUUGGGGAUAAUUCAGGCUGAAAUUCCUAGGUGUCCAAAAAGUUUAUUUAUGUAUACUACUCCUGCGGCCCAUGUUUUGUUAGCUCAAAAAUGGAGAAUGAGCGAGGUCCCAACCAAAGAAGAAUGGCAACUCAAGUUGACAGAAUAUGCACAACUCGAAGACUUAACAUAUAGAGUAAGAGAAUAAGAAGAACAUAUGUUUAAAGAAGAUUGCGAAAUGUUUGGCAGCAUUAAGAUAAAUUCAACAGUGUAAAUAAGUUUUGAUGGAUGUAAUAAUGGAAUACUGAAUGGUAUAGUUUUUUUGUAAAAUAUGCAGGGAUUUAUGAUAUGUAAAAUGAACCAUGGAAAGAGAAGAAGGGGAGUCAUUGAUAUCUUAAGGAUGUAAAACGAGUAUUUUAAAAGGACCCCUGGAUGGUUAAGUCCAGUCAAAGGCAACUAUGGAGUGCGGUGCUCAUCUUGCUUUCAGGCCAAGGGAGCUGGCGUUUGUCCACAGAAAGCUUUCUGGGUCAUGUGGCCAGAAUGACUAAACCGCGUCUGGCACAACGGAAACACAGCAACAGAAACCAGAGCGCACAGAAAAGACGUUUACCUUCCCGCUACAGCGGUACCUAUUUAUCUACUUGCACUGGUGUGCUUUAGAACUGCUAGGUUGGCAGGAGCUGGGGCAAAGCAACGGGAGCUCACCCUGUUGCGGGGAUUCAAAUCGCCGACCUUCCAUCAGCAAGCACAAGAGGCUCGGUGGUUUAGACUACAGCACUACCUGCGUUCCUUACCUUUAAGCAAGUAACCAGGUUGCAUACCUGCUCUGAGAGUGACUGAAAAAUCCAAUCACACCCAGCAUAACAAUAAGGCAGAAUUACUACCUGCUUUUCCCAUUGAGUCUCAUUCAGAGUUAAGAGCAAUGAAUCCUGCAUAUAUGCAGCAGGAACUUUCCUUGGCAGACAAAGACUUGGGGCUUGCAUCAGAUUUAUUUUGUGUGCCCUGCAGUUUGAGAAAUUCUUCCAGGGCAAAUGCUUUUUUCAAUUACAAGCAAAUAUUCAAAUGAAUAAAUGCUAGUUGUGUGUGUGUGUGUGUGUGUGUGUGUGUGUGUGUUGGGGUGUGUGUGUGAUGUUUGAAAUGUAUUAAAGGCUGACCUAUUUUUUUCCAACAUGUUUUCAUCCCAGUUGGAUUUAAGGCACAUAAAUUAAAGGCCCCUUAAAAUUAUCACCUAGAGACAGUUUAUGGCAAAAAUCCAGAAGCCAUUCAUAGCUGAACUGAAGCAGCAUGAGCCCAGAGGGAGGGAUACCUAUUUUCAAAAAGAGAACUUAAAAGGAUUAUGGAUUGUUUCAUGAACUUUAAAUAGAGGAUUUGCAAAAGUCCACUGAAUGCAGGAAAUGUUCCUUGAAUGGAACCAACUUCAGUAAUGCAGGUACAACAAAGAGCGAGAAAAACUUUCAUUUUAUUCAUUUUAUAUAUUUACACCUCACCCUUAAAAUAGAGGGAAAAUCGAGGUUGGUUAGCUUGCCAUAAAUAGAAUUGGUUUUAGCACAGUUCACAUAUAUAGGAGAAAUGCAAGUUUUUUCACAGACAUUACACAAAUUAGCACGUCUUUUUUUUAAACACAAGUGUAUUGAUAGUAAUUUGAAUGCAAAACCCCCAUAUUUUUUAAUGUAUUUAAACACAAACCCACACACCUUUCACUUUCUCCUCGAUUAAUAGUAUUAAAAGUUAUUUUCUGCUCCUCUUAAGCUUGGGGAAAUUUCUCCCCAGAGAGGCUCACCUGGUGUCUUCGUUAUAUAUCUGUAGGUGCCAGGCUAAAAUAUUUCCCUUCAACCAGACGUUUGUCUGAUGAACAUUUAUGGCUUUUUUAAUGUGUUUGUGGAGCUUAUUGGUUUGUUUUUGUUUUACGAUGUGUCCUGUGUUCUCAUUUUGUAUUUUUCUGUUGUGAACAGCCCCAGGGUUUUCAAAUGACGGGCGGCAAACAAAUCUAAAAAUAAUAGUAAUAGCAAAAUAAAGUGAAAGUCAAGUCCUUCCGCCUUAAGUGGAAAUGGUAAUUAUAUUGAGGGUCCAAUGGAAUGAAUAUCAUGAGAACUAGUAAAUUCUUAUCUGCUGCAGCCUUCAUCUGCCUUACCAGCCAUUGUAAUAUACCACUUGUUAUCCUCCACCUAUCUUGCAAUUGAGGACUUCUUGGAUCAUUCUUUGUCUAGCUCCUCCCCUUUGACCUUACCGCCUUGGGUGACCCUACUGGGAGACUCCCAAGGGCUUCGCUCACAAGGGUCAUAGGAACGUGCAAGCCCACUCACCACAACAAGGUGAUGAUCCAGCGAGUUGAGUUUGGGGUGGGUUUUUGGAAGAAGCAAUGGUUCUUCUACAUCUACUCUGUUGGACUGGUCAUGUUGUGUGGAUGCCUGUGCAUCGUCUUCCAAAGCAACUACUCUAUUCCGAACUUAAAAAUGGAAAGCGUAAUGCUGGUGGUCAACAAAAGACUCUCUCAAGGCAAAUCUAAAAAAAUGUAGUAUAAACACUGACAAUUGGGAAACACUGGCUGUUAGUGCUCCAAUUGGAGAACAGCCUUUACCUAGGUGUCAUGGACUUUGAAGAUGCUUGAACUCAGGAUGAAAGGGAGAAACUUGAUAGGAGGAAGGUACGUUUAGCAAACCCUCACCAAGAUCAACACCAAGCCGGAAACCUAUUUCCCCACUGUGGAAGGACGUGUGGAUCCAGAAUUGGCCUCACAGUCACUUACGGACUCGCUGUUAAGAUUGUGUUCAUUGAAGACAAUCUUACUCGGCUAGGAGUGAUUGCCAAAGAAGAUGAUAUUGAGGAUCGCUGCCCAUGCCCAACUGAGCUCACUCUCCCUAUUGCAACCAACAAGGCUGACUUAGAGGCAAUUCAUCAGUGACCCAAAUGAUGCACAACGCAUGCAGGCUUACCCAAAUGUAAUUAAAAACCAGUUAAUCCAAUUUUUUAAAAAUGCACCGGGGUAGUCUGUGGUAACCUGAGGGGAGGGAUGCAAAAUGCACAUUUAAGAAACACACACAAAGGAGCCUUUUGUUUAUUUAAGCUCCUUCACAUUCGUUGUUGGCUUCCUUCUCUCUCCCUAAAACACCUCACGCCGCUGCCUCCAUGCCCGCAAUUUGGAGUCCACUCCUUCCCGCCACCCUUCAUGCUGUCUGAAAUGGUCCCAUCCGAUAUAGACAUGGAAGCAUGGGAAUGACUGUGGAACAUGGAUAUAAAAUUUACAGCAUGUUAUGGUCUAAGAGAAAAUUAUAUGAAAACGAUACAUUGAUGGUAUCUAACACUGAGUAAAUUGGCAGAAAUGUAUAAAUCUAAAUCAAACAAGUGUUGGAAAUGUAAAGGUAAAGAAGGUUCUUUUUAUCAUAUGUGGUGGUCUUUUAGUAAGAUUAAAGCUUACUGGGAAAUGAUAUAUAAUGAAAUGAAAAGGAUGUUUAAAAUAAUGUUUGUAAAAAAACAACAACAGCCCCAGAAGCUUUUCUUUUGGAAAUUAUAGGGACAGAACUACCAAAAUUGUAUAAAAACUUAUUCAUGUAUGUGACUACAGCGUCAAGAAUGCUACUUGCCGCAAAAUGGAAAGAAGCAGAAGUCCCAGCAAAGAAUGGAUGCAAAAACUUAUGAAAUAUGCAGAAAUGGCAAACUUGCCAGAAGAAGAAUAAAUCAAGAUAUUUUUUAUAUAUAUAAAGGAAUGGAAAUGGUUUAUGGAAUAUUUACAGAUAAAUUGUAAACAGAUAUUUGCAGGAUUGUUGUAAUAACAUGCAGUUUCAUAAGAGUAUGUAUUUAAAGAAGAUGAAUAAAUGAGCAAAUUAAGUUAAUUUGGAAUAUGCAGAAGAUAUUAAAAAUAAAUUUAAGGAACAGCAGAAAGAAGGGGAAGGAGGUCAAGUUUUGAAAUGUCAAAAUGAUUGUAAAAUCAGUGAAAUCCUAUAAACCUAAAAAGUAUAUAUAUAUUUUUAAUGAAUGAAUGAAAUGGUCUCGCCCGCGGCCCUACGCGAAUGGUUCGGUCCGUUCUCUCCCCCGCCGAAGCCUCUGCGCUCGCUCGGUCAGGCGUAAAGGGAAUCCCCCUCCUGCCCCUCCUUCUUCCUAUGAUCGCCCUUCUCGCGAUAUCCUUUCUCCGCUGCCCUCGAACAGGUCUCGCGAGUCUUCGGGCCGAGUUCCCACGCCUGUUGUGUCUGACUUCUGAGACGGGAGAGCGACACAGACCCCCGUCAGUGUGUGUGCGCGUAAGUGACGUGAGCGAGUGGGCGGGGAUUUCCGCACGCCCCGCCCCCUUUUCGCUCCUUUGCGCUUGCGAUAAGCUUGUCCUCUCCCCCGCGCGCGCGCGCGUGCGCGCUGCUGGUUCCGCUGGGAGGCGCGCGCGCGCGUGUGCGACGGCUACCUCGCCUCCCUUCUCGCGAGAGUAGGAGUUUUAGCGAGAGUUUGUGGAAGAUGGCGCCUGUUGUGACAGGGUGAGUGCGGGGGGGGGGGGGUGGCUCUCUCGACAUAGUUCCUCAGGGGCCCGUUUCCUUCCCGUCCCUCAGCCGGCCUGCCCGGCUCUCGCCCCUCUGCCGCCCGUUCCUCGAGCUCCGGAUUCGGGUGGGGUCUCCUUUCUCCUCACGACCGCUGCCGCUUCUCCGGUUGCGGGGGAACCGGAACGGUGCUGGUGGUGGUCGGUGGUGGUGGUGGUUGUGGGGAGGCCGAGUCGCAUGGGCCCCUCGACGGGCCGGGGGUCCGGGUGGCGGGAAAGUCCCGCCUCGAGCCUCGUCGCUGUGGGGAAGCGCUUCUCGGCGCGCGGAGCUCGUCGCUGUGGGGAGAAGCGGGGGGCUUCUGUGGGGAGAAGAGGCACAACACCCCCACACGUGAAAACUGGUCCUGCGUGUCUCCGGCUCAGUGGUGUUAACACCCCCCCCCAAAAAAAGGAGAGGGGGUAAAAAGCGCUCUGGAGUAAAAGUCACUUCAGGGGCUCUGAGGAACUUGGCACGUCUGCGCGGCUCUUGACUGCUUUUAUUUCGGGGGUGCAUCUUACCCUCUGCCUUUCUGCCUUAUGCAAGGAGGAAUUGCAUCGCGUUGCCUUGACACUUGCGUGGUGCUCGCGUUGGUGGUGCCUGGAAUGAGGCGCAGACCGCCCCCCCCCAAGUGAGAGCUGUCACUUCAAGCCCCCACCAAUGCCCUGCAUGGUUAAGCUGUCCUCUUGUGUGUUGCAUUGCAUAACUAACUUCCCCAGCUUCCUUGCAGUGCCUGAGGUUGUUGCGUGAAGUUGGUUGGAUUGAAAGCAAAGGCUUCCGUAUCUUUGCUUUGUGGUGUGCGGUUAAUGGGAACGUCCCCCUAGGUGAGUUGAGCUUUGGGUCUUAGUGACAUACUGAGCAUGUUCCGGUUUUCCUUGAAGGGGCCCUAACUCUUACUCUCAGGGUUGUGGUUUUGAGCCCUACAAUGGGCCAAAGGUUCCUGCCUUGCAGGGGGUUGGACUCUCAGAAGCUGAUGAUGCCUUUUUGUGUUGCUUCACGAGGCCCUCCAGUCUUUAUUAAAGGUUGCUGCGGCAUAUCACACUUGUGCUUGACUUAAGUUAUGGGCUGCCUUCUGGCAACAGCAUCAGUCCAUUGGGGCUUAGAGUUAGCCUUCAAGGUAGCCGGUGUCAUUUAGGUCACAUGAUUUCAUUGAAAACAAAUGAUGCUUUUUGGUGAUUGGGUAGGAAUUUGUUGUAUAGAGAUUUCUGGUGUUCAGACAUUACAGAAACAAUCUCCUGUUCCAAACUCCGAAUGUGUCUGCAGUCUUACGCUAUAAUUUGCGAAGUGAAAGUAUACCACCUCUAAUAAUUAUGGAAUUUACUUCUACAAAGUGUCUUUAAGAUUAGUGUGCUGAUAGCUUGAUUGAAAAUAUCAGAAAAGUCCUUCAAUAAAAUCACUUUCUAAUAUGCUUUAGUAUCACAGUAUGCAACUAAUAUGUUGCUCCCUUCCCCUCCAAAGAAAGCAGGAAUUGUUUCUUACAAAUUUCAAAUUAUUUAAGGUUUUAGAGUCGGGGUGUCAAGAUGAAAGUAGGCUUGGACUAUUUGAUUCAGCUAUUCUGUGGUUUAUAGAUUCUUUUUAUUCUGGUCAUGUAUUCAUGGUACGCUUUUUUACUGUUGAGUAUAAAUUGCUCCUAACAUUCUGAACUGAAAAGUAGUUCCUUCUAGCUUUAGAUUGUUACAAAUUCAAAUUGCUUGUAAGUGAAGGCAAGGUAAAUGUGUUCCUCAGGAUCUAGUUCUCUGCUUGAAUAAGUAUCGAGUAUUGCACUGAAUAGUUAAUUAUUAUGAUGUUAAUAUUCCUAGAUCUGACACAAAGUUAACAUCAAAAAUCUUGUGGAAUAUGUUCUUCUGUCAGAAUAUUGAAAAGUCAUAAAAAGUAGUACCUUGCUAAUUGAGAGCUACUGUUUUGUGCAGACAGAAUUUGACUUCUUUCCCACCCUGUUCUUCACACUUUGGGCCUCUUCUGGCUGGAUCUUAGUUGCUGCUUUAUCACUGUAAAAAUAACUUACAUAUUAUUGGGCACUUUGUCAUACAUAAUUUAAUAUUUUAUGUAACACUUCCAUUGUGCAGAUGCUAUGCUGAGACCAUUAUUAGAGACAUAGGUAUCAUUUUCUUAAGCAGCAGUGCAGCAUAUUUGGAGAAAAUUUGAUUGAUGGGAGGCUUUGAAAUUUACUUUGAAACCUAAGGAGAAAUUCCAUCCGGUGAAAAAUAAUGCAUGGCAGAUACACACUUAAGAGGGACGAUGGCACCAGCAGGAAUAUGGGGGGGGGGUCAUUGCCAUGCUUUUAUAGGAUGAACAGCAUGCAUUCAUAUCCAAGGAUUUAAUUUGGUGAUACCACAUUUUUAUAGGGACGUGGGUGGCACUGUGAUCUAAACCACAGAGCCUAGGGCUUGCUCAGAAGGUUGCUGGUUCGAAUCCCUGCAAUGGGGUGAGCUCCCGUUGCUUGGUCCCUGCUCCUGCUAACCUAGCAGUUCGAAAGCAUGUCAAAGUACAAGUAGAUAAAUAGGUUCUGCUCCGGUGGGAAGGUAAAUGGCGUUUCCGUGCGCUGCUCUGGUUCACCAGAAGUGGCUUAGUUAUGCUGGCUACGUGACCCAGAAGCUGUACACCAGCUCCCUCGGCCAGUAAAGCAAGAUGAGCACCGCAACCCCAGAGUCGUCCACGACUGGACCUAGCGGUCAGGGGUCCCUUUACCUUUACCUUUUUCUAAUCAGUGUUUGUUUGAAUACUGUACCCUCUGUAAACUUGUGGAAACAACAAUGAAGAACUUCGACAGGUUGCAGAGAGAAGAGGGACAUUUGGAAGCUUAGAAAACUGCUUUGCAAUGUGAGGUUCGUGCGGCAAAAUAUUCCUAUGGCAAUCGUUCAACUGUACCCUAUAAAGCAAGGGUGGGCUGAAGGUAGAUCAAGAUCUACUGGUAGAUCUUCGACUGAUUGUCAGGGUUUUGUACUUUCAGUUGUUUAACAGUACCAGCAAAAAUUAGUUUCUUUGCUAAAUUAAGACUGCUGAAAUAAAUAAAAGUAACCGGGAAUGUAUUUUUGCAGGAAAGGGUUAAAAUAUCAGUGUUGUUUUGGACUGAAAACCAAUUCCUAGGUUUCGAAUGUGCUCAGAAGCAUCCCCCUAUUUUAAAAAAACAACAACCCUAUGUCUCUCUUGCACCUAGCUCUCUUGAGUAGAUCUUGUGGCGCUAACAGAGAGCAAAGUGGACCCAACAAACCUCAAGUCUGUCCACUCCUGCUCUAAAGUAUUUGAAGACAUGGUAUAUUUGAGGAUGGACUCUUCUGUAUUCCUUUUCUAGUGGCCCACCAGUCAUUUAUCAGCAACGAAACAGCUUCCUCAGUGGAAGGGGAUUUGGAAGCAAAGAAAUAAUAUGAGAGUGCAAGUAUUACUUCUCCUUGCCUCUAUCUGUCAUCAGGCAAGUUGACUACCUGCCCCAAAUAAAAGUACAACUUGUGCAUAUAUACAGGUAGAGGGGGUGACAGCACACAGAGAUGAAGGGCACUGGACUCUGUCAACUGUGCUUGAAGAGUUAACACCUGAAAGAGUAACCAGAUUUCUAAAUGUCCCAAGUGACGGAAGUUUGAUACUGGUAAGCUUGUAAGAGACUGCUUAGAACAAAAAAUUAUCGCUGUAAACUUGUGAUGUGUUGCUUGUAAAAGUUGCCUCUCUGAUCAGAAUACUGUAUUAAAUUGGUUUACUUCCCCCCCCCAAAUAAAUCUUGACUUGGUUCAGGUUUUUUUAAAAAGACAUUGGUUUCUUCUUAUUUAUUUAACCAAUUUAUAAGCCACUUGAUCCUUUACACAUCUAUAUGAAACUCAUACAAAAAUGUCUCAUAGUUUUUUAGAGACUGCCAAGUUUGUAGAGUAGAUAGUGCUUUGUAGCCUUUUAAGUAUUGUCCCACAUUUGUAAAAAAGUCUUACAUGGCAAAUAUGAAUUCCUUUUGUGUGAAGAGGUAAGAAGGCUUCUAUAAUCUGGAUCAGUAGUUCUGUGUUUUCUCAGGCUGUUGAUACAUCACAGAUUACUUAUACUGCCAUGUGGAGGCAAGCAGGUAGGCUUGUAAUUCUUGUGGGGUUGUUUGCGAGCCUUUAUCAGGGCAUAUAAUGGUUUGUGUCCAGUGUAUCUAAGAAAUGUCCUCCUUCUUUAUGUUCUGUCUUGCACACCAAGAUUUAUCAAGAGUAUUUUACUGACUGAAUUAAUUUUGUGCCGUGGAAUCAGGGUGUUUAUAAAGAGUUUAAUUGCUUGACUCAUAACUAGGAAUCUCUUCUUCCUAGACAUUUAUUGGAGCCUAAACUGAGGAUUUUUCAGAAAUACUAAGUAAGUCUUCAUCAUUAUUGUGUCUGCUAUUUGAUAGUUGAGGUUAGGUAGCACAGAGUCUAUUUGCAUGUAUUUACUUUCUGUUAUAAAACCCCAUUACAAGUUGGAUUGACUGUGAAUUAAGUUUGGCUACCCACUGAGAUUUGUAGUUGGUCAUGCUAAAAAUGUGAAUAAACAAAUAAGCACCUCUGUUUUUUAUUCAAAGGGAAUGGUUAGGAAAUUGGCUGUACAGUACUACAAGUGUUGAUUACUUGGUAUCUUACUGUGUUUAGGCACUGUACAGCUAUUGAAUAUAUUCCUGAAUAUAAUAACAGUAAAACAAAUGAAUGAAAUAAGAUGAUGUGCUAAAAAGAGUGGAUUUGAUAACAGCAGUAGUUGUGGGAUCCACAGUAUAAACUUACUACCAAACUUAUAAACUUUUCUGUCUUCAAAUGUAGAUAAUUUUUAUCAUUGAAAAAUAUGAUAGUAUUACCUGUUUGUUUCUGCAUUUGGAACAAAACUUUGUGAACAAAAAUAUAUUUACACAAUCCUUUGAAAUUCUGACCUUAAAUCUUCUCUCCAGUAGCAUAAGUCAUGAGCCAUUGCUUUCACAGUUAAUUUGGUAUAGGCUUCCCUCCCCACUUCCUAUUAAACAGUACAGAAUGGGGAGGAAUUAGCAAAAGCGGGGGAAUGGGUUUGUGGCUGAUCUUAGUGUGGCUUUAGAAAAAAAUAACCGAACUAUUGUCAAAUGAAGUAGAUUCAGUUCCCCACUGAAGCUGGGUAACUUUUAUAUGCAUCUUAUAGGUUAUCAUCAGUGUUAGAAACUGAGAUAUGAAAGCUAGCAGCUAAAUGGCACCUUAAACCUAGGUUAUGGGCGCAACAAUGGAAUGUCUAGGCACACUUCUUUUACAACAAGAAUACAAAGCUGAAAAUGAAUGAACAGCUAAAAUCUUAAUAUUCAUUUUUCACAUGCUCUAGUCCUCAUCUGAAGACUGCAAAAAAAGAAAGCCAUGCUUCCCCUGUCCACCUCCCUAAUAUUCUUAAGAGGGUCUCUCCUAUAGUCUGCAGAGAGUGACUGGAAGUGGAGAGGCAGAAAAAGACCCUCCUUUCCUUCCACUCUGCAGUUUUAAUCUGAAAUCUUAGGCACAGUACUGCGACCAGAGAUCAGAAACUGCUCACGCUAAUGAAAUUCCUUGUCGCAAAAUGUGCCUAGAACGCUGGUUAUCAUGAUAUUCAUUUUAGAAAGCUCUUUAUGAACUUUUAUAUUUAUUAAAUGCUGUAAAAACUAGGAAGCGUUAUAAGGAAAGCUUUCCUGAGGGAAUAGAGAACAGAACAGACUGUUAGAUUACCUGAUUAAAGAGAGGGGUAUGAAUGGAGCAGGCAAGAGUAUAUGUAUGCUUUUCAUUAGCAUCUGAGAAGCAAGGUGGCAGCUGUUGGAACAAAGUUUUUGAACUCAAGUGAUAUACAUUCUUGUGUGUCGUUGCACAUCAUCUCGGGCACUUAAAAGUGGAUUGGUAAUUCAUAAACACAAUUAACAUCACCUUGCCUGUUCUGCUGCUUCUAGUUAUUGUUGUCAUUGGUGAUUUAGAUUGGCAGGUGUUGUCAUAAUGAACUAUUAUUUCUUUUGUCUUGUUCUUUGGAUUGGUAAUCUUAGUUGGUGACUAGAGACUAGGUUUUGUAACCUGCUAUGGAAAGCUCUUCAGUGUUUGACUUAAAUAGCUUCUGGAAUGCUCAGGCAGGUUACACCACAUAAAACCAGCAGGAAACAUGCUCUCUCUAAUUUACUGUUCAGAAUUUGUACUAAUAAAUGUAUUCACCAUUGUGAAGCAAUCCUUAAAAAAAUUACUCUUCUGUAUUGCCUUGUGCCAUGUUGAAGUAGUGAUCACUCUAAGACACUGGGGCAAGAAGUAUGCUUAUAAGUAUAAAGUGCACAAGCUAUUUAGAGCUUUUUAAUUUAAAACCAUCACUUUAAAACAUGCCUGUUGUGUGUCUUUGAAGAAUUGUGUUAGCUAAUUAGGAUUCUGAAACAUUCCAUUAUAUGUACAACAUUAAUAUUACUUUAUGUUGCAAGAGUGGAAAUAUGCGCAGGAGCUAAGAAACCUUAGGAUUUUGGUCAUAAUUGGAUGGUAGAACCUGGAUGUCAACUCUGAAUUACUGAUUAUCACAUUGCUCUGUUUUUAAAUACAAGCUGUAGAAAUUAGAGGGUUCCAGGUGUGUGCCUGGGAUGGUACACACCAAUCCAUUAAAAUAACACUUUAAUACAAGAAAAUCAUAAAACCAAAAAUAUUAAUAGAACAAGGGUCAGAAUAUCAGGAGGUUACUAAAAAUAUAAUAAUUCAGCAGCAGCCUAGCUCUUUGAGUAAUCAUUUCUAUAAGCCUAAGAAUACUAAUGCAUCACAAUAUGAUGCCUAAAAUCAGCUAGCAUAAGGAACAAUCUUAUCCCCAUGGAGAAGGAAUUCCAUACCUCUUGUGCCACAACAGAUAAGCCCUGCUCUUCAUAACUACACUGCAGAAAAUAGCUGUAAAUAGAACUAUGGGAGUAGGGUCUCUUCCAGAUCUUAAGCCAUUGGUUGGUAGGUACUAGGGGAGCUGUAUAGAAUUUUAUAGACAAAUGUUAGUACCUUAAAUUUGACUCAGUAGCAAAUAGGCAGACAGUUCAGGUAUCAAAUAGGCAGUCAGCAGCCUCUUCUGCACCACCUGCAGCUUCUGGACAGACUUCAAGGAAAGUCUCACAAAGAGCACAUUGCAGUAGUUUAAAUGAGAGGUUACCAGAGUAUGUAUUAACAUAGCUGAGCUAUCAAAGUCCAGGAGCAACUGUAGCUGGGGAACAAGUCAGAGCUGGACAUAUACAGUCCUUGCCAUCUGGGCUUCAAGGACAUAUGCAGUCCUUGACGCUAUCUGGGCUUCAAGUGAUAGCAGUGUUUUGCCAAGAGCUAUUUACCUGCUCCUUCACGGUGAGUACAACUCAGUCCAGAAAGGGCACUCUACCCAACUCCAGAUGCAGGUGGGGCUGUGGUCUAAACCACUGAGCCUCUUGGGAUUGCUGAUCAGAAAGUCGGCGGUUCGAAUCCCUGCAAGGGUGUGCUCCCGUUGCUCUGUCCCAGCUCCCACCAACCCAGCAGUUCAAAAGCACGCCAGUGCAAGUAGAUAAAUAGAUACCUCUGCGGUGGGAAGGUAAACAGCAUUUUUGUGUGCUCUGGUUUCCGUCAUGGUGUUCCAUUGCGCCAGAAGCAAUUUAGUCCUACUGGCCACAUGACCUGGAAAGCUGUCUGUGGACAAACGCCUGGUCCCUCAGCCUGAAAGCGAGAUGAGCGCCUCAACCCCAUAGUCACAUUUGACUGGACUUAACCAUCCAGGGGUCCUUUACCUUUAUGUUUUUACUGAUGACAUAGUACUUCAGAUCCCGGGAUGACAAACUUUAAAAAGCAUUGGGGACAAAAUAGUACCCUAUGGAACCCCACAGCACAAGUGCUGGGGAGCUGAGCUGCUACAGUCUGGUACUGGUCCUGCAGAUAAGAAGAGUAGAGCCCUGUAUUGUGGUGCCUCUAGCUCCUAAUCCACAGAACUCAUGCCAGUCAGUAUUAUGGUUGGUUCUUUCAAAAGCUGAUGAGAAGUCAAGGAGAACUAGCACGGUCUCACUCUCCUGAUAAAAAGGUCACCAAUCGGGGUGACCGAGGCCAUUUCCAUGCUGAACCUAGGCCUGAAGCCAGAAUGAAAUGGGUCUAGAUAAUCUGCUUCAUCCAGACACACCUGGGACUGACUAAUCACUACCUUCUCAAUCAUCUUGCUCCCAUAAGGGACAUUUUUGACUGUGUGGUAGUUACCUAAUAUCACUAUAUCCAUGUAGGACCUCCUGAGAAGGAGCCUCACCAUCUCCAGAGCAAUUGGCUGCACCCUCUUCACCAUAGAGAAUCAAUCACCCCUUAGACCCACUCUCAAGUUGUUCCUGGGUGGUUUUUAUUUGCCAUAAUGGACUUAAUUUUUUCAAAUUGCUACUGUCUUCAUGUCUUAAGAGGCCUUGGAGUGACUAACAAUAAAUUUAUUUAUUUUUAAAUACUAUUCUGAAAGUGCUGGGAAAAUAUUUAUAAUCAUUUCUGUAGUGGGAUCUUGAAGAAUAAGUUAAACAGGCUUAGGUUAAAAUAAUUUUUGGUUUUUAUUGGAGCUUGCUUUUGCUGAUAUUCUGUCUUCCUUUGGUGUCUAAGCUCCCCCAUCUGGCAACACGUUGCACUUUUCUUGGCUUUCUGCAUCUGACAGUGGUUGGUAGCAAAUUCCUUUCUAUAAUAUUACAUUACUGCACCACCACGACCACAGGAAACCUGUUAGGUUUCCAAGCACUUUUAAGAGCUUAGUGAAAUAUUUGGAUUCGGGUGAGAGGAUGAGCUGCUCCAAUGCUGGAUUAGUCAUGCAGCAAGGUGAAAUGACCUGCUUCAGGUGGUACUGGGGAGGUCGCAGGUAGAUGAAGUCAGGAAUUAGUGUCUGUCUGUCUGGUUUAGAAUUUUUUGUUUAAAGUAUUGGUCCUAGAAUGGGGCCUGUGCCUGGAUAGCUCAGUUGGUUAAAGAGUGGUACUGAUACUGUAAUGCCAAGGUUGCAUGUUUUAUCCCUGUAUGGGACAGCUGUAUGUUACUACACUGCAGGGGGUUGGACUACAUGGUCCUGAGGAUCCCUUCCAACUCUAAGAUUGUAUGAUUCUUUGAUUUCCAAUUAAUUUCAGCCAGCAACAUGUGUUAAGACAUUCCUGGACAGCUGGCGUUUUGUUUUUAGACAGGAAUCCCCUUCCUGUCUGUCUGGGUUGACAUUAACCCCUCAUUCAGAUAGAGACAUGUGCUGUCUUGUUCCAGCUGCACUUAGUGACUGCUUGUUGCUAUGCAAUUCCUGGGUUUCCAGUCAGCUGGGUACAGCAACAAGGUGUAGGAAGCAGGUGAUUAACAGCUGAUCAGAAUGGUGUACUGCGCCCAGGGAGGGAAGGGUAGGGUUAAGCACAAGUGCCGCCCCAUUUCUGUGCGCCAUAGAAAAUGGUGAAUUUUGUGGAAACAUUUCAGCUGCUGUGGAUCCUUUUUCUUUAGCUUAAAAAAACUUUGCAGCUACAAGUGGAGCUCCUCUCAGUAGCUGGCAGGUGGUGGCUGCUAGUUUCCUUCUUCAGAAAGUCCUGGAUGCAUUAGCCACUUGCUUAUUUGUGAAAGCUUGUCCCCCCCCCCCCCGAAAUUCCUAGAAUGAUACUGCAUUCAGGAAAGUUGGGGGAAGUGUGUUGACAGGUGGGGGUGCGGGAAGCUAAAGAGAAGAGCUCUGAUAUUGCCACUGUUUUUACACAAUAUUUUGAAUGAAUUUAGAAUUACUGAGCAUGGCAUGUCAUUAUUGGUCCAUUUACCUUUAUGUGCUAAAGGCUGUUACCUACAGCAAAAGUUGAAUACGGGAAAAUAAAUAAGUAUUGUCAUUUUAAACAUUUCUGGAAUUUAAAAAUAUUUAUCUGGGUGAACAACAUGGAUUAGAAAUUCAUGAAAUUAUUAUCGGAUAUAUUGGUUUGCUUAUACAAGUACUACCACUUCAGACCAAUUUUAAUUAUUUCAUUCAAACAUUCAUUUACUUUUUUGGGUCAUGACUUGAGUGUAGAUGAAUUAUUUGAUUAACUUGGGUGCUUUGUCUUGAAAAAAUGCAAUUGUUUCUGGUUGGAGCAGUGUGCGCUCUCUGCCUUGGGCUGAAUUGUAGCAUGAAUGAGGUGGCAAAGCUUUUGGAGUUCACUGGAACUUCUACUGCCACUUUUUAAAAAAUUAAAGUAGUUAUUGGAGUGAUUCACUGGGUGCUUUGUCUAGGAUUAAAUUCCUUUUUCAUCUGCUGGAUUUUGUUGCUGUUUUACCAAGAUAUGGGUGAGUGAGCUGAAUGGAGUUGCUCUCUCUCAGUUCUGGUCUUCUGGGUGCUUGUUUCAGAAUCAGCAUAGAUUAGAGGGUUGGGGAGAAGCAGUUGCUGUCUUCUACAAGAAUUCUGCCUCUCCAGUCUUCCUGUUGGCUUUGAGUGCCAGUUUCGAGUGUUCGUAUAUUAUGUUACAUACUCAGGAAGCAUUAGGAUCCUAAUGUAUCAUCCACUCCACUGCUCACCAGUCUCUUUAGCUGAGCUGGGAGUCAUAGUCUCAGAUUUGGGGUUGAGGACUGCUGGGAUGAUUGCCCUGGGGGACCUCAACACCCAUGCUGAGUGCCUUGUCUAUGGUGGCUGAAAAAUUCAUGAGUGCCAUGACAGUUGUGGCGCUGUUACAACAUGUCAUCAGCCUAACACAUCCUGGACAGAAGGAUGGUGGUCUGAAGGUAGAUUUUAUAUUGACUCCCUUGUUAUGGCUGGACCACAUUCUGUGGAGGUUUAGCUUGUUGCUUUAUCCCUUCCAUGGUUGGAGGAACCUAUUAGAAUAGUCAAUCCCAGAGACUAAUGGAUUCUGAGGGAUUUUCAGCUAGUGUGGCUGGUAUUUUUGUCAGAGUCCUGAUUACUUUCUGGAAUAUAGAUGGAGGACUUGGGCAGUUAGCAUAAUCGCUCCCAAGUGCCCUUUUGCCACGAGCAGAGCCCAUUAAACUCCUUAGGAGACACCUGAGCUGAGGGCAGGGAAGCAGUUUGGGAGACAGCAAUAAUGCAGAUGGAGAAGGACUAAUAAGUUCAAUCAGACAAAAACAAGAGCACAUUAUCUAUUUGCCUAUUCUGUGUCAUGAAGGAGGUGAAGAAGCAGUUUUUGUCCACCACUAGUGAAGCACUUCCAAGUGUUUUGGGGCCCUUUGCAACCUGGACAUCCCUUGGAGGCACACAGCAUCAUGUUUGCUAAGCACUUUGAGGACAUUCAUCACAUCACUGAUGCCAAUAUUAUUGCAGAUCAAUCAACUCAGUUAUCUAGGCCAACUAGUUCAGUUUUAUUGGGUGACUUUUGAUUCUGUAAGACAUACAGAUGUGAAUGUGGUCCAGGGUAUAGUAGGCAAAAGACAAUUGUGGUAAGACAGUGAGAUUGGAGCUAGGCUAUUCCUGCCACCUCUGCCAGUGGUAAAACAAUGUAAACAACAACAAAGUUGCUGCAGCUGUUAAAGGUUAAAAAAAACAACCCACCUCUCUCAUUGGCGGUUACUUUGCUGUAUAUCUCUUAAAACCUGGGGGAAUGCUUCUCCAUUUCACCACUAGUGAAUGGGACUUCAAAAUUUGGGGGACAUUUGGGCUCAAGCAUACACUGCAUAUUACUAAAACCUUAAGUAAUACACCCUUUUGAGACAGGGAAGCAUGUGUAAGACUUUUUUAUUUUGAAUUUUUAGUUACCAUUUGUUAAGACAAAAAGACAGUUGCUAAUCUUUCCAUUCCCUUUUGCAGUAAUUUAAAAACUAUUCUGCAUUUGAUUAACCUUUUCCCAUGUUGCCAUGCCUGCUGCAGAAUAUUUAAGUUUUGUAGAAGAUCACAGGUGCACGAUCAAUUCCACUGGGGCACUUUAGACGUUACCACCACAUGUUGUGAACUCUUUGGCAAAUUUCUAAAUGCCAGGCAGAGGAAUAAGUGACUUCUCUAAAGCACGAGUGAAUGCCUUUGAAUAUGUAGCAUUAGAAAUAAAUUGGACCAUGGGAGAAAAAAUAAACACACCAUCGUACAUAAAGGUGAAAAGCACACUACUAUUGCAUUGAUGUUCUCCAGGAAAACAGCAGCCAUUUACGUAAAUGGAGCCUUUGACUUUUCAACUUGUUUGUAGUAAGAGUAAAAGUUUGCUGGGGCAUGGCGGUUGUUGUCCUUUUAUCUUUACAUAGUGCCGUGAUGUGACAUUUUGCCUGUCCAUGAACUUCUAAAAUGACUGAGGUGACAUGGUCAUAGAAAGGUUAGUGCAGUUUAAUAGAAAUGGUAGUGGAUCUUAUGAUAGACAUGGGCAUGUAGUCCAAUUUUUUAAAAAAAUUUUGUGGUUUAAAUGAGACAGAGAGCUUUCUCUCUCAGUAUGUGUAGUAUUUGAUUAAUAUCACACAACAGUGAACUCUUGACUUUCACUUGAAACCACAAAGAAAUGAUGAAAAGACAUCUUUACAAGUCAUGCACAAAAAUGCCUUUUAAAAUAAAGGCCUUACUGUUGAUCAUCACUCUUGUUUUCUCAUAUUAACAAUGUUCAAACUGCUAUAUUCAUUCUAUGGUUAUUUGAUUUACACAUGGAAAAUGAAAUAAGGGGUGGAAAAUUAAAAUGCAAAAAUGAAUUUUUUAAAGUUCUUGGCAUCCUUCUGUCUCAAGAGGCAAUGGAGUGAAGUGGUGAAGUCAAAUUGCUGCGUUAGCAGCACUGAAGUGACCUUCACGGGGUGCAAGCCUGGGCAGUAUGUAUGGAGGUCCUGGCCUCGCUGAUGUGGUCCAAAGGAAAGCAGAUCAAUAUGUUUGGCACCAACUUGGCCCUGUAGUUGCCAGUAAUAGGGCUACAAGAUGCCAUCUCCAGAUUAGUGUCGGGUUUACAAUUAUUAUUAUUAUUAUUAUUAUUAUUAUUAUUAUUAUCCUUUUCUUUUCUCGGAAGAUAUCCUGCAAGGCAGCGGAAGUUUAGGAUCAGAGUUUUCCAUCUCCUAGAUGGGCUACCUUCCCAGUCUGGCAAGCCCCACCUGCCCCUCACUUCCCUCAUUCAAAAAAUGCCUUCUUGACCAUUGGACCCACUGUUUGGUCUUGUCUGCUCAGUUCACCAGAGUCUGUCUUUACAUGCAGGGAAAGAUCCUAUCUGAGGGUUUGAGACCCAUUGGUUACCCUCACCUGGUUUAGCUGGCCAGUUGGAGCCGUUUCCUGGGGUAUAGUUACUCUUGCAUACUGAGAGCUUCUAGGAGCCACAGGUGAUGAUGAUGAUGAUGAUAAUUUUAAACAAUUAUACCCCGCCCAUCUGGCUGGGUUUCCCCAGCCACUCUGGGUGGCUUCCAACAAAAUAUUAAAAUACAGUAGUCGGUCAAACAUUAAAAGCUUCCCUAAACAGGGCUGCCUUCAGCUGUCUUCUAAAAGUCUGGAAUACUGUAGUUGUUUUUCUCUUUGACAUCUGGUGGGAGGGCAUUCCACAGGAUGGGUGCCACUACCAAGAAGGCCCUCUGCCUGGUUCCCUGUAACUUGGCUUCUCACAGCGAGAGAACCACCAGAAGGCCCUUGGCACUGGACCUCAGUGUCCGGGCAGAACAAUGGGGGUGGAGACGCUCCUUCAGGUGAGAGCUGAGUGCAGAGUGGGGACCAAAAGUAUACAAACUACCCACUUUUCCCCUUACUGAUUUUAAGUAUCAGUUGAGUAAAGCAGGUGGAUGGACACAAUGUUAUUUGAUUAGAUAUGCCUUGCUAUCGUUUUCCCAAGGCGUUUAAGUAGAAUGCAUUAGGUUCACAAUCCUCUUUCCCAUUUUAUCCUACAUAAUUUCUGUGAGGUAUUGAGGAAUAAGUUGCUCAAGGCCACCAAUGAACUUCAUGGCUGAACAGAGAUUUGAAUCCAGAUAUUCCCACAUUAAAAACAUUAAAAAUUGUCCACUAUAUUGCAGUGGUUACACAGAAAAGAGUAAUCUUAUGAUAAAGUCAGCUAUCCUGGAAUAUUGAAAAUAAGGAUGCAGCUUAGAGAAAGAUUUCUGAAAUAUUUUGUCUUGAUUUAUUUUGUUUCUAAUCUUCAAAUUUGUCCAGCUUUUCUAUUUAAGCUUGCUUUCUUCUUUUUUAAAAAAACUGUUUAUGGAAAUUAAUUUCAACUGAUUAGUUGCAUUGUAUCAACAAUUUCCAGAAGAUUUCCUAAUAACCAGGGUAGAUCUUAUAUUUUUCUAGUCCUGGAAUUAUUCUUGUAAAUUUUGUCUCAGAUAUACAUGUUCGACCCACAAAACUGAACAUAACUGUCUAUGUAUGCAACCUGUUGUUUUCUGGGGCUGAAAUAGCAGUGGUGGAAGAUCAGGUUAGCUUAUCCGUAUUGUUCAAGUCUGAUUUAUGUAGAUAAAAUAUAAAAUAUAUGAAUGGGUGGGAUAUAAAACCUCUCAAGAGGUCAACAAAUUUUGUGGAAGCUUCAAGCUGGCAAAGAAGGGAUAGUUCCCAAUUGGAACUGAACAGGGGAAUGAAAAUAUUCCUGAAAUUUCCCUGAGAUGCAGAAACUAUGUCUGUUUUAAGUUUUUAAAAUACUGUGAAAAAUGGGGUCCAGGUUGUUCUUGCUUGCCUACUGCAUGUCAAGCAUGACGUAAGACUUUGGUUAUAUGCACCUCACCUGUAAUAAUAUAUUUUGUCAUUGGUAUAUAUUUGCAAAUGCUUGUGUCACAUGUGAUGUUAUAUGUGUAGGAGGCAUUUACAUGAUAUCUGAACUCAUUACCACACUUCAUAUGCUCUCUUUAUGAAACGUGGCAUGUUAAUGAGCAUAAUACAGUUACCAUUUAAGUAUGGUUGUGUGAAUCAGUCCUAUGCAUCUUUGCAGUGCCCUGUUUGAAGUGACUUGCGGUGGAAUAUGCAAACAAUAUCAAUCAAUAAUUUCUGGAAUCUUUUUACUAAGAAUCUUUCCAAUGCAGUCAUUAUUUUGCCAUCUAGGUUUUGCAGCUUUCCAUUCAGAGGGUGUAAUUUCCUGGUGUUGGCUUUUAAUAUCCAAAAAACAAAGGCACUGGUGUUCAUCAAAAUACAACUCUUCAUUCAUUUAUUUUGCACAAAGCAGCUAAAGGAGGAGGCAAAGGCAGAGGGUGAAGAAAGAGCUGUGAGUGGAGAGGGCCCCUUUCUCCAUCCUUUGGACCCCCUGGGAAUCUCAGCAAACUUUCUGCACCUAGAACUGGGUGCAGCUGAAUAGGACACAGUUGUGGGCAGCCUAAGGAACUGCCAUCCACCUUGGGCCUGCCUGUAAAAAGCAAGUCUAGAGUAAGAGACUAGGGUGAUGUCUGCUGUUUGCAGGAACUCUUCUCAUUGUGAGACUUUUGUGGGUGAGCUGAAAGUUUGUUUAGACCCUUGGUAAAAACUGGGGGGAUGGUUGUAUCAGAAGGAAAAUGAAUUGAUACUGAUUUUUAUAUAUUGGCAACUUUUUAUUAAUGUAACUUAAAAUAUGUAACUGUAUUCUUAUAAUGUUUUGUUUAAAUUGUCUGUUGUUGCUUCUUUUUUGUACACUGUUUAGAGAUGACAAAGAUACUUUCCAGAUUACUUGUGUGUUACCUUCAGGCGACCAAGUUGGAAAGCUUUGGUGAACUGGAAAUUUAUUUAUUUAUUUAGGUCAUCUGUUUGUCACAAUGAGUAGGUGAGGUAGCCAAAAUAUUUGGACUGAUUUUUAACUCAGUCAGUCAGAACUGUUUGCAAGAAAUUAUCAAAAAUACAAAUGUUAUAGAAGUACGUUUUAACACAGGUGGUCUCUAGCACACAGGACUGCAAGUUGUAGAAGUUCUGUCAAUAUGUUGAGCUGGUGUAUGUCUGCAUAUUGUAUGCAUAUAUAGAUUAUUUCACCACAGAUAAUUUUUGGAGUUUCGUGGUAUUUAAGUACAUAGGAAUCCUAGGAUACGAGUAACAGAUUAAUUGGUAGGAUACAUAUUAUUUAUAUAAAGAUAAUUGAAUUUACACUUUAUUUUCCCAAUUUUUACUUGGUUAAGAAAAUGUCAGGAAAUUGAUCAGUUCAUUAUGCAUGAAAAUGGAGGAGUCAUUAAAAUUGCUAAUUUAAGAGAGUUCUAGUUUUAAUUUAUGUAGUUGAUUAGAACUGCAUUAUUUGUCUUGGUUGUCAAAAAUCUGAAUUAUGAACUGAUUUAUUAGAAUUAACGAUGUCUAUAUAAAGCUCAGAGACAAAGAGGUGAUUGAAAUACGGCCCAAAAGGUAGAAAUAAUUGUCCAAGAGGAUCAUCAAGGGAAAACUUUCAACAGAGUACAAUUUUAUUGUUAUUAAAUUAAAAGCUUCCAAGGCCAGAGCCCCUUAGGAGAUGUUGAAGAGAGAGAAAAGGUGUGGAAGAAUAGUUAUGUGUGAGAGAAAGGAGGCAGCAAAUGAAAUUGGAUGAAAGGGAGAGAAUUAGAAAAUAAAACUUCAUCUGAGCAAAUUUAAGACUAGGAAACAAACUAUUAAAAGCUGAACACAAUCUUCAGCCUCAAAGGUAGACUGCUUGAGUGAAAGGAGAGAGAAAGCUGAUUGAAGAAUGAAAACUAUGCUACUAUAGAAGCAUUAAUGAAAGGAAGAGAAAAUACAUUUUGAUCCAGGAUAUAUCUUAAAAUUAACAAGAAUCCCAUAAGACGAACACCACCUUUUAAAGGAUAUUUAAAAUUUGGAUCAGACUAUAGUUGUAGAAUGCACUUAAUAUUUAAAUGUUGGGAUUCAGUUUAAGCAAUAAUAAGUCAUAAGGUAUAAUAUAUUAUAUUAAGGUAUAAUAUAUUAUAUAUUAUUUAAGCUAGAAUAAGUCAUAAGCUUCCUUAACUGUGAACCUUUAUGAGUAAGAAAUCAACAUAUCUAUCCAGAUCUACACCAGAACUCUUUCUGAACACUCGCUCUCUGAAAAUUCAGUGAGAUUGAGAAUUAAAUGUUCGAGGCAUAGGGUUGUAUUAAGUCUUAUGUAGAACAGACAGAUUGAAAUUAAUGAACCUAAGUCAUGUCCAUUAACUUCAGUGGGUCUGCUCUGAGUAGGACUAGUGUUUAAUAUUCCCCAUAAUCUUCUUUUUGUUAAGUUACAGGCUUUUCUUAAGAAAGAUUGGAUUAUAGCUGACAUACAGGAAUUAGUUCACGGAUAUUAAGACUGACAGAGCCCAGGCUGCAGCAGCAGUCACUGAAUAAGGACGAAUAAACACCCUAAUGACAGGGAAAGUUGAAGAUUUAACAGAGGCUAUAAUUGGCUGCAUUCAGACAAUCAAAUCUUAUAUUUGAAGCCAAGAUAUAAACAGGUUGCAACACCACACACCUGUUUACCAUCGUCCUUCACUCAAGCUAGCAAAUAAGCCAGGAACCUCUGUUAGCCAAAGCAUGGUCAACUUGGUUAAUAGUUAUAAACAGUGUUCAAAAGGUGACAGGUGCAUUUUGCACCUGGCUUUCAGACACUUGUGACCAAGUGAAGAUGCCUGGGUGCCAGGAUGGUGCCUGAAGUCUCCACCAUUUGAAGGUGCAAGCCUGGGGAUCCUGGAAUCUUAACUGUUUUCACACACUAGCAACACAUCCUGUAGAAUCCUGUUAUGUUUUAUCUGUACAAUCAGAAUGAAUUUCAGAAACCCAAACCUUGUAUUGAGAAAUUUGAUAUUUGAGCCAUCUCAUCCAAAAAUGGCAAAUAAACAAUCCGUUUUGGUGACUGUAACCCUAUUUUAAGGAGCAAUUUUGUACCUAGCUUAUACGUCUUUAGUUUCUAGCACUGGUUAUAAAUAAAAAGAGCCAGGGCCUCCAUGUCUGGCAGCCAUUAACCACAUUUUCCUGGUUUGGACGUAGUGGAAAGCUAUGGGUCAUGGCUUUCUGAGUUACUUGCCUGCUCAUGUGAAGGAAGGAACAAAGUGGCAGUUCCAUACAUUUGCUUGCUUGCUUACGGAGUGAAGCAAAUAUUCUCCUUUUUGUUUCUCGUGCUCUUUACUUUUCUGAUAUGGAUUUGUUAAUGCAAAGGAAUUUCUGUAAAUUAUAUUUAUUCUAUGUAUUGAAAACAGGUUUUCCCAAUAAUUUUUCGUAUAAAUUUGGUCUUGGGGUUUGUUUGUUCUGUUGCCAUAGUGUGAUAAUAGUCAUGCAUCUGGAGGUGGUUCUACACACAGGGGGGAAACCCCCGCUAUAAAUAAGCCAGAAAUUAAAUCGUUAUAACAAAAGAAAAGAAAAGAAAAACCCUAUGUAAAAACCCUAUAGAAAAGUUUGUGCUCUCUGGUGUCAUCUGGUGUUGCAUGUUUAUAAUGCAUUCAAAUCACUUUUUUUUACUAAUGUAGCUGAGUCUUCUACUGCAGUUACUAUUUUUUGAACUGCUAACUGAUGUUAACAGGCAUAAAAUUUUGAUUUCUUUUAUUUAUCGAGAAAGCACAAUUAAAAAAAAAUCAUUAAUGUGAAUUUUCAUAUGUCUUUAAAAAAAAACUUAUGCUGCAUAGCACAUCCAUGCUAUAAUGAAUGGCUUAACUGGAAAAAGUUAGAUCUGCCAUUUUUAAUAGGGCUUUAAAGUUUGGAGAGACCCAGGAAAGCGUAAAGAACUGCAUAUUUUAAACACUUCUUUAGCAGGAUUGUGCUGCUCUGUUAGGCUUGCAGAUCGAGUUAAAAGUUCAUAUACUCUGUUAGGUGGACAGAUUGAAACUGCAGUCUGCACAUGCAUACCUUGGAGGAAGAUAUACUCAACACAGUGAGCCAUACCUCUGAGUAAGAAAUGUUACAAAUGACUGUUUUGUGUGUUUUUCUGCUUACAGGAAAUUUGGUGAGCGACCUCAACCUAAACGGCUCACCAGGUAAGACAUAAUUAUUUGUGUUGCUAGAUCCUAGUUUAUGCAAUUAGUGUCUUAGUUCCUUCAGACUUUGGGCAGGCAAUUGCAUGGUUCACUGUUGUUAAUUCAUGGGUUUUUUGGACUAUGUAUGAAGAUCUAGUUGUCAUAAAAACAGGUUGUAGCUUAGCCUUUUCCCAAUAUGCUAAAUUUGUUUGUGCAAGUAUGUUUCCCCCCCUGGAGAAAUUACAUUUGACCAUGUAACUCUAUUCCUAGCUGUAAUUUGAAGUGAUGCACUCUAAGAACAGUUUUACUAUUGCAUCUGUUAUUGGAAUGAACUAGACCUAAAUACACACUGGAUUCCUUUCUUGUCCCAUCUUGAAAAUACAAAUUUUAUGACAAUGUAUUGUAAAAAGAAUGGUGAAGUCAAGUCAAUCCAACUAUGGAAUAAUUCUUCACCUCUACAUUUUUAUUAGGUCAGUUUUCAACCUAAAGGUACCACAUUUAUUAAUUUUCAAUAUUUAUAGACAUCUUUUUCAGCCUUCAAAGUGAGUGUGCUAUUAAACAGCACAAUAAGAUGCAGUCAUAUAAUUUUUUAUAUUUAUUUAUCUAUUUAUUUAUUAGAUUUAUAUGCCACCCUUCAUCAUAAGAUCCCGAGGCAGUUCACAGCCCAUAAAGUACUAAAAUUAUGAAAUGUUUGCAACAACAAAAAAAUGUCUUGCAGCCCUUCUGUUUAAAUGCAGGUUUUUCCAAAGUCAGUAGGCCAGCGCAGUAAAAGCACUCCUUUUUUGGGGGAGUUCUGAAUUCAGUGACGGCAUGUUAAUCUGGGCUGGAUCACCUGACUACAACUGGAUUACACAAACGCACCGUGGAUUGCCUUUUUGACCUUUUUAAAUAAUGGAAAUUCUAAACACACAACAAUCCAGGCAUUUAGUUAUUUAUGUAGACCUUCUCCUCAUCUAAAACAGCUUCCAGAGUGGCCUAUGUACCCCUCAUUAUACUUAGGUUAGACCACUCACUGAUAAAGGGCUAAAGAGCUUGAACUGGAUGAGAAUUUCUUACCAUUGGACAAUAUAUACCGUAUUUUUCGCUCUAUAACACGCACCCGACCAUAACACGCACGUAGUUUUUAGAUGAGGAAAAUCCGUAGGCAUGCCACCCGUAGGCAUUCCCUCCAUAACACGCACAGACAUUUCCCCUUACUUUCUAGGAGGAAAAAAGUGAGUGUUAUGGUGCAAAAAAUACGGUACUUUCUUGAUGGCUUUUACUGUUGUUGAAAUAUUCAGCUACCCCUUUUUUUAAGUUGUAACUUUCAUAAUUUUAUUAGUACAUUUUGUGUCUGGUCUUUCCAGUGUUAAAUCAUACCCUAUUCCUUGGCAAAACACUAGAUUUUGAAUCCUUUUUUCCUGUUGCUUUAGUUUGUAUUCUCCAAACAGUCCUCCUGCAGACAAAUGUUCUAUUUUAUCUGUAUGUUAGCAUUAUUUGCAAUGCGGGUUCUCUCCUAGUAGCCAAGGACAAAGCUAAAGUUUACAGUUCGUGACAAUGGGGUGGCAUUCAAUAUUGUGAAUGGAAGCAGCCUUUUGUUCUGUGAACAGAAGCUGUUCCCACUCCCUGGAGCACCAGUAUGGAAUGCUAGUCAUAAUUUUCAGAAAGACAGUGGAACAUGCAUGUUAUUGCUUCUUCCCCUCUCAUGGUAGCCUACUACGGAAGCCUUUGAAAAGUAAUCAUUUCCACAGGUUCUGCCCUAUGAUAACUGCAUAUUGUUCGAAAUGAAAUGGGAAAGUACUGGUAAUCUUAAGCGGCAAAUCCCCUAACUAUAGGCAGAUGUCAGCAUCCUAACACGCUUGUCUUAGCUGCUUUUGGUUCAUGUGCAUUUAGAAAAAUUUCUAGCAAAUACAGAAUUAGGGAUACAUCCAGGAAUGUAUUUUGGAAUGAGUUCCUGCUUGCUCUGUAGUUAAGCCAUUAAAAGGCAUGUAAUUCCAACCAGAGUAUACUUUGAGGCUGAACAAUUUAACAGUUUAACAUUUUUCUCCUUUUUUAAAAAAAAGGUUUAAAAAUACAGUCGUACCUCCAGUUACGUAUCCCUCUGGUUACGUAAACUUUGGGAUAACCCGGUAAGCGGCCUACCUGGAAGUAUAUUUCUGGGAUUUUGCCGCAUGCGCAGAAGCACUCUUCCGCCAUGCCUGUGUGCGCAGAAGUGAUCUCUCUGGUUGUGAAAACGUUGGGAUCCAGCCGGACCUCUGGAACGGAUCCUGUCCGCAACCAGAAGUACCACUAUAUUCGACUCUUGAAAGAGGCUGUUUAUCCUUUCCGAGUAGAGCUAGAUUUUGUAGAUAGGCUACUGCUUGUGAAGACAAAACAAAUGAAAGUGCCUCAACUGUGUUAGGCUCUUGAUCCAUCUAUCUUAGUAGUGUUUACUCCCAAAAUCCACCACUGUCCAAAGGCAGGCUGAUGUCUUUUCCAGCUCUGCUAGAAAGUAAGGGCCAGAUCCCAAUUCCUUCUUUAAAUCAUGUAUUCCACUAAUUAUAACCCUUGUGGUGGAUAACUCUUGGACUUUCACUUCACUACUGUUGCCUGAGGACAGGGAGGUGCUUUCUGCAGGAGGACGGACUCAGAAACUAGGUUAAGCCACCUACACGCCCCUUGGCAACUCUGUAAGCCCCGCCAGUGAGCUACUUGAGGUUAUAAAGGUAUGUGCUUGCAGAUAUCUUGUACUCCACACACUUGGGCUGCUUAUUUUGCCGGAAUAUUUUUAAAUAUCAAAACUUAGAGCCAACAUGGUGCCCUCCUUAAGUUUUUGGACUCCCACCUCCCAUCAGCCCUGGCCAGCAUAACCACUGGUCAGGGACAAUGACAGCUGCAACGCCUGGAGACUACCUUUGCCAUACAGCUUGUUUUUUUAAUGAAGAGUAUUUCUAUUAAUUUUAUUGUGCCUUUUUAAUUCUCAGGGAAGCAAUGAGAAACUAUUUAAAGGAGCGUGGUGAUCAAACAGUCCUAAUCCUUCAUGCAAAGGUUGCACAGAAAUCGUAUGGAAAUGAAAAGAGGUUAGUGUUAUGCUGUGUGCUCUCUAUUGUGCUAUUUUGAGACAUUUUGGGAAAUGUCACACAUAAAACAAUCUUUGGCUGAUUUAGAAGAACUUCAGGCAUCCACAGUAUCUUUUCUCCAGAUUUCAGUAGUGCCAUCUCAAAAGCUCUAUAAUACAGUGUAAGCUUGGCUCCAGGUUGUUUAAAAUUGUUAUACUUGUACAGUGUAAGUUUGUGUCCUUGGUUCUUCGAAAUCCUGAAAUUUGCUUUGGGUGGAGCUCCACCUAGUGUACACAUAAAGGCUGGCUUGGUGUUUAGACGUUCUUCAACUGGCCAAAUGAGGAAUGCUAAUGAAACCUAUAUUCGUUUUUUUUACAAAAAUGUUUUCAGUAUACUGAAGUGAAAAAUUGGAGUGGAGAUUAUUCUGGGGAUACUUUUAGUAUCAGUUGAUAUUUUAGAUAGAAUCUUAACUUCUCUGGAAUUUUUUUUCCAGUUUUCCCCUUGUUCCUAUAGCUUUAAAAGUCAGCAGUUAGGCUCAAAAACAGCCUAACAAAACAGAAUAAAAGCAGGUGGUUUUUUGUGAUUUUGGGGGUGAUUUUUAAAAAUUAUUAUUGAAGGUGUUACAACUCUAUGCUGUGAUCCCAAUCUCCCCACCCUCCAUCCUGGCAUCAAUUAAACAGCUUGCAUUAUCCCCAAUGGAAGCUGUUUUUUUUUAAAAAAAGCAUAAAUUUGCUGCACAGGGAGACAAGGAGAGGAGAGAAAGAGAGAGAAGGUGAUAAAGUGAAAAGGGGAAGAGAGAGACUGGAAUGGAAUGAAUGAAUCAUAGAAUCAUAAGAAUUGGAAAGGUCAUCAAAUCUCAUAUUUUUCCUGCCAGUGCUAGAAAAGCACUACCACAGCAUCCUGAUAGGUGGUCAUCCAGACUCUUCUUAAAACCCUCCAGUGAAAGAGAGUCUGCCACCUUCCAAGGUAAUAUGGUUUUGGUGGGAGUGGGGAUGUUAGAGAGAGGGAGGAGUGAUCCAUUUUUGACAUUGGCCCCGUCCCCUAUGGACCUGCUGCCCCUGACUGAUUUUCUCCAAGAAAAUGCAGUUCUGGGGAUGGCAAAGACUCCCUACUCCUGUCUUACAUUUGUCUUUCUUCAAUGGGAAAAUUAAGUACAUGUUUGAUGUCUCUAAUAGAAAUCAGUCAGGCUUAGAAGCAUGCAAUAAGCAGUAGUGCAGAUACCUUUUAUAUUGUUAUGGAGCCAAGGCUGUGUUGCUCUGUAAUUCCACAGUCGCCUCCUAUUGAUUCUGAAAACAGAGUAUCCAGGAAUUUCAGUUUUCGUUUUAAAAAUAGUGUGUUUCUUCAUCCUAAAACUGUAGCGAUUGCUCUUUGAAAAAAUAUUAUCAUCAUUAUUUAAAGCAUUUAGAGCUCUUCAGCCAAAAGUGUCCCCAGAGUGGCUUAUUUCCAGUCAAUUAACAUAAGACUAUAUACAGUCAAUAAAAAAAACCAAACCCUUCCCUCAGGCUUACAAUAAUAAUAAAAAAGACACACAAGGGAAAACAGACAGGGAGAAAGUGGCCGGGGCGGGAAUCAAACUCAGAACAUUGAUUCUUGAAUAGUUAUUCUUAUAAUGAUAGCUGGCACAGUAUAUUGGAAAAUGUGAGAAAUGCCUUGUAAAUCCUUGCAAAGUAGGAAAUGAGUUUUAGUGUCCUGCAUAGUUAGUUCCUUAUGGCUAAGCAGGAGCAAAAUAAAACUAUGUAUAGUUAGUAAAUCUCUGCAAGCCAUAUCAUUUAUGUAGGUCACAGAACCCAGUUUCUCUCUCUCUCUUUCUAUAAUUUUUAUUAAAUUUUCUGUUUUACAAUUUAAAAUACUCAUUUUGCAUCCUUAAGAUAUGACUUCCCUUUUUCUCUUUCCAUGGUUCAUUUUACAUAUCAUAAAUCCCUGCAUAUUUUACAAAAACUAUACCAUUCAGUAUUCCAUUAUUCCAUCCAUCAAAACUUAUUUACACUGUUGAAUUUAUCUUAAUGCUGCUAGCAUUUUCAGUUGUACACAAUUAUUUCCCAUAUAUUCAAUAAACGUUUUCUGAUCUUCUCUAAACGUAUGUUCUUCUUGUUCUAUAUGUUAAGUCUGCAAGUUGUGCAUAUUCUGUCAACUUAAGUUGCCAUUCUUCUUUGGUUGGCACCUCGCUCGUUUUCCAUUUUUGAGCUAACAAAACACAGGCCACGGUAGUAGCAUACAUAAAUAACCUUUUUUAACACCUGGGAAUUUCAGUCUGAAUUAUCCCCAGCAGAAAGGACUCGUUGUUGUUUUUUGGAAGGCACUUUUAAUCAUUUUUUUCAAUUCAUUAUGGAUCAUUUUCCAAUACACUUUUACAAGUGCACCACAGAACCCAGCUUCUCUUGCUUCAGAUUUUGUUCAGAGUUGUAUUUAUUUUGUACAGAAUACACUCAGCUUUAACCAAAUGCAUUGAGCUUGAACCCAACACUCUGUUUUUCAUCUUCAGGUUCUUUUGCCCACCUCCCUGUGUCUAUCUUAUGGGUAGUGGGUGGAAGAAAAAAAAAGAACAGAUGGAACGGGAUGGCUGCUCUGAACAAGAGUCUCAGCCCUGCGCCUUUAUUGGGAUAGGUAAUAGUGACCAAGAAAUGCAGCAGUUAAAUCUGGAAGGAAAGGUAGGAUGAGUACAAAUCUGUAUUUUAUAUGCUAGCUCACUGAUGUAUUGAAGGCCUUCUGAGUCAUUUUUCAGUAUGUGUUUUAUGGCAGUAAACCGGCUUAAGAAGAUAAAACAUAGAACGUGGUGCUCUUUCUUGGGAGUAAGUCAUUGAUUGGGUCACUCUUUUCGUUCUCAGGAAAAUGAGUAGAUACUGAGUAGAGACUAUGUACAAGAAUUCAUCCUAUGUGUAAACUUGUUGUAAGGAUUGCCUGGAGUAGGGGACACUAGCCUGUGUGGAUCGGGGGCGCAUUUCAGAAUUUGAACAUUUACGGACCUGAUCUGUUUAAAAUUAUGAUUCCACAUAUGAGCAUUUCUAAUGCUAUUAGUGCAAACAAAAAUGCAGCCAAGCAUGCUGUACUUGGGUCCAUAAAAACGGGAUGUCUCAUAAUUCAGUAGCCACACAUCUGUGGUGCUCGCUAAGGAAGUAUACAGCUCCCUGAAGUGUUUGAAAAGCCUCGUAUGAUUUUUAAAGCAGCAUGCAUAGACCUUACUCAGAUAGUUCAUAACAAUGUUGGUAUAUUUACAGCAACCUGGGAUAUUGGGGAAAUUGCUUACAUCCCUAGAUGUCAAGGGGGAUUAAUUGAAGUCUCUUGUAGUAUCAUAGUCCUAGCUUUUCUCUAUGAAGGAGCAUUUCACUCCCUGACCAACCAGAGAGAAGAAAAGGAUGAACAGAGUUCUGUGCCUAUAGGUAGUUAGUUGCCUGUUUCUUAGGGUUUGUUAAUUGAUUGCACUAUAGGGAGAGGCUUCAGUCCAGUAUGAGUCUCGUCCAUGCUUUCCUUUAAUCAUGGGUACCACAGCUCAGUUCUCUUACUGUUACUGCCCUGUUACUGCCACCUAUAUGUCCCAUAUGCUUCAGACAAUCCCAUAGAACAUGAUUGAUCAUUUCCUCCAUUCCACAAACCUCGUGACGUUUGGAGUCAGUCCUCCCAGUCUUGUACAAGCCACUCAGAAGGCACAAAGCCCGGUCAAAACAAUGAACAGAUCAGCUAACAAAUUGCCUUAGCACGUAAUGCUUUGAAGUCAUAAUUUGUCCUUCUGUUGCUAGUUAAAACUUCUAAUGAAUUGAUUCCUGUUCUUAUCCACAGAACUAUUGCACAGCUAAAACCUUGUACAUAUCUGACUCCGACAAGCGAAAGCACUUCAUGUUAUCGGUAAAAAUGUUCUAUGGCAAUAGCGAUGAUAUUGGUGUGUUCCUCAGUAAACGAAUCAAAGUAAUUUCCAAACCAUCUAAAAAGAAACAGUCACUGAAGAAUGCGGAUUGUAAGUAUUGAUUUUGCAAGCUGCUUUGUACAGCACAAUGCCACCUUUAUUUGUAUGUCAUAAUUUUCAAACGAGAAAAUGCCUUUAAUCGUCCAUUGGGUGUGUAUGUAGGAACAGCAAUGCUGCCAUAUGAUAACUUGAUCUAGCAAUUUAGAAGGGCAUGAACCUUUCUAACAGAUACAUCAUAGAAUUAUAGAGUUGGAAAGGACCCUGAGGACCCCCUGCAAUGCAGGAAUAUGCAGCUGUCCCAUAUGAGAAUCAAACUUGAAACCUUAGCAUUAUCAGUACUGUGGUCUAACCAACUGAGCUAUAAAUAAGGUUAAAAAAAGGGGGGGGUUUAGACCACAGUGACACUCGUGUCCCAACUGAGCUAUACACCUCAAUGACACCCUUUAACUUUUGAAAAGGUGAUUUCUUCAACUUGCCACUACAGUAUUCUGGAACAUGCAGUGGAUUGUUUGCUGGGCAGAACCCAAUUCAGACUAUAGGGAGGGUCAAAUGUGAGAACGUUUCCCCACAUAAUAUACUCUCUAUGUAUGCAAAACUACAUUGAUAAAUUGGUAAGAUAGCUUCCACCUCCACCCCAUCCCCCAAAUACUCAAAGUACUUUAUCUGUUUCAAAAAAAAAAUGGUUUACAGUCUUUGAAAUUUUAUAAUGGAAUGAACUUUUAAAAAAGCAAAUUAAGAGACUCAGGACUUUCAAAGGGUGAUAUCCAGUGCUGUGUGAGUGAAUGUCUGCUUGCAUAACAGGUUUUCUUUUUUUGUCAUUCCCAUACCCCCGGUAGCCUUCCACACGCCCAGCCUUUGAGCAGAUCACCUUGCCCUCAAGCAGAUUGGCGAGGGUGUGUGGGGGGGGGGGGGAAUCCAUUGGGCCAGUGGUGUCCAUUCUACCGGUGGAUGCCUGGAUCUAUCUAUUGGCAUCCAUCUUUCUCAGACCAGAUGUUUGGAAGCUGUGGCUGGAUGGUUACGCGGAAGCCGGUUGAAGUUAAAUCCUUCGAAGACAGAGGUCCUCUGGCUGGGACGGGACGAUAUGGGAUUGGGGGGGCAACUCCCAUCUCUUGCGGGGGUGCAAUUAGUGCCAGCACCGUCCGUUAAUUAGUGCCUCCCUCUCUAUGGAGGCGCAGAUUACAGCUAUAACAAAGGCGGCAUUUUUUCAUCUCCGCCAAGCUAAGCAGUUGGCCCCUUAUCUCUCUCGCCCUGACCUAGCCACUGUGAUCCACGCGACGGUCACCUCCAGACUGGAUUAUUGUAACUCGCUCUACGUGGGGCUGCCCUUGAGACUGACCCAGAAACUCCAGCGGGUGCAGAAUGCCGCGGCGAGACUCCUUAUGGGGUCUUCGCUGCGAGAUCACAUUCAUCCGGUACUAUACCAGCUGCACUGGCUCCCGGUGGAGUACAGGAUCAGGUUUAAGGUGCUGGUUUUAACCUUUAAAGCCCUAUACGGCCUAGGACCCUCGUACCUACGGGACCGCCUCUCCUGGUAUGCCCCACAGAGGAACCUACGGUCUGCAAAUAAAAACAUCCUGAAGGUCCCAGGCCUCAGAGAGGUUAGGCUGGCCUCAACUAGAGCCAGGGCUUUCUCGGCUGCGGCUCCAAUCUGGUGGAACGCUCUGUCACAAGAGACUAGGGCCCUGCGGGACCUGACAUCUUUCCGCAAGGCCUGCAAGACAGAGUUGUUCCACCAGGCCUUUGGUCAGGGCCCAGCCUGACUCCCACCUCCGGCAACCUACACAGAACUUUGCUCAACGGUUUGCCAUUAAUUUGAUUUUAAUUAAUUUUUAUAAUGAAAUGUUUUAGAAUGUUGGACUAUUUAAUUGUUUGAUUAUUUAUUUGUUGUUAGCCGCCCUGAGCCUGGCUUUGGCUGGGGAGGGCGGGAUAUAAAUAAAAUUUAUUAUUAUUAUUAUUAUUAUUAUUCUCUACGGUCAAUGGAGUGCACUUCCGGGAAUGAAGCCAAACCGCUGGAGAAUCACGGCUGCUGCUGUAGCUGCAGAAGCCAGCUACCGUAUUUUUCGCUCUAUAGGACUCACUUUUUCCCCUCCAAAAAAGAAGGGGAAAUGUGUGUGCGUCCUAUGGAGCGAAUGCAGGCUCCCUGGCUUCAGCGAUAGCAACGCGAAGCCUCCGAAGCCUGCGCUCCGGAGGCUUCGCGUUGCUUUCACUGAAGCCAGGAGAGUCUGGUCUUUGAGGCUGACGGUGGGGGAAAGCAGCGCUUCCCUCCACUGCCAGCCCCAGAGGAUCGGGGGGCAGCGGGAAGGCGCGCGGCGCCUUUGCACUACUCUCCGACCUGGUUUGGAGGCUGGCGGUGGGGGAAAGCAGGUGGGAAUUCCCCCACCUUAUAGAAAAGCCCACGGGAGCCGCGCAGCCUUUAAAGAGCGCGCCGCUCUUGGGGGCUUUUCCCCAAGGAGGGAGAAGGGACUGACUGGCCGAGUCAGUCCCUUCUCCCUCCUGUGGGCUUUUGCGGGAGAUGGGGGAAUUCCCCCACCUCCAGCAAUAGCAGGGAGAAGGUCUGGGAGAAGUGCACAGGCUGCGUGCAGCUUGUCCUCUGCUCUCAGAGCCGGGGGGGGGAUCACAUUUUUUCCCUUGAUUUCCCCCUCUGGGAACUAGGUGCGCCCUAUGGUCAAGUGCACCCCAUAGAGCGAAAAAUACGGUAAUUGCAAUUGCUGCCUCCUCUGUUGCUUUUGCUGCAUUAGCAGCACCAAAGUGACCUCUGGGGCACAAGCCUGGGCAGUGUGUAUGGAGAUCCUGGGCUGCCCAGAUGACAAUACCCCCCUCUUUGGCACCAGCUUGUCCGCAGGAGUUGCCAGAAGGAGGCGUACAAAACGCCACCCAACUAUCUUAGGGACUCCAUUCUGGAUUUGUGUAGCGUUUACUCCUAAGCCUUUUCUUCUCCUGAAGAUGUCCUGUAAGGCAGCAGGCAAUUUUACCUGUAGCGUUACAGAAUUACCGGGUGAACUAGUCCCUGUAGGAAACCCUCUUAAGAGGUUUAAGUGCCAAGUGUGACACUUCAUUUCAGCCAGGGAGAUGAUAGGGCGUUGCUGUCUCAUAGCUAAUAUUCCCUGCCUUCCCUGCUACUCCUAUAAAAUGCAAAGCUGGAACUCGUAACGUUUGCAAAUGAUCAGAUCUUUAUCCUACAUCAUAAAUUGCAGCCCAAGUGGGAAGUGCAGAAGUGUCAGUCACUUCCCUUCUCCUUCCCGCUAAAUGUAGUAACUUCUAAGCUAGUGCUCAGAUGUGUUAGAAUGGUGGUGUGGUGCCGAAUAUUGGCCAUGUUAACCUCUAUUUUGGUUGGUUCCAGACACUCUGAGAAAAUGGCUAGGCAAAGCUGCACACAAAGAAGCCGCUUGAUUUUACAGUUUUAGUAUUUGGAGGAGGAGGAGAAGGAGGAGGGGAAACAGUGCCAAGAUUUGGAAUAAGGCCUACAGAGGAUGGUUGAAAGGGAUACCUGGCAUAUUAAUUUCAAACACUGGAAUUAGAAGGAAAUGCUUUGUUUUUGCUGCUUUGGAGAAAAACAGUUGGUUGCAAUUGGCUUGUGAAUCUGUUACUAAGGCCACAUUUAAGGAAUUUUAAUUUUAUAGAUAUUUAAAAUAAAGCAUAGAUUCCAAAUUUCUGAAGUAGGUUGCGAUUCCAGGAUUGUGCUUUCUUAUAUAUACACAUUCUCCGGAUUUUAGCUCUGCAACCGAAAACAUUAAAGUACUUUUGGAAGGAAUAUGUAGCAAUAGAUUAUUAGAGUUGCUGCCUAGAUUAAUUUUGCAUGCAUGGUCUUUUCAUGCAAAUCUUUAUUGCUUAACAGUCUAAAGACUGACAUAUUUAAAUAUCUGGCUUGUUGGUUUGUUUUUGCAGUGUGCAUUGCAUCGGGGACAAAAGUGGCACUAUUCAAUAGACUUCGGUCGCAAACAGUUAGCACGAGAUACUUGCACGUGGAGGGAGGAAACUUCCAUGCCAGCUCGCAACAGUGGGGAGCAUUUUACAUUCACCUCUGUAAGUAAAGCUUGCGAUUGAAAACCCAUACUUGUCUGUGCUGUAUGAUUGCUUUUGGAAUCUAUUGAUCUCCUUGCAUACUAAAAUCUUUUCUUUUCCUCUGCAGUGGAUGAUGAUGAAUCGGAAGGUGAAGAAUUCACAGUUCGAGAUGGCUACAUUCAUUAUGGGCAGACGGUUAAACUUGUUUGUUCCGUCACUGGCAUGGCACUCCCAAGACUGGUAUAUUUGUUUUUAAAUUUUAGAUCUAGUAUUAUAUUUAUAUCCCACCUUACUUCCAAAGAGAGGUACACGGUUCUCCCUCUCCUCAUUUUAUCCUCUCAACAAAGCCCCAAGAGGUAGUUUAGGCUAAGACAGUGGCUGGUCACCCAGGGAGCUGCAUGGUUGCGUAGGGAUAUGAAUCCUGGUCUCGGAUCCUGGGCCAACACACUAACCACUACGCCACACUGGAUCUCUGAUAACUUUUAUAUAUAUAUAUAUAUAUACUUGUUAAAGAAUAGAGAACUGAGAAUACAGUUUUUAACUGAUAAUCAGUCUUUAAAAGCUACCAGGCUGGUUAUACAUAGCUGUUAAUGGUUGUAAACUAUUCUAUGUUUUGAUAUACCGUACUUUUUGGCUCUAUUGGAUGCACUUUUUCCCCUCCAAAAAUUAAGGGGGAAAUGUGUGUGUGUCCUAUGGAGCGAAGGCAGGCUCCUUGGCUUCAGCGAUAGCACCGCAAAGCCUCCGAAGCGCAGAGGGAGCGCUCCCGCUGUGCUCCGGAGGCUUCGGGUUCCUUUUGCUGAAGCCAGGAGAGCAAGACUCUCCUGGCUUCAGCAGAGAGGGAGAGCUGCACAGUGCCCCUUCAGCGAAGCGGGAGGAGAAAUGGAAGGGGCUCCAUUCCUCCUGCCACUUCGCUGAAGGGGCGCUGAGCAGAGAGGGGGAGAAUUUUUUUUCUUGUUCUCCCCCUCUAAAACAAGCUGCGUCCUAUGGUCGGGUGCGUCGUAUAGAGCGAAAAAUACGGUACAGUGGUGCCUCGCAAGACGAAAUUAAUUCGUUCCGCGAGUUUUUUCGUCUAGCCAAUUUUUCGUCUUGCGAAGCACGAAAUCCCAUAGGAAUGCAUUGAAAUCCAAUUAAUGCGUUCCUAUGGUCAAAAAAAGUCCAAAUAAAGCCAAAUUUGGUACAACAAGAGUUUAUUAAGUGCUCUUUAAAGUCACACAUACUGUAAAGAGCAUUUCAAAAAUUGAAGGAACAAUAAAUUAAGUUUCUAAACAUGACAGAAAAACAUUUAAAAAUCAACAAAGUGUACAGUACAUUUUCUAAGACUGGGGGACAACUCAAAGAAGGUUCCUCUUCCACUCUUUGCUUCUUGCUGAAGAACCCCCUCCUCAACUGUUCCCCCAGCCACCCACCACACAGAAAUUCAAAUCCAGAAUUUUUUUAAAAAAACAGCAGAGUGGCCCAGUGGUCACAGAAAAUCAUAAAAAUGCAGAAAAAAACCACACAAGCUCCCAGAUUCUUGCAAACCCCUCCUCAACUGUUCCCCCAGCCACCCAUCACACAGAAAUUCAAAUCCAGAUUUUUUUUUUAAAAAAACAGCAGAGUGGCCCAAUGGUCACAGAAAAUCAUAAAAAUGCAGAAAAAAACCACACAAGCUUCCAGAUUCUUGCAGACCCCUCCCCAACACCAAGUCCUUGAAUUCCAAACACCCCAACCCAAAAUCCAAAAACCCCCAAAAAGUUUUAAAAGUUUAAAAGAAGUUUUGGAAAAGCUUCAAAAAUCACCAAAGUCUUCAAAAACCUCAAAAAAGGCUACCACACCGCGUUCUAUGAGUUGCUCCUCGAAGUCAAGUUGCAACUGUAUUAACGGUGUUAAGAAAAGGAAACAAAAUUGCAAGACGUUUUUGUUUUUCGUCUUGCGAAGCAAGCCCAUAGGGAAAUUCGUCUUGCGAAGCAGCUCAAAAAACGGAAAACCCUUUCGUCUAGCGAGUUUUCCGUCUUGCGAGGCAUUCGUCUUGCGGGGCACCACUGUACAUUGGUUCUGUGCAAGGUAUACCAAUGUAGAACAGUAUAAGGCACUGUUUCAAAGUCCAAAUCCUUAUUGUCAAUUUACUACAGUAUGCUUAGUGCUUAAAUUAAAGUGCCUCCUGUAGUUUGCUAGGUUUGAUGAACUAUAGAAGCUUCAUAUGAACACGGAUGAUGUGUUUAACUGGCUCCUGAUACUUGAUGAAUCCCUCCCACAGUUAGAAUCCCUCAAGCACUCUUUUGAUACCAAAUAUAUUCACAUACAAGUUCACUGCUGCCACUUUUCAGUGCCCAGAAACAAUUUGCAUUUUGAUUCCAAGUGUGUCUUAUGUGCACUUUUUUAAUCUACAGAUAAUUCGAAAAGUGGACAAACAGACGGCAUUGCUAGAUGCAGACGAUCCAGUGUCACAGCUCCAUAAGUGUGCGUUCUACCUUAAAGAUACCGAACGAAUGUACUUGUGCCUUUCCCAGGAGCGAAUCAUCCAAUUUCAAGUGAGUUACUUGACAAACGGGUAAUAUUACACGUCGACAUAAUCUCACACUGCAGCAGUGCCAAUCCAAAGGGAACAGAGUACACAAAGUUCCAGCUCCUGGUCUGGAGCUGUUGAAAGGAGCGGGGUGGCAGGGCUCAGCAAUUCCUGGAUCAGAUUCGCUGCUAGCGGGAAAGAUUGUACAUAGCACUGCACACCUUUGUUGCAGAUCAGACCUUUCCUUUGAGGUUUAGCUGAGGUUUCAGAAGCUUGCCUCAUCCUGCAAAGUAUUUUAGAACUAGCUGUGGAGCUGCAGAUUGAUGCAUAGCAUGGCAGACGUUAGGAGCUCAGAGUGUGGUGGAGAGCUGCCUUGAAAUGGAUGCAACUACCGUAUUUUUCGCUCUGUAAGACGCACCAGACCAUAAGACGCACCUAGUUUUUGGAGGAGGAAAAUAUUCUGAAUCCCAGAAGCCAGAACAGCAAGCGAUCCCUCUUGCUGUUCUGGCUUCUGGGAUAGCCGCGCGAAGCCUCUUCAGGGCAGUGGGAUGAAGAGGCUUCGCGCGGCUAAGUCAGAAGCUAGAACAGCAAGAGGGAGCGCUGCGCAGCGAUCCCUCUUGCUGUUCUGGCUUCUGGGAUAGCUGCGCAGCCUGCAUUUGCUCCAUAAGAUGCACACACAUUCCCCCUUACUUUUUUAGAGGGGAAAAGUGUGUCUUAUAGAGCAAAAAAUACUGUCCUGAAGAGGCUUCGCGAUGGGGACUUGAAGGGGGCAGGGAGAGGCAAAGGGCUGGGGAAACUUUGCAGAAAGAAGCAAGGACCAAAUAGAAGAUGGAUUUCUGUGGUGGGAUAACUGUGGCCCUCCAAAUGUUGCUGGACGACAACAGCCACCACCCCCUGACCACUGGGCCAUACUGGUUGCAGUGGACGGAGUCCAAUAAUAUCUAGAUGGCCAGAGACUUGCUAUCUGCAGCAUCUGUGUAUCUGGCCUAAUAAGGUCCAGCUCCGAGGGCCUUCUGGCAGUUCCCUCCCUGCGAGAAGUGAGGUUACAGGCAGAGGGCCUUCUCGGUAGUGGCACCCGCCCUGUGGAGUGCCCUCCCAUCAAGGAAAUAAACAGCUAUCUUCAGGACUUUUAGAAGACAUCUGAAGGCAACUCUGUUUAGGGAAAUUUUUUAUGUUUGAUGUUUUAUUGUUUUUUUAAUAUUCUGUUGGGAACCGUCCAGAGUGGCUGGGGAAACCCAGCCAGAUGGGCAGGGUAUAAAUAAAUUCAUUAUACUGAACUUAGGCUUCAGUAUAGUGCAGUACUAAGCAGCCUAAUUUAAACAAUUGGGAACUACAGUAGAGGGGCUUCCCUGAGGAUCCUAGCUUACAAAUUAUGCAAGUGAACACAACUAGUUUGUGAAUGAUGCUUUUGCAACAGGGGGUGGGGGGAAGCCCCUCUCCCCAGACAAAGGUGGCUUGAUGUGUUACAGUUGAUUCAUUCUCCGCCUUUUUUUUUUGUUUUAACAUGAAGCAUUCUUGGCCACCUGAUUACUUCUCUGUUUUUUUUAAAGGCCACUCCAUGUCCAAAAGAACCAAAUAAAGAGAUGAUUAAUGAUGGAGCUUCAUGGACAAUCAUUAGCACAGAUAAAGCAGAGUACACCUUUUAUGAGGGAAUGGGACCUGUCCACGCUCCAGUAACACCUGUGCCUGUUGUAGAAAGUCUCCAGGUGAGUUGAUGUCCCUGCACUCAUCUUGGGAUUUAGUUCACAUAGGUGCCACCUGACAUUAGCUUGCUAAGUUCAAGAGUUGACCUUCUGCGAGUGGUAGAACGGGAGUAGCUUGCAAAUUAUAACAACAGUAGUUGUGCUAGGGGCUGCACAGCGUCUUUUGCAAGUGCAAGACGCCCCUUGGCUUGGGCUGUGGUGCUACACUAAAAGCGCAGAAACUGAAGGUACAUUCUUUCACCUUUGGUGGACGUGCCCAAGGAUUAAGGCUUUCUGGGAGAUGAUUUAUAAUGAAAUAAAAAAGGUAUUUAAAUAUACCUUUCUGAAGAAACCAGAGGCCUUUCUUCUUUGCAUUGUCGGCCAAUUGGUGCCAAAGAAGGACAGACCCUUUUUAUGUAUGCUACAACAGCAGCAAGAAUACUCAUUGCAAAGUAUUGGAAGACACAAGAUCUACCCACUCUGGAAGAAUGGCAGAUGAAGGUGAUUGACUACAUGGAACUGGCGGAAAUGACUGGCAGAAUCCGAGACCAGGGAGAAGAGUCGGUGAAAGAAGACUGGAAGAAAUUUAAAGACUAUUUACAGAAAUAUUGUAAAAUUAAGGAAUUUUAGAAGGAUGUUGGAUAGAAACUAAGAGCUUUUUAGCUGUAAUGCCUUAAGAAAUAUGAAAAAAGGCUUACAAUUGGGCAAAAGUUUAAUGGUAAGGAUUUGCUGAACUAACAAACUGAACUGGAAUACAAAAAAGGGAGGUAUGAGGAGGUCCGGGGAAAUAAGUCUAGAGAAGAUAGGUUUGGAAAAUUAAUGUCUUUUUAACUGUUUUAUUUUGUAUGUUUCUUUUUUAUCUUUUACUUUUUUGUUCUAUUUUUAAAAUUUUUACUCUUUUUUCUGUAUUUUGUAUUUCUUCUAUUUUUUGAAACUUUAAUAAAUAUCAUUUAAAAAUAAAAUAAAAUAAAAUAAAAGCGGGGCUAGCAGAAUAGAAAGGUGGUUAGCACAGUUUGGCUGCCACCGCUGGUUAUCACACGUAACCAUUUUGCUUCUUGCUUCUUGAUUGCAUUAAUCUAACAAGUCUAAUUGGUACUUCAGCUAACUUGGUCUCAAAAACGUUGCCUCAAAAUGCACAUAGCUGCAUUUUGUGCAUUUCUCGAGUGAUUUGUGCACUUCUCACAAGUAUCUGAUAAGUUUAUAUCUCAUUUCCCCCCCCCAACCCCUAGUUGAAUGGAGGAGGGGAUGUAGCAAUGUUGGAACUUACUGGACAGAACUUCACUCCAAAUUUACGCGUCUGGUUUGGAGAUGUGGAAGCGGAAACAAUGUACAGGUACGGUAUCACACUUAACAAUAUUUCUUUUCACACAUCAAGUUCAGAAUGUGUGUUGGUUUUUUUGUGUGGACUCUAAAGAUAAGUCUGCCAUCUGUUUAGGUAAGUGUGAGAGUUAAUUAACCACUUAGCCUUGAAUAAUAUAUCAAUUUUAAAUUAACUUGCAUAUUACCAAAACUUCAAUAUAGGUGCCUGCUUUUGAAGUAAAUUACAAUUUAGGAGGCCAUCUUUCCAACAUUCUUUUCCAUUUCCCAUUACACUAGCAAACAGGGAACCAAAAAUGCUUUUAUCUUUCAUCAUGCCACUUAAAAUUUUGCCCAAAGCAUCGUUUAUCUGUUUGAAAUACUUUUAUACCGCCUUUUCUGACAAAGUCCUUUCAAGGCCCUUAAAAAAGACAAGUUAGCUUCAUAUUCAUAGCAAGAAUGGUGGUGUUCCCGAUAAUUUACAAUACAAUCCAUUGGUCCUCAGUGAUCAUCCUUUUCCAUGCAUACUGGUAAUCUGUACAGCCAUGCCAACCCACCAAAGUUUUCCCAGCAAAUACACCUUCCCCAAAGCGAAUUAAUUAAUUAAUUAAUUAAUUAAUUCAGUUUGGGGAAAGGUAUAUCAGUUAAAUAAACUGAUACUUUCUGGACUCAUAGGGCUUUGUUAGUGGUGAAUAACUUUUGUUUGGAGAAGCAACUGGCAACUGUUGGAAACAACUGCUGGAAUUUUUAUUUUAAGGGGGUGUUUUUUUGGGGGGGGGAGUUUGACUCCGGUCCCUUGCUCCACAGUACAAGCAAAGCCAGAACAAAUUAAGGGGGGAACUUUUUUUCCUGCAAUUUCUCUUACAGAGAAUGAAAUAAAAAAAGAUCUGUUAGUUAUGUAUAAUGUAUGGUGAUUGCAGAAUCAAUUUUUUCCUGUUAGAGAAUUUAGAUUGCCUGGGUUCAGAAUUUUUUUUUUUUUUACUUCGUAUGGAGUAUCCACAACUUUGCACAUUCUUUCUUGGCAAUAAAAGUGUUGGUCAGCUAAUGCUCUCUCUCUCUCUCUCUCUCUCUUAAUAUUUAUUUAUAAUUUUUAAAAGUGGCUGAGGAAACCCAGCCAAAUGUGCAGGGUAUAAAUAAUAAAAUAACAAUAAUUAUUACAAAUUUAAUACAAAAUACGCACUUCCCUAUUAAUAUUCAGUUACCAUUUGACUUGCCCUCAAUGGUUUCCCCAUAAUUUCUGAUGCUGCUGCAUAUUUUGAUUUUUCUAUGCCCUAUCCUUUCUGCUUAUUUUCAGGCACGUAGUUCCUGCUGUUUUUCAUUCAAAUCCCACUUGCAAUUUCCACAAGUAUACAAUCACUCUUUAAAUACAGUGGUACCUUGGGUUAAGUACUUAAUUUGUUCCGAAGGUCCGUUCUUAACCUGAAACUGUUCUUUACCUGAAGCACCACUUUAGCUAAUGGGGUCUCCCGCUGCCGCCGCGCCGCUGGAGCACGAUUUCUGUUCUCAUCCUGAAGCAAAGUUCUUAACCCGAGGUACUAUUUCUGGGUUAGCAGAGUCUGUAACCUGAAGCGUAUGUAACCUGAGGUACCACUGUAUUCUACAAAAGGUUUCCCAUCCUCCUUAAAGGCUGCCUCGAUCCCUAAUUUCCAUAGCUGAAUUUGCCAGUUCUGCAUAUUCCGACAGCUAACGUCUCUUCCCUCUUCCCCAGGUGUGCAGAGAGCAUGCUGUGUGUCGUUCCUGACAUUUCCGCAUUCCGGGAAGGCUGGAGGUGGGUCCGCCAGCCGGUCCAAGUCCCAGUCACAUUGGUGCGCAAUGAUGGCAUAAUCUACUCUACCAGCCUUACAUUUACCUACACGCCAGAGCCAGGGCCCCGACCCCACUGUAGUGCCGCUGGAGCAAUCCUCAGAGCCAACUCCAGUCUCCUGGCAUCCAACGAAACAAACACAAACAGCGAGGGAAGCUACACAAACGUCAGCACAAAUCCAACCAACGUCACAUCAUCCACGGCAACAGUAGUUUCCUAACCACUGCUCUUUUAUGUGGAACUUCUAAAAAAAAAAAAAAACUUAAGUGCUUCGAACAAUGAAACUGAACAACUUUUGUGGUUUCCCGGUGGGGUGGAAAAACCUCUUCACUGCUCUUUGAACUUCUUUCACCUACAAGUGCUGAUCUCAGUAGAAGCCACAACUAAAAAAUCGCGGGGAGGAAAGGCCCAUUUCUAUUCAUACUCAAAAUCUAUUUUUAGUUGUCUCUUUUAAAAAUGGGUUCAAAACUAAAAAAAAUAAAAUAAAAGUGGCUGGGAUACAAGUUGAACUCGGAAACAUGGACAUAACAUAGUUUUUAUGGACCAAGGAAACGCUUUAGUAUAAAAGGUACAUUUUCACCAUACCUUUUUGUAUCACAACAUAUAGUAUGCUUUUGUUACCAAAUAGUUUAUAUAUUAUUUUUUUUCCUCUGAGCGUUUGCUCUGAAGUAUACUCAGGUUCCAAGCCUGACCAUUCUUGUAUAAUCACCAUACUCUUCCAGUUUUUAAAAAAUAUAUAUAUUUUUGGUCUGUGGCUGGAACUUGCAUUUUUUUAAACUGAAGUCUUGUGACUUUUUAUGAACUGAUUUUUUUUUAUUUUCACCAAGUAGAACCUUGUAAAGGCCAGCAUAUUUUUUUUAAGAUGAUAUGAAGUUUGUGCAAAAGCUUUAAAAAAAAUGCCUCUGCCUUGCCUGCAAUACAUGCAAUGUAUGUUAACUUUAGAGCUCCUCUUUCCGCCAUUGUGGACAGCUCUUUCUAUGUGUUCCUUUGUUAUGUAUUUAUAGUGUUGAUUCAUGAGGUUUUUUACAUUACAAAUGUGGCCUCGUGCAGUUUUUCUUAACUGCUCAUGCUACUGGCAUCUGUUGGGUGUUUCGGAGGGUUCUUCCUUUCACGGUCAAUACAUGCAUUCAGGUUGGCUUUUUUAUUUUUUGCUAAUCUUGUACAUAAUUUGCUAUUAAGUGUAAGUUAAAUGUGUGCGUGAUUCUUUUUUUUUUAAGUGAACUGUUCCCAAUAACUUCAUUUGGCAGCAUGUUUGUCUGUCUCUUUGGCAUAUGGCAACAUUCCCCCCCCCCCCCUUGAAGCAUUAGCCACAAACAGGAUUGGUCGGUGCAUCUCUUCCUUGCGAGUUGGGAGCCAUCACAAACCAGCGUGGCUAUAUCCUCAGACGUCAGGCCAACCUAAUGAGCUUCUUCUUUUGUAUGAUAUUACUUUCUUUGAGUGUGAAGUCAUUGUACAGUUAAAUGAUAGUACUUAGAAAUGGCUAAUUGCAAAAGCACUGAUAUGGACUACACUUCUUCCUUCCUUUUCUCCGUUGCCAAUAAUCUACUGCAAGGUUCAUAUCUUUCCCCGAUUGCACGUUAAUGGAGGGCCAAUUGACACUACUGCUUCUCUCCAAAGUCCUUUUCCAAAGCUUCUUGUGGAACGCUCCAUAGGGACUUUUGUGACCAGGGCCAGGAUCUUAAAUACCUGUUCAUGUGUUGAAAGCAACAGGAGAUGGAGUCCCACAGGGAUCCUUGUCUUUGCUGAGAUAGGCUAAUGUGGCUACCACUCUGGAAAGUGUGCAUGCGCAGUAUUUCUGCACCCUCAAUAGGGAGGCAGCGGGUAUCCCUUUCUGUCUGCAUCAAACAUGCCACAUCAGAGCCUGUCCUAACCUUUAGGAGCAGCUUUUGAGAGGACCAAAAGUUGCUCAGGAAGGAGGGGACGAAAAGCCCCAGGCUUAUAUGGCCACAGGGUUUCCCCCUGCCAUCAUAUGCCUGGGAAUCCUUGUGAUUGAGGUUUAUUGGAUGAAGAUUUGUUGGGCUGAGGUGGCGAAGAAGACCCAGUACAUAGUAGACCCAGUCACAAGCCUUUCUGCCCACGGCUAGGAUUUCCAAGCCCCACUAGUGGGAGUGGAGAAGUGGUUGAUCUUGAGUUGCACUAGUUGGAUAUUGGUGGUACUUAAAUUUGGAAGUUGUCGUGUCUUAUCUCUCUACCCCACCCACACUUUGAUGGGUUGAGUUGAAGCGAUUUCUCUUUUGAUUUGUUGCACGCACAGAAGUACCGUUACACUUCCUAGGAUAUAGUCCUGGCGUGCAUUUCUCAUCCUCCCUCAAACUACGUUCUUCCAUAAACACAAGGGAAGUGUUUGGCUACACAAGUAAGCAAUGUUAGUGACUUCCACAUAGUCCUCAAGUUUAAUCAGCACUGUUACUUAUAUUUUGAGUAGAUUUUUUUCCACAUCAAGGCUGUAGUUUCUAAACCCAUCCAGUUAAAUCGGUGCCGCUGUCUUGAAAUGCGCUGUGUUGUCUUUUCGUACUGUGUAACUUGCUCCCAACAACAUUGUCGCAAGCCGUUGGUUCUUAAUACUUAGCCAGUUACUGCCUCUCCUCAUCUCUCUCUCUCUCUCUUUUUUAGUGACCAAGGGCAGGAUUCACUGUGGCCUUAUCUCUGGCUGUUUACUGGCAUUUACUUGCAAGCCUGUAUACGUUGUCUGUUCUUAAUUUUCUCCCGGUUGUAAUGUAGUGCAAAUUGCUUCAUGGUGUGUGCUGAAGAGGUAUUGACGUACGCAGCGCUGUUCGCUCACGGACUUCAGGCUUUUUGCUGAAUGUGUUUGGGAUCAACACAUGCUAGUGUUUGAGGUUUUCAGAAAAAUCAAAACUAAUAAUUGCAUACACAGUUGAUAACUGUUACCAGCUUAUCUGCUUUCACAGUACCCCGGGUGUCGUCAUUUUUGCAUAUAGCUGCAUCUCAUCCUUUUAAAUCUCUUUGCCCUGCGUUGCCCAAAUGGCAUAUAUCCAAUAUUUGUAUCUCUUAAGGAAUUGAACUGAAGGAAUUAUAUCUACUUUUUGCCUUUCUCUCUACACUACAGGAUAGUGAGAGAGUGGUUUUUUUGGGGGGGAGAGAUAAAUUCACUUUUAAGCAGUACCUUGUAACCUUAGGACACUUGGCUUUUGUAACCUUUUUUUUCUGGACUAGCUGUCCUGUUAUCUUCAGGUAGGAAAAUUGGUAUAUUGGAAAUAGUCUUCCAGACUAAAAUUAGAAAUAAUCUUUCAUUGCUCUGAGUACGUUUUAUUUUCUAAAUCUCUUUAGCUGAUGGAUGGAUCCUUAUUUUUUCAUAAAUGGGUUUGGCUGUUCAACUUCCAUAACGUAGUGAGCUAAAUUUGCCUGCUAAUGUGCAGUACUGGGGGGGGGGGGGUGGAAUGAAACUGCGGUCUACAAAAUGCUUUCGGAAUAAGGUCACUGGCCUAAACAGGGCUACCUCAGAAUAACCAGUCAAAAUGAUCAUAGCUGGCAUAAGAGUGUUAUGCUAUAGUCUUUGAACCCUGUUAAGGGCCAUGUUAUACAAUCAGAAUAUAAUUUUUCUGACCUCACUACUAUAGGUGGAAGGGACUGUUUUGGCUUUUAAAUACCUUAAGUCCCUAUAAAACCAGCUUAUGGAGGGGAGAGGAUUCAGCCUUUUCCCAUGCUAAUACUAAAUUUCUGCAUUCAAGGAGUUCUCCACCCUCUGUGGCAGCAUUCAGACAUGCAGUCCUUCCCUCUUGUAGUGGAACAUCGCAGAAAUAUGACUUGGUUUUCUAACCUGGUCCUUAUUCUUGCAUCUUUGGGGAGGAUAAGUAACAUUUUUGAGUUGAUUCAGACCACUUUUUAAAUUGCUUUAAAUUGCUUUCCGAACAAUGUGAGAGAGCAAGCAGUAUGCUCUGUUUUGUAUGGAAAAAGUAGCUCAGUGCUGAGUGCUGCUGUUACAUGUUAGGUCACCGUUAAACCUUCCGGAACAUAUUUUCUACAGGUCAGUCUCGAGGGGUUGUACAAGUCGUCUGCAAAUCUCUCGAUACAUCUCUUAAGUAGAAUGUGUUUGAUUGCACCUCCGACACUAGCGCAACCCGUUUCAGACCAAAUAGCUUCAUAGCGGCUUCCAUUCUGAAACAAAACACUUAACUUAUGAAUCAUGGCAUUUAUUUUUUCUUUAGAAAACCGGUUUAUGUGAGUGUAGAGUGUCUGUACUUUUCCUGUGCCAGGUGUUUUAACUUGUUUUCAAACACUGUAAAUGUGGGGUUGGGUGGCAGCUUGGCGUUAGAAGCAAAAUUUGGGUUUCCCUAAACGCCUUUGGGACUGAGGUUUUUCUCUCUCUGUGGAAACUACAGUACUGAGCAGCUGUUCCAACAUCGUGAAUGUGUGCCCCCCCAAUAUUCUGUUCUGUUUUGUGGAGCUUUAUAUGAUACUCUUCUUAUGUUGUAUUGUGCUUUUGGAAUUAGAGCAUCACCACAAACAGGACAUUCAGCAUCCUGGAAGGAGAGAGAUUUGUUCACAGCUCAUGUCUACUUGGAAAUCUGUUUAUACACGUGUGCAUUUAGAAGUGAGUUGGGAGUUUCUUCUCGCUGUGAAUGAAAUUGGCAUUUUGUGCACCCUUCCUCAGUCAAAGCCCCGUAGAUAACCCUCUCCCAGCUUCCUACUGACCUGCACUGCAGCCAAACACUCCAUGUGUCAAACUCCUUCAUCCUCUGGCUGAAGGCAUCGGUGCAUUCCCCGCAAUGCCCUUCAUGUUCUUUCAACGUUAUGCGUAGAAUGUCAGAACUUCUCUGGUGCUUGUUUGUGGCUCUCUGCUAAGAAGCCAUUUGUUCUGGCAGCAAUCUCUUGACGUUGGCUGCUGUUAAGAGUUUUUGUACGGCUGAGGAACAGAUACAUCAGUAGACAGGAAGAGCACAGUUUUCCCUAGAUGGGGAAUGCAGUCUUAAAGUAAACAGUUUGGGCUGCAAGCACGCAUCGGUAGUAAAGCCCCUGUUGAUAAAAUUGAGUAAAAUUGCAUAUGAUUGAGGGAAUGGGGAAUUCACAAGACAAAACAUUGGUGGCAGGCCUCUUGUGGCGAUGUUUAUCUGUAUGUGUGUAUGUGCCCAUUCAGUCCUCAAAAGGGUUUUAUUUUGCAAACCGUGCACCUGUAAAACUUGGUAGCAAUAAGAUAGAAGGCUGAUCAAGUCUUUGCUAUACCUUUUGUAGGAAAACGAAUCUGCUCAGAUUUUAUAAUUCAUCAGUUAAACUUAAAGCCUGCAAAUAAUCAGCAGUUUCCAGGAAUAAAUAAAAGUGAAAUGUAUGCCACAUCAAGUGUGUUGUCACAUGUACAGAGUGUGUAAUUAGCUCGUUCAAUAUUUGAUUUUACAACGUUUCACUCAACUGUGUCAAAAUUAAAUUUAAUGUUCUGUUACUCUUCCUGUGACUAAUUAAUCAAAAAAGAUGUAUGACACUGAGAUGAUUGCAAACUUGUUAAAAUUUGGGUGUGCUGCUGCACACAAGGGAUUGGUUGACAGUGAAGUCAUCUGUGUAACCAGAAGAGCAGAACAUACCCAUGCAAGAAGUCAACUCUGUGAGGAACUGCACUCUGGACUCCACUCAAACUGGAUAUGGAAUCUCUUUUCAUACAGCUUGUAAAAAAUUGCAGAAGUUAGACAAGACUGUUUUUUUAUUCAAAUACUGUAAAUAUGAACUAGUUCACUUUUUGAUAUUAUUUAUUAAAUAAGGAAAAAACAAA